AUGGAUGUAUGGUCCAGAAUAGCCAUAUGGAUCCUUUGCGGCUUCCUUCUGCACCAUGGACAGGGAGAGAGGCCCCCAGGCACCUACCUAGACGAUGCCACAAUAGCAGGUAAGGAAAAAGUUGUGGGUAAGGAGCCGGUUUUGCCUUUUCUUAAUCCUUUGGGGUAUAAAAUAAUGUUCUUUCAGGCUGCUGGCAGUGGGCUCUUUUCAUCCCUGGGACUCUGCUUUGAAGUUGAAGUUGUGAAUUGUUCUUCCCUUCUUGGAGGUUCGGAAAAGAAACUUGUAAAGUAUUUUGAAGCUCCCUUCUCGCCAACCUGCGUUCUGGUGUCUGCUUAAAUCCUAGCUAUUUUUGGUGGUCUUAUACUGGUGUUUUUUCCUAGCGUGCCUGAGAGUUUCCCCUCCCCAACUCUGCAAUGGUUCUUUCUGUAGGCAAUUUCAGGCUAGGAAACAAAAAACACUACGCAUCUUGAAAUAGCCUCCCAGAAAGGCAGCUAGCUUGAAGUAAAAGUGGUUAUUUCCUGCUUUACAUAGAGGAGAGAGAAAAAGAGCAGCUUUUUUGUGGAAGAAGUGUGCUUUCUAUCUGAAACCUGCUGAUUUUUUUCAGAAGAAAGAUUUGACUGUUUCAGGCUUGAGGUUUAGCUGUUGAGUGUCAACUGUCCUCUUUCCGUUGAGUUAAAGAAUGUGACUGUAGGUGCAAACAGUGCACUCUUAUCAGGCAUUGGGUAAAACAGAAAAGUAUUUAGAACACAUCUACUGUAUCAUAUCUGAGCUCCAGAAUAUAGUAAAGGAGAAUCCACUGUUCCCUGCUUGUUUGUGGUGUCAGAGAAUUCCUGAAGAUCUAGGGAAGCCCCAUGCAGGAGAUUGAUUUGCGAAGUGAUGACCAGGAUGCACCAUUGCCAGUUUCUCAUGUUGAAACUUCCCAUAACUGCAUCGCAGGUCUUUAAAAUAGCUGCAUGUCAGCAUAACCUUAACUAACGUAGGUUUAUCAAGUGGCUUGGCAGAGGGAGAGAAAGGGGGGGAGAGGGGGGAGGUUGUAAGAGUGUCAGAGUUGGAAUCUUUGCACACCAGUUUCUAAGUGGUUUUUCUUGUUGGAAUUCCCAAGAGGAGUGGGGAAUGUCCUUGUUGACCUCUGAUUGAGGGGACCCUGAGUUUCUCUCUCCUCAGUUGACAAUAGCACAAAUAAGUGUUGAGGAAGAGGCAGCCUGUUGCCAUUUCCUGAGCACUGGACUGUGGAAUUCACUGCCACAAGGAAUAGAUACUGUUUAUGGAGAGGAGGGUGACAGUUCUAGCAUCCACUGUUAGACUUCAUAUAAAAGAGGAAUGAAAACUAGAUGCUGGCAAACAAAUGACAGGUUGAGAUUAUCGCGUUAGUAGUAACCUACAUGUGAGCGCAUGAUCCAGUGUGGCAGUUCUUAUGGUGCAUUACACAUGUUGCCAGUACUGAACCUCACUUGCAUCCUGUAUUACUGCCACAGAGAGGUGAGCAGUUAUUUUUACAUAACGUGACUUCCACUGGGUGUGGGCAAAUAUUAGCGAACCAGCAGCAGUAAUUUCCUUGGCAUUUCUAAGGCUUCCCAGCGGCAACCACAUUUCUGGAAACACUAGUUUUCCAAUAUGAAAACCCUUAGCGGCUGGUUCUUCUAGUAGUGUCUGCGGGCCUUACUGGCAAACCGAAACUCCUUUAUCUCAGGUGCCAGAACUUUGAACGAGCUGGAAGGCCAAAGCCUUCAGCCACAGCCACAUAAAAAACUUGUUAGUCCUAUUCUGUGCAGAACAUGCCUAGCUUAAUUUGGUUUCAAAGUUUUCCUGCUUGCCAAAUUUGGACUUUUGCAGGCGUUUGCUUGUUGAAAGUGACAGCUGUUGUUUGGAGAAGCAGAUGUGGAGAGGUGCUGGAGGGCUUCUGUAGGAAGGAUGUUCUCUCUUGAUCAAUGGAUAUCUCAAGCAACUUCCUUCUUGGGGUGCUAAACACUCAGCAGAAAUACAAUUUGUUUCAGAUGAUUUUUCUGUGAGGACUAGAGAGCUAACUAGCAUGUGUAGUUUUUAGAGCAGAGCUUUCCAAACUGUGUGUCACAGCACGUUAGUGUGUCAUCGUGCGAACACUCCCCACACUCCUCCCAGGGCUGGAAAGGGGUUAGCUUAACCUCUGGUUUGCUAGUAAAACUGAAUUGCUGUGUCACGAAAUGAUGCAUGUAAUAAUAAUUUAUUAUUUAUUCCCCACCCAUCUGGCUGGGCCUCCCCAGCCACUCUGGGCGGCUUCCAAGAAAUAUUAAAAUACUGUAAUAUAUCAAACAUUAAAAGCCUCCCUAAACAGGGCUGCCUUCAGAUGUCUUCUAAAAGUCAGGUAGUUCUUGUUCUCUUUGACAUCUGGUGGGAGGGCGUUCCACAGGGAGGGCGCUACUACCGAGAAGGCCCUCUGCCUGGUUCUCAAAAGUGUCUCACAAGUGUGUCACCAGCAUGAAAAGUUUGGUAAGCUCUGGGUUAGAGUGUUUGGACCAAAACCUGAGAGAUCAGGGCUCAAAUCCCCCACUCAGCCAUGAAGCUCACUGGGUGUGGGUGACCUGGGGCCAGCCACUGCCUCUCAGCCUAGCCUACCUCACAGGAUUGUUGUGGGGAUUCAGGGAGAACCAUGUACACCACCUUGAGCGCCUUGGAGAAAAAUGUGGGCUAUAAUACCGUGCGGGUUUGCAGCGAUCAGCCUGCCAGUUGAUGUGCGAUAAAUGCUGACUUCCUUUCCUAACCAUGUGCAGAUCUGGUCAUGUGCCCUUCCCCUUCCAAGUCUUGUUGAGUCUCACUUAGCUCAUCUCUCGUGUCGGAAAAGGACCUGCAGGAGCAGUGAUGAAUUUCAGCUCUACGGGAUAAUCGCUUUUUUACAGCUGGCCAUAAACCUGUUGCUUGGGCUUCUGAUACUUAGCAUGACAGCCAGUUACCACACCUGCUUCUUUACCCUGCCCCAGAUCAAAUGUUUAUCCAGCAUGUUUUAAAAUAAUUACAAUUGUCAGGACUGUGGCCUCGCUUGGCAACUUGUAACGUUCAGGCUGUCAAAAGUACUCAAUGUCCCCAUUGCCCCCUCAUUGUCAAUACCUGCUGCGAGAGGCCAGCAGGAAGGAGGUUGUGGUCAGGUGUUGCCCUUUUCAAGUGCAUAAAGAGCUGCCAUUCUGGUUACCCGUGCCUCCUCUAAGCUGAAAACACCUAUUUUUUUCUUCUCCUUCUCCUUCUCCUUCUGUUGUUUUCUAUCCUCUUCGUCUUGUGUGGAUUUCCUUGGGCUUUUCAAUAUUGCAAGUAAAUUCUGAAGCCCGGAAGUUAACGCAAGUUGGGCAGACUCCAGGGCAGAAGCAGAAUACGCAGAAUAGGCCUGUUAGGUGCUUCCUAGUGGGGUUGCACUUGCUUGAACAAACUGUCAUGGACAUGCGUCUAUAUCUGCUCAGCGUUUAGGACCACAAGAAGUAUGCAUACUGCCUGGAGUAUCCAUUGCUCGAGGGAGGCCUUCAGUGGACAUUGCAGGGACACUGCAUGUGGAGACGUGGUAAGAGUUCCUGAAGAAGCUGUUCCUCAAAAAGUGCCGUGCUACCCGUGCUUGGUCUUUUGAGGGUAGAAAAACUUUUUGUGGCAAGAUGCAGCUUCAUUAUAUAUCUCCAGAGGGUUGCAUAACAUUUAACCAGUUUUUUACCUUGUGCAAAGCCUCCCCCCCCUUAUUCAGUUGGUGAAUAAAAAUACUGUAGGCCUUACUGCUUUUGUGAAAAUCUCUUUGACUAAUUCUGUGCCACCUUCAGGUUGCAGGAGAGUCUAAAAGAGUGCACUAUGGCAUAAUAAAUAUUUCCAUACCACAUUGAAGACAUCUAAGCAGCUAAAUUUGGCAGAUUUGUCAAUGCUUUCAAAAGGCCUUCCUGUAGCUGCACUUGUGCCUGCUGGCUUACUCUGAGUCAUGUUUUGGGGCUUGUGACGCAACAGGUGGGCUCUGCAUGAGGAAGUGGUGAGAGUAUCUUGAUGCUGGCACUGAAGGACCCGGACUUCCCUCCAUCCUGUGCAGGGCUGUUUCCUUGGAAGUUGAUGCUGGGUUUUAAAAGCAUGAUGCCCUGAAGUCGGAAGUAUACUGUCCCAGCCUUUAGCCAUGGCAGGCAGGAAAGCUGCAGUGAACAGGAAGAGUCCAGACUCUCUGGCUUGCUCAGCUUUUCGCAGGGACUACAGACUCUCAACCCCGUUCCUGCUGUGAUGCUCCUUUGAACAGAAGCUGCAGCAGCAGUUGCUGGAGGUCAAAAGAGUCAUGCUUCCCGCUCAUCUUCUUAAGCUCAGCAGCAUCAGCUCAGAAAGUGAUUUUGAGUUAACUUCUCACUGCCCCCACUCAGCCCCAGAAAUCAUCAUCAGGCCAUACUGAAAGUCAUCUAUUGCUUCUGGAGAAGAGAAGAUUCAUUCUCUUUGUGCCCUGAGGGGAUAACUCCUGUGAGUUAUCCUGAAAAGGGCUGCAACAGCUCUGUGGAAGUCGUAGACAUUGAAGUAGCAGUGAUACUACUGUUCUUUUUACUUUAUAAGAACUACAUCUUGAACUCUAGGCAGAGCUUUAAAAGACCUGAAGGUUUUCUAGUUCGUCCCCUAACUUGAGUAGGAUUCUUUGAAUCUUAGACUGCUAACAGCUCAGUUCUUUAAAAUGUAGAAGAAAGGUCAGGUCGGCACCUUGAAUUGAGCCUGGAAGCAAAUUGGCAGCAAGUAUAGCUGCAUCGAAUUGGAAGCAAUGUGGUCUCUUCUCUGUGCUCUAGUUGAAAGAAGAGUUGCUGCUUUCUGUGAUAGUGAAAGUUUCCGAGCCGUCUUCAAGGGCGGUUCAAUGUAGAACACAUGUCUGUUGUGUGCAUGAUGGAAAGGAAGUCUCAUUCAGUGAGGAAGGGCUGCAGAAACCCAGCACAAGGAUUUGCAGCAGGGCUAGGGAGCAACCAAGGCUGCCAAGCCACUCUUUCAGGGAGAGCUGGACCCAACAAGUGGUUGCCGUAACUCCACACAUUUGUAGCUGUGAUUCCUGCGUUGCAGGGACAGGUGUAAGGACCCUCUGGGUCCCUUCCAGCUCUACAGCUCUAUAAUUCUGUGAUCUCUUGAUCAGCUCUCAGAUCAGAGGAUACUGGAAAAUAAAGUAAGGUGGCACCAGCAUAUUGAUGACCUUGUUCUUUCACACAGGGCUGCUUAAUUGUGGCAGGUCCGUAGUUCAGAUCAGCAGGAUUCAGGGAGGACUUUUCAGAACGGCUCAGACCGCAGCCUCCUUCAAUGGUAGCAUCAUUUCACCCAGCUGCAGAGUUUUGUUUAUGGCUGCUGGUCCAUGUGGCCCUCACCAGCCACAAAGGUCAAGGGUCAAGAAAGCAAGUGGGUGGACACAAGUCCCCAAAGACUUUGCCCAUGUCCUCAGGAACCAAUAAAUGGAAUGGAUUCAAUUGUUACUAUUAAAUUUAUUCCCUGCCCUUCAUCAACAGGUCCCAUUGGGGGUUACAACAAUUUAAAAUUCAGAGUUAAAAACAGUUAAAACAUUGCUGCCUCCAGCUGUGGAGGCAGAACAUGGCCAUAUUGGCUAAUCAGCCUUUGAUAGCACUCUCCUCCAAUUAUUUGCCUAUGCCUCUCUUAAAGCCAUCCAAGAUGCUGGCCACGACAGCCUCCUGUGGGAGGGAGUUCCAUAGUUUAACUGUGCACUGCAUGAAGCUGUAUUUUCUUUUAUCUGUCCCAAAUCUUCCAACAUUCAGCUUGGUUGGAUAUCCAUGAGUUCUGGUGUUAUAUGACAGAGGAAGAAACACUUCUCUAUCCACUCACUCCAUGCUAAGCAUUGUUUUAUCAACAUUGUUUUACUCUCCUUUUCUCUAAACUGAGAGUACUUUCUGGCACGAUUCCACCAGAAGCAAACAAAUUAAAUGCUGCCCUGUAGAAUAAGGAUGUUCACACAGUUGUAGUUUGCUAAGAGGCGUAACCUCAGCCUCGAGGUGAACUUUGCAUUCCUUUAAGUUCUCUUCUUGCAGUUAAACUUGGUUUGUGGCCGUCACUCAUUCCCCGGAUCUAGUGCAGAAGUUUCCUGCUUGCCGCUAACAAACCCCGAAAAACAAUUCAGAGGCUCUGGAACUGCAGCCUGUGUUUGUUGGUGCUGAGAACCACGACUGAAUUCUUUUCAUUAAUCAGCUUUGCUGCAGAAAUAAAGCUUGAUGCUGGAUAAAUUAAUUCACGCACACUAAAGACCAAGCUCAUUCUGCUUCAAAUGAGGUUAUUCUGGUGAAGGAGUCCCAGGAUGACCUUCUGACAUGAUGGGCCAGAUUACUGCGCUUUCUUGAUUUAAUUAGCCUCCCCCAAAGUAGUUCAUUUAGGCUGGCUAGGAAGAUCAAAGAAAGUUAAAUGGCUUGCGUGACUCUGCAUCAAACACAUCCACCCUUGUGGUGACAACGAAGUGCAGAGCCCAGGCGUUGAAAACACGUUCUGAACUUUGUAUAUUUAAAGCUGUAAAUCAUGCAGUUGGCUAUAUUCUGCUCUACCUGAAUCUUGUUUAUGAGGCCUGGAUUUGGUGGAACAUUUUGCUGGGCUGGUGUGUACCUCCUGGCACUUCUGGGGAGCCUUGCUCUGAUCAUUAGCGAUCUGCCUUGUUCCAGUUGAGGUUUACAUGUCCAUCUAGCCGGCCCACUGCUAUGCGUUAAGGACAUAAGAAGAGCUGGACCAGCACAGUGGCCGACCAGAUACCCCAAAGGCAAGGCCAAAACCAGGAUUUGAGUACAGUGGUACCUCGGGUUAAGAACUUAAUUUGUUCUGGAGGUCCGUUCUUCACCUGAAACUGUUCUUAACCUCAGGUACCACUUUAGCUAAUGGGGCCUGCCGCUGCUGCCAUGCUGCUGGCGAGCAAUUUCUGUUCUCAUCCUGAAGCAAAGUUCUUAACCCGAUGUACUAUUUCUGGGUUAGCAGAGUCUGUAACCUGAAGUGUCUGUAACCCGAGGUACCACUGUACAAGAGUAACUCUCUCCUCCUGCGGCUUCCAGCAACUGGUAUUCAGAAGCAUUGCUUCCCCGACUGUGCUGGCAGAGCCCUCUACUCCACUGAUUUGCCAGUGUGGUGUAGUGGUUAAGAGCGGUAGUCUCCUAAUCUGGUGAACUGGGUUCGAUUCCCCGCUCCUCCACCUGCAGCUGCUGGGUGACCUUGGGCCAGUCACACUUCUCUGAAGUCUCUCAGCCUCACUCACCUCUCAGAGUGUUUGUUGUGGGGGAGGAAGGGAAAGGAGAAUGUUAGCCGCUUUGAGACUCCUGAAGGGGAGUGAAAGGCGGGAUAUCAAAUCCAAACUCUUCUUCUUCUUCUUCUCUUCUAAAGCCAUCUGGAUUGGCAGCUGUCACUGUCUCCUGUGGGAGCGAGUUCCAUAGUUUACCUAAGCACUGCAUGAAGAAGGACUUUCUUCAGAUUGGCACCAGCUCUCCAGCUUCUAAGGUUGAGGAAAGCCUCUCCUGUCAACUGUUACUUGACAGGGAUUGAACCGGAGACAUUCUCAAUGAAAAGAGCUGUGCCCAGCUUGAAAAAUCUCCUGGGUUUUUUUGUAAAUGAACUGUGGGCAGCACGCUUCAUUCUUUCCAAUACAGUGGUACCUCGGGUUACAGACGCUUCAGGUUACAGACUCCACUAACCCAGAAAUAGUACCUCGGGUUAAGAACUUUGCUUCAGGAUGAGAACAGAAAUCGUGUUCCAGCGGUAGCGGGAGGCCCCAUUAGCUAAAGUGGUACCUCAGGCUAAGAACAGUUUCAGGUUAAGAACGGACCUCCAUAACGAAUUAAGUUCUUAACCCGAGGUACCACUGUAGCUGCUCUUGAGUCUUUCUUCUACAUGGAUUUUCAGUUUCCAUGUCAUGUUUUCCCAUAGCUAUAUGUCUCAUUCACAGGAAUCAUUCCAAAACUACUACUAUGGAACGUCUGCAGAAUUUGCAGAGGUGUUUUUGUUUGUGCUUUUCUAAAUAAUUUUUUUUAAAAGACAUUUUAAACAUGAUCUGAGCCAGAAAGGCUGGCUAAAUUCACAGUUUACUUCUGAGUCAUCAUACAUUAAAAUCGUAGCUCUAAUGCACGUAGCACAAAUAAAAACAUCAAAUCCCAAAACUUGUGCUAUAAAUUAUUAUUAUUUUUUUUAAAAGAUUGUUCAUUAUUACAGUAUUGCAAAAUUUGGGUAGGAUGGGAUACAGGAACACGGAGGUAAAAGCAGGUUAAUAGCUAAGAGGAGAGUAGCAAUGGAUGAGGAUGAGUGAUGGAUCUGACUGAAACUGCAGGCGCAGAGCAAUUCACACAUUCCAUCAGAGCAUGCAUUGAAAAAAGGUGAAGGAGAGAUGCUUGGAGCCCUUACUAGGGGGAGUUGAAUGAACAUAUGAGUUGGGCAGUUGGUCCAUUAAGCAGCAGCCCCCGCCCCCCCAGCAGCAGCUCUUUCCAAUCCCCCCCAUUAGAAAAAGGAGGGAAGAGCACUGCUGUGCUUGAAUCCCACUUGUGGGUUUCCCGCAGACAUCUUUUCUGCUCCUGAGAGAACAGGUUGUUGGACUAGAUGGGCCAUUGGCCUGAUCCUAAAGGCUCUUCUUAGCUUCUUAUGCAACAUUCUCUCAUCUUUGCUGUCUGAGAUCCUUAGAAGUAGAGGGGUUGGGGGCUGGAUCUGCGACCUGCAGAGUAUAGACCCCCCCUCCCUCAGGACUGCAGGGCUGAGGUAGGUUUGUAAUACAGAUUUUGCACCAAAUGGAAAUAAGUUGUUUAAAUUCUUCUAAUCUCCGAAUGAUCUGGGCUCUUUUCAAGCAUUCUCUGCCCAGUGUGGAUGAGUACACAGGAGGGCAUGUAAUGUUAGAACGGUAAAGGAGCUACUUUCUUGAUGAGUUUGCUUGUGUUUGUCCUGCACAAUGGGAGGAAGUUUUUUUCUGACAUGGACAAUGGACACGGUUAGGUCUGCCAUCUUCUCCCUUGGAAUUGUGACUUGGCAAAACGUCCUGCAUUCCCUUCUGUUGGGAUGGGAGGGGAAGAGGCAGGAUGUGAUGGGUUUUGCUGGUCUGCUAAAUGGUAGGUGUGUAGUUGAAAUCUGCCAAUCCUGCUGUGCCAUUUUUGCAGUUCAAACAGGGCAUUUGCAAAUUGAGAAGUGUUUGUGGGAAACCUGCAAAGAUAAUUGAGCUGUUUUGAAGGUAAAUCAUGAAAUCUGAUUACUUCUGGUGAAGAGGAGAAUUACAUGUUGAUAUAACAACAACUUUCAAAUAUUGUAAGAGGAAAAGGAACACAAAAAUGCAUACCACUGGGCAGAUGACCGGAAGCAUUAGGUUUAAAAGAGAAACUGCAGGGAAGCUGAAGUCAGUUGUCAGGAAAGCCUUCCUACCUUUUGCCCAAUUCCGCAAUGACAGAAACCGGUAAAAAAAUACUGUGAAAUUUUCUGGACAAAUUUGACUGGUCUGGGUGGAUAUUUCAAAAAUAUUAGAGAAGUGAACUCUGGGAAACCUGCAUGUGACAUAUGUAUGUGUGAGAGAGGCAUGGAGGCAUAAAUGUGCAUAAGUUUUGUUUGUGAACAGGAGUGAAAUGAGGCACUCCACUUCUCAGUGAUGCCAGAAGAGAGAGAUGCCUGAUGCUUUUAUCCCGUGGCCUUUAGAUGAUGCUCUCCAACCCACCUAUAGCUUGUGGUUGCCCAGUGUUCCCUACUCCAUUAUAGUGAAGUGGUCCCAUUUGGUCCCCCCCCCCCACCUCGGGUCAAUUUCUGGUCCAUCGGCCAAGCAAAGUGACAUGGCUGGGAUGUCUGGUGUUCUCUGGGACUCUGCUAGAAAGGACCACAGCUGAUAGGAGAGCCAAUUGCAUGAGCAGCUUGUUAUUUAUUUAGCCUAUUUUUAACCUAAUUUAAACGCAGGCAAUUAAAUCCACAGGCAAAGCAGCAGGAUUUGGUACUGCUCUUUGACACUUUCUUUUGGAAUUGUUUUCCAGCGCAACAGAUUGUCAUGUCAUUGUCACUUUUUGUCCUUGUGCGCUUUGCUAGGUUUAUGCUUCCGUUUCAAGGAAGUUGUGUUGUGCAAACCCUUUCAGCGAAAUUUGAGGCUCAUGUUGUGGUGUGAGAGGGUGCAAAUCCUCGUCAGGACACCCUCUAAGAUUGCUGAGAACCCAACCGUGAGCAAGCAUUGUGAUUGGCAGCACUGUGCGGAAUGGGAUUCAUGCGUGUCAGAGGCACGUUCUGGGUAUUAUUUGGGACUGCUUUUUAAGUGAUGAGAGACACAAGUCCUCACGGUGGGCUCUUCUUCCCCUUCCUCUUUUGGGGAAGAGAUGUGUCUCAGUAGUAGAGUGCAUGCUUUGCAUUCGAAAGGUCCCAGGUUCAGUCUGAAACCCUGGAAAGCCACUGCUGACAACACUGAGCCAGAUGAGCCAAUGCAUUGUAAGGCAGUUUCCUGUGUUCCUGUUGGGCCUCAAACCUGAGGCCUCUUCAGAUGAGGGGCACAGGGACCUGGACUCGGCAGCAAAUCUCCAAACUGCUCAAGGAUCCCGAGGAGCCAUCAGACGUGGGCAUUCCUGCCCCGAGACUGGCAGUCUCUCAGACCAUUUGGGGCAACAGCCCUGUGUUUUGGGUGUUUAAUUCUAUCCAGAGACUGGCAAGAAAGAAGCCUUAGCAUCUAGGCAAAAAGGGGUCCCUCUUUACAUAGCACAUAGUUAAACUAUGGAAUUCACUCCCACAAGCUGCAGUGAUGACCACCAACUUGGAGGGCUUUAAAAGGGGAUUAGACCAAUUCAUGGAGAAUAGGAUUGUCAGUGGCUACUAGUCUUGAUGGCUCUGUUCUCCCUCUACAGCUGGAGGCGUUAUGCCUGAGAAUGCCAGUUGCUGGGGGAGAGUGCUGCUGUCCUCUGACUUUGCUUCUGGACUUCCCAGUACAGACAUCUGGUUGGCCACUGUGAGAACAGGAUGCUGCUGGGCCCCUUUGGUCUGAUCCAGCAGCCAGGCUUUUCUUACGGAUUUGGCCCACAACCUGCAUUUCUUCGCUGUCGGUGUCGGAAGUUGGCUGCCUUUCCAUGGUAUAUGUCAGCAGAGCCGAAAACCAGGAGAGUUGAGCUUCGCAUGCCAGACUACUAAAUAAAUACCUGCUUCUCUGCUUGGGCACAGAAGUUGGUUGUCCUGGAUAUAGGAAGCAAAGCCACAGUGAGUGGCUGGCAUUUGCAUCCAAUUUCAACUUCCUGUUUAUUUCAGGUUUUAAACGCUGGUACCUCCAAAACAAGAGCUCAUAAAAAGGUUUCCCCCUUUCUACUCUUAUGCCCUGUGCAGUGUUAGAAACUAGGACAGAAAAGCUAGGAGCCAAAUGGCUCCUGGGACCUGGGCUGUGGGUGCCAAAACAGAAUGUCUACUCGCCAUGGGGGUGUCAGCAGCACCUUUUAUUUAUUAUUUUGGAAACCAUGAACUAAUACACAGUUCACAUAAGUGACACAUUGUUAAUAGCAAAUUUUUAACAGAAAUUGUUAAUACAUUUUAUUGGUGUUUACAAUAAAAAUAUUGGUACCAUAUUUCAGUUUUCAAAACACUCUACUCUUUAUUGUUAAACUCCUUAACGUAUUAUCUAUCUUUAACAUAUACUUCGAGGCUUCAAAGCACAUACAUUUUAGUAAUCCUUGAGUGUCAGACAGGUGCAAAAAAUGUCACUCAGACUUUUUGAGGCGCUCACAAAUGGAGAAUCUUAAGGUGCAAAAUGCACCUGGCGCCCUGCUAAUUUCGAACUCUGGCCCUGCAUCCUUCAGCAUAGACCUCACCCACAAUGACUACACCCCUGAGCAGUUGCUUGCUGUGUGCAAUUAAGGAGGCCUAUAUUUUCCAUGUCUACAUCUGCUUGCCUGGUUGCUAGAGCGGUUGAGAACAGGAAGUGAUGGUGUAAAUUCUAUCCUAUACUUAAAUAGUCCAGCCCAACAUAUAUAAGAACAUAAGAAGAGCCUGCUGCAUCAGGUCGAUGGCUCACCUAGCAUCCUAUUCUCACAGUGACCAACCAAAUGUGUGUGUGAGAAACCCACAAGCAGGAUCCAGGCAGAAGCGCCCUCUUGCCUCACUUGGCUUCUAGCAACUGGCAUUCAGAAGCAUUGCAGCCUCUGACUGUGGAGGCAGAGCAUAGCCAUCACGGCUAGUAGCCAUUGGUAGCCCUCUCCUCGUUCAUGAAUUUGUCUAAUCCUCCUUUAAAGCCACCCAAGCUGGUGGCCAUCACUGCCUCCUGCAGGAGGGAGUUCCACAGUUUAACAAUGUGUUGAACUAUAUUAGAAGGCUGCUUCCCUUCGUGCUCUGUCUUGGCGUGGAGGUUGAGGGACAGGCCUUCAGGUUGUCUUCAAAAUCCUUCACUGAUAGGACUGUGUAUCCUACAUGGAUUGCAUGUUUUGCUAGAACAGCCAGCGGUCAGCUGAUUCUUCAUGUUAAUAAUCAGAAGUCGAGAGAAGCUUUGUGUGAAGGGACAUAACUGUGCUUAAUUAACAGAGAUGAUCAUGGUAUGUUUGGGGUGGUGACCCAUGCUCUGUGGAUCAGGAAAAGGUGGUGACAAUAAGGAAAACCUCCCCUUCCCUUCUAAUAUUUUAUUCUGUGCAUUUUGUGAGGAGCAGAGAUCACUGGAAAAGGAUGCCUUGGGAAUGCUGCACUCCUGUGAAGUUAAAGAAUGUGUGCUUUGUUGUUUACAUUUAUGUCCCACAUUUCCUUUAAGAGACUCGUGUGGUAUGCAAGGCACUUCUCCACCCCCCACCCCAGUAUCCCCACAGCAACCUUGUAUGGUAGGUUAGGCUGAGAUGCAAGGUCAACAAGUGAGCUUGGUGUCUGAGUGGGGAUUUGAACGCAGAUCUCCCCAGUCCUGACCUAGAAUCAUAGAAUUGUAGAGUUCAGCUGGAGUGCACAAUCUGCUUUCAUGGGCCAUCAUUCUGAUAUGAAAAUUCUUGACUCUUACUUAAGCCUCUGAGAGGUGCUUUGGACUUUAUGUGGCAAUAAACCCAAGCGAGUCUGGGUGGCAGAAACGUUCUCCUUAAAUGAGCAGUGGGCACGUGUUGGGGAGCACAGCCAUUCGGCCAACUGGGACUCCCUGGAGACUGUUCCCAGCUGUGCUGGAAUGCCUGCCUGCUCUUCACUGUUUACAAAUGUUAUGCAGAGAACUCUAGCUUAGCUCUGCCAAACCCAGCAGCUAUAUAAUAAGAGUUGCUUUGGCUUGGUUAGGCAAUUUCUAGCAUUGCACCCUCCUAAAAAUCACAAAAGCAGGUCCUUCCCACAUGCUUGCUCUCUUAAAACAGCCAGGUACGAGGCCCAAGCAGAAGAGUUCAUAAUUUCAUAGGCCACCUCCCAUUCGCUGGCCUGUAAACCGUAGCAGGAUGGGUACCUGGCAAAGUGGGAUCUAAUCCAUACAAAAACCUGAUAACGAAAGCAUACUUACUGUGCUAUCACAGAAAUGAAGGUGGGUCACUUCUGGAACAGAAGCAGACCUUUGUGGACUUGGUUCAAAGUCUGCUGUGCAAAUAAUUGUUUUGUUUACCUUUAACGGGGUCAUUCCAUACAGACCCAUUUUUCAUUUUCAUGUGUAGUUAACGUGUUCUAUAUCAUUUUAAAGACAAUUUUCCAAAGUCCUUUAUCUGUUUUCCAAAGUCAAUUUUCCAUUAUCCGGCAACGGUUUUUCAAAAUGGCAUUUUGCACGUGAGUAAAACAGCCAGAAGCAUGAUGUGCAAAUGACUCAGAAGUGCUCUCAUCUUUUUCUGAAGUUCGUUUAACGACCUCUCCAAGAAGACAGACAAGCAGCUUCAGUGCUUCAGAGCACAUUGCUCUCCCCACAAUUGAUACACAGCUAUAUCUUACCAUGCCACCCUCUUCCAGAGCAGCUGUGUUAGGAUAUCUCUGAAGUUCUUCCCAUUUUGUUUUUCUAGAAAGUGGUUCCCUCUCUGGUGUACAGACCCCCUCCCCCAUGUGAGUUGAAUGAAUGCUAAUCUGACACCAUUCACAAGACCAACCAGCCAAAAAAAUAGUUGGGGUGCUUAGUGCGGCCUGUUCCUCCUGACAGUCACUUAUAUCCAGCGAUCCCAAACUUCUUUGGACCACUGCCCCCUUAGUUCCGUAAACUCAUCCCCAAUGCCCACUAUCCUACCUUAUAAAAAACAUUACUCAGAAUAGAAUACAGUCAUACCUCAUGUUACGUUUGCUUCCAGUUGAACGUUUUCAGGUUGUGUCCUACGGCAACCUGGAAGUACUGGAAAGGGUUACUUCUGGGUUUCGCCGCAUGCACAGACGCGCAAAAUGACGUUACGCGCAUGCGCAGAAGUCGCGAAUCGCAACCCGCGGACGUGCAGACGAGGGUUGCGUUCUGCUCAUGUUGCGAACGGGCCUCCGGAACAGAUCCCGUUCGUAACCAGUGGUACCACUGUAUCUUUAAUAAAAACAAUUUUAAAAAACAGCAGUUUGCACGACCCACUAAGGAAGAUAAUACAACAAAAUUCAAAGAAGUAACAAUGAUUUGCACAUUUGUUCAAAAUCCAUUUAAAGGUAAAGGUACCCCUGCUCGUACGGGCCAGUCUUGACAGACUCUAGGGUUGUGCGCUCAUCUCACUCUAUAGGCCGGGAGCCAGCGCUGUCCGCAGACACUUCCGGGUCACGUGGCCAUCGUGACAAGCUGUAUCUGGCGAGCCAGCGCAGCACACGGAACGCCGUUUACCUUCCCGCUGGUAAGCGGUCCCUAUUUAUCUACUUGCACCCAGGGGUGCUUUCGAACUGCUAGGUUGGCAGUUUAAUUAAUUCGACAAAACAGAUGGGCUUGAUCGAGUGAUACCAGCUUUUCAGAGUCUGAUAGCCAUUUACACCUCCUGGGUCUCCCCUCUUGCUUCUUUGCGCCCCUCUAGGCACUCCCACUGCCCCCAGGGUGUUGGCCUCACCCCCUUUGGGAACCGCUGCUCAUAUCCAGCCACAACAGUCCAUUACUACCACCUCUUGUAGAAAUGCUUUUCUCACUGGCGGAGAAAAAGCAAAUCGCAGUGUGAAUGGGAUGAAAAGCUUCAAGGCGAUUCCUGUGGUUUGUCUCCAUUAACACACUUCGUGCGCCUGACCUUUGCCUGAGUGGCACUUGCCUUUUCUCUUGACUUCCCCCUGAACUGUAGCUCCUCUUUUGCUUGGUGGCAACGCAGGGCAUUUUGGUGCGAUUUCUCUGCAAUGCCCUAGUAAGGAAAAUGUUUUUGCUUUUUAAUUAUGAGUCGUGGAAGUGGGUGGCGGGGGAGAGGAGGAGGGAGUGGGAAGAGGAAUUUAGUUUCCCUUCAGGAAUCCCUUAUCGUUCCUAUCUGCAGCUCUGCUGGGGAUCUGGAUUCUUCUGCGCACUCGGUUCUCCGGGACCAAAUCGACACCAACCGGCCCCCACCAGAAUCAAGCCGCAGGGCUGAUUCCUUGAAUGCUGGCAGCUGCGUUCCAAGGAUUUAUACCCUGCGGGUUGCAUUCCUCAGUCUGGACAUGCAGGCUGUGGGCUGGUUGUGGAGAAGGAGUUAAGAUGAGCCCUUCUGGAUCAGGCCGAAGUCUCUCUCCUGCCUGGCAUCCUGCUUCUCAAGCUGCCAAGCCAGAUGCCUCUGGGCAGCCCAAAAGCACGGCAAGUAAGAAGGCAGAGACACUCUGGUUCCUUUUAGCCAUUGCAAGAUAGGAAAGGGAUCUUGGAGGCCGCACAGUCCAAUGCUAGCUGAUAGUAGUAGUAGUAGUAGUAGUAGUAGUAGUAGUAGUAAAUAAUUACUUACUUACUUACUUACUUACUUAUUUAUUUAUUAAUACCCUGCCUGUCCGGCUGGGUUUCCCCAGCCACUCUGGGCGGCUCCCAACAGAAUAUUAAUAACUCAAUAAAGCAUCAAACAUUAAAAAUUUCCCUAAACAAGGCUGCCUUCGGAUGCCUUCUAAAAGUCAGAUAGUUGUUUACUUCCUUGACAUCUGAUGGGAGGGCGUCCCACAGGGCAGGCACCACGACCAAGAAGGCCCUCUGCCUGGUUCCCUGCAACCUCACUUCUUGCAGGGAGGGAACCAGCAGAAGGCCCUCAUAGUUAGACCUCAGUGUCCGGGCUGAACGAUGGGGGUGGAGACACUCCUUCAGGUAUACUGUUAGGGCCUGUUAAUAGUCCUCUCCACCUCCUCAGAUUUGUCUCAUCUCCUGUUAACAUGUUUUGUGUUGCAACUCGCUUUGAUAAUGGACUCCGUAAAUUAAGAGUUCUCCAUAAUCAUCAGAAGCACGUUGGUGGCUCAAUCCUCAAAGCCGAUCACACGAGCGAGAUCACUGGCAUGUACACGGAGCGAGUGGAUGAAUGUCAAAUCUAAAUAAACUCUUUUACAAAUUCUGGUUCAAGCCCUUGCCCAGCCAGGAGAGUUCUUGUGGCUUUGACCAAGAAACCCUCUCUCUCUCUCUCUGGCGUUGUAGGUGAAAUACGAACACUGUUGAACUGAGGACACACACACCUGAUUAAUCUUGAAGGCUUUGAAUGAGACAGGAAAGAAAUAUUUCUCCAAAUGCUGCAGACUGUAGUUAGGCCUAUAUGGAGACCAGAAAAGGGCUUGAGUCCAGGGGGGCUUCCCCCUUUUACAAUGUUCUCGUUCUUCUGGAUUCCAGCAGCAGCUUGUUCUGCAAAGGCCUUUUGGCAGGGACUGAUGGUCUUCUUGAUAGUUGCCCUGGCGCCAAAUUGCAGAGGCAGUUCAGCCAGCAGGAAGGCAGCCCAUCCCCCUCUGGGCAUUUUUAAAGGGUGUAGAAAGAGAUGUAGGGACGUGGGUGGUGCUGUGGUCUAAACCACUGAGCCUAGGGCUUGCCGAUUGGAAGGUUGGCGGUUUGAAUCCCUGCGAUGGGGUGAGCUCCUGUUGCUUGGCCCCUGCUCCUCCCAACCUAGCAGUUCAAAAGCACGUCAAAGUGCAAGUAGAUAAAUAGAUACCGCUCCAACGGGAAGGUAAUGGCGUUUCCGUGCGCUGCUCUGGUUUUGCCAGAAGUGGCUUAGUCAUGCUGGCCACAUGACCUGUCUGCAGACAAACGUCGGCUCCCUCGGCCAGUAAAGUGAGAUGAGCGCCGCAACCCCAGAGUCGUUCGUGACUGGACUUAACUGUCAGGGGUCCCUUUACCUUUAAAAUGAGAUGUGGGUCUUGUCCCUAAUAUUUCAUUUCAUCUGUUUAUUUCAUAAAAUUUAUACACUGCUUGAUUAACAAAAAAACCCUCGGAGUGGUUUGCAAAGAGAAUAAAACACUAAAAUUGGUAGUAAAAACAGCUCUUUAAUGCAGUCAAAAGAUAAAAUCAGCCAUAAACUAAAAACAAAUUGAAACAUACUCCAACCUUCUACAUGUCUGGGUAGGCUUGUCUAAGCAAGAAUGUUUUCAGGGUACAGAGAAGGCACCCACCCGAUGUCAAGAGGCAGAGAGUUGCAGAGUGCGAUUGCUGCCACCUUAAAAAAAGAUUUCAUACACAUGCAUAAUGGGUAUUGUGUGGCACCCGUAGCAAUGCCAGUGAUGCAGAUAAAAGCACUGGAGUGGGCGCAUAUGGGGUCAGGCCAUCUUGCAGGUAUAUUCUCCCAAAGGGAGAAGGUUUGAGGCUGCUGGAAGUACAGUACCUCAUUGCAGUGGUGAUUUGCUGAGAGGAUGGAGGCAUUUCCAUGCCCCUGCCUACGGGAAUGAGUCUGAUCAUGUGGAGUGUCUUCAUAUCAGCCCUGAACCUUCUGAGUUGGCACUGAAUUAGUGCCUCUCCAUGUGGUUGGGCUGAUACUCCUGACAAGCAAGCAAACAAGCAUUUAUUUAUCUCCUAGGUUUCUUUCCUGCCCUUCACCACAAUGUUCCAACAAUAAAAUACGCAACUAUAGAAGAAACGGUUGCAGUCACAAAACAAGAAAGCCUAAAAACAGUUAAGAUCAGCCCCACAUAUAAAUACAAUACAAACGCUUAAAAGCAACUCCAUAUAUAAACACAGUUUUCAAAGGUCCCAGUAGCGAUGCGGGAGUGAGAUAAAUUCCUCCAGGCGUUGCAGCCGCUGUGAAUUAUUCUCAAGAAGAAGCAUUUCCAGCAGCUUCCCAUCUGGGGGCUGCAACAGGAGGUGUGGUUAAAAAUAAAUAGUUGAGCACACUCCCAGAGUUGAUGGGAGCUGAUCCUGAAUGAGAAUGAAUGAAUGAAUGAAUGGCCUAGCCUGCGUCCCUUGGAUUCAGAUCCCCCCUCAGUAGAUGAGAUUUGCAGUCCAGUUAUCUCCGGAGGGCAACAGGCCCUGCCGCAGCAGAUGCCAUUGUGGCUACCAGGCAACCUCUUUCUUCGCUGGCAUCAGAGCCGCGUGUUUUUGCCCAGUGGCUUUGCAUCACACCUCAGUGGCCUGGGCCGAUUCUUCCAAGAAGUCAGGAAGCCCAGUCCAUGUGAAAUGUACACAGAGAUCGGAGGCUUGAGUUGUCUUGCUUGUUCUGAAAAUGGCCACGUUGCUUUGAUUUGCUUUCCGUGUCUCAUUCUGGGAAAUAUCAGAGGGCACGCAGAGCUCCCUGAGUUUUAUCGGUGCUGAAAGGCUCCCCGUGAAAACAAAGAGCCUUUUGUUCUUUUAACCGCUUGAAACUUGUCUGUGGAUCAAAACAAUUGUUCUCACUUGGCACACUUGUCUGGCUAAGUUGAUUUUUUAAAAGAAAUAAACAAAAAGCUUUUACACCUUGAAGGGAUAUGUAGAGAUGAUCUUUCCAGAUAAAAUACAGUCUUUGAUCGCACUGUAGUGCACAUAUUGUUCAUAAUAGAAUGAUGCAAUGGAAAACCUACACCUGGAUCCAUAAUUGUCUAACGGUGGACCAUCAUAAUGGCAUUUUUUAAUCUGUGUUUUCCGGAAACGGUGGAAUACAUGUUUGCUUUUACAAAAUUUUCCAGCUGUACAAAAAGAUCUCUGCCUUAGAUGUGCUAUUUGUAAACCUGUGACCAGUGGUUUUUUGCUGUUUUUAAGGAUAUGACUGUAAAUUGCAUUGGGACAUAGAAUCAAAGAAUUGUAGAGCUGGAAGUAAUCUAAAGGGUCACGUAGUCUAACCCCCUGCAAUGCUGGAAUAUGUGUGGAAGGCAACUAAUUAAUUACUGUAACUGUAAUACAGUCAUACCUCUAGUUGCGUUUGCUUCAUGUCGUGGAUUUUUGGGUUGUAAAUGCAGCAAACCCAGAAGUGUAUGCUACCGUGGUUUGCUGCGUGCGCAUGAGCGCAGAAGCAUUCUGCACGCUUCGCACAUGCACAGAAGCACUCUAUUGCACUCUGUGCUUGUGCAGAAGCGCUGCUUUAGUUGCGGACUUUUUGGGGUGCGAACGGCACCCCGGAACGGAUCGUGUCCGCAACUAGAGGUACCACUGUACACCCUGCUCCCCUGUGGAAAACUAAGGCAGCAUGCCACCCAGGGCUGACCAGAGGUGUGGGCUCCCUCUGAAUUUCCAAAGCAUCUGCCACAAUAAAUCUGUCUAAGAUGCCCUCUAUCAAAAAAAUGUUCAUUUAAUAAUAAUAAUAAUAAUAAUUAAUAAUAAUAUUUUAUUAUUUAUACCCCGCCCAUCUGGCUGGGUUUCCCCAGCCACUCUGGGCGGCUUCCAACAAAAUAUUAAAAUACAAUAGUCUGUUAAACUUUAAAAGCUUCCCUAAACAGGGCUGCCUUCAGAUGUCUUCUAAAAGUCUGGUAGUUGUUUUUCUCUUUGACAUCCAGAAGGCCCUCGGCACUGGACCUCAGUGUCCGAGCAGAACGAUGGGGGUGAAGACGCUCCUUCAGGUAUACUGGACCGAGGUAUAAUAAUAAUAUUUAUACCCCGCCCAUCUGGGCGACUUGCAGCGUAUCUAAAAACAUAAUAAAAUUUCAAACAUUAAAAACCUCCCAAUACAGGGCUGGCUUCAGAUGUCUUCUAAAAGUCAGAUAGUUGUUUAUUUCCUUGACAUCUGAUGGGAGGGCAUUUCGCAGUGCAGGCGCCACCACUGAGAAGGCCCUCUGCCUGGUUCCCUGUAACCUCAUUUAUCGCAGGGAGGGAACAGCCAGAAGGCCCUCAGAGGGCUAGAUGAGCUUGUUCCCUUACCUGUUGGUAUUCUACUUUGGGGCUUUAUUUUAUUAUAAAAAAGAAUCACACACUUUUAACUGAGCUGAAUAUUGUAAGGAAGACAACAACAACAACAGAGAAGUAAAAAGCUGGCAUUCUGUGUCCAAAGUUUAGUAAUUUAUGUUUUGUUUGAAAAUGAGAGUAAGCGUUUUGGAAAUGUUGGGCUUCUGCAGAUGAAGUGCCACUUCCAACUGGCAACGUUUAAAAGCAGAAUUUUGCUCCAGAUGUUUUUAUAUGACUCGCCAGAGAGAUAAAAAAAAGGGGGGGCAAAGCAGUUCCUUGGCUAUAAAUGUGACGGGGUCUGCUGAACAGACAGGUGAAGAGAUGAAAGUAUGUGCUUGUUAGCUGUGCUCUGACAGAACUGAAGGCCUGAUGUGUGGGGCAGAGACCCAUGGAGGGUUUGCACAAUGAUGCUUCGAAAUCAAACAUAAUUUGGGCUUGGACUGCGGAACCCUUUCCACUUCAGUGGGGACGGGUGACGUCUCUUGAAUACCUCCCUCCUUAGAGCUUUUAACAGACGUGAUCGCCUCCUCUUUCUCCUCCCCUCCAUGCCAAACAAAGACCCACCUGGCCCAGCAGCAUCCCUCUCCUUCUUCCCAGUGGGAAACCCUUUCGUUCUUGCGCUGCUUCCUUUCUGCCUUCUUGGACAGACCCCAGUGUACUUCUGAAGCACUGCAGGAAAAGAGAACAUGCACUUUGUAUUAGGGUGCCUUUGAAACCUAGACACGUAGAAAUUGUACAAAUGAAGCCAUGAUAAACCGGACAAACGAGUUGAAGGGAAGAGUGUUGUUGUUGUUUAGUCGUUUAGUCAUGUCCAACUCUUCGUGACCCCCUGGACCAGAGCACGCCAGGCACUCCUGUCUUCCACUGCCUCCCGCAGUUUGGUCAGACUCAUGCUGGUAGCUUCGAGAACACUGUCCCACCAUCUCGUCCUCUGUCGUCCCCUUCUCCUUGUGCCCUCCAUCUUUCCCAACAUCAGGGUCUUUUCCAGGGAGUCUUCUCUUCUCAUGAGGUGGCCAAAGUAUUGGAGCCUCAGCUUCAGGAUCUGUCCUUCCAGUGAGCACUCAGGGCUAAUUUCCUUCAGAAUGGACGUUUGAUCUUCUUGCAGUCCAUGGGACUCUCAAGAGUCUCCUCCAGCACCAUAAUUCAAAAGCAUCAAUUCUUCGGCGAUCAGCCUUCUUUAUGGUCCAGCUCUCACUUCCAUACAUCACUACUGGGAAAACCAUAGCUUUAACAGUGAUCCAUGAAGGGGGGAAGAGUGUUAAAUGGUCUAAAACCUACCUCUCUAAAAAAAAAAGAGUAUAAAUUUCACCACCACCCCUCCUUUCUCCCCACUUCUUCCUGACAUUAUACUGUACUCAACCCAAAUGUCUCAUAACAAAUGUAACUGAUCUGUGUAAAAAACUUUACAACUCUACUAGGGCCUGGAGAUCCAGGGGGGUCCCACCCAAACUUCAACCACGUUACCAUUGGGGGGAGGAAUUUGUCAAAUUUGCAGAUCAUUUCUGAGCAUAUUUAAGGGAACUUAUUAUUUCCCUGUAUGCAUUAGUGUGGUGCCAUUUUUUCCGUAACUUUUUACAACAUUUGAGAAAAGAAAUGGCAUUAAGGAAUUUUCAAAGUGACAGGGUAUAAAGCACAUUGCAAACUGUGAAACUCUCCUACGAGAAGCCGUGGUGGCCACCAACCAGGGAGGCUUGAAGAAAGGACUAAGCAGAUUCAUGGCUACGUUUUGCCUCCGCUGUCAGAGGCCAGAUUCCUCUGAGUUCUGGUUGCUUGGAAUCACAGUUGAGUGGGGCAUUAAGUAAUCACUUGUAGGCUUGCAAGAGCCAAGGGGGAGGAGAAGGGCAUGUGAGUCCUGGAGAUGCACAAAGUCUUUAUAAACUAAUCAGUGUUCUUGUAAACUGUUCGGAGAUCAGAUGACAGAUGUCAGAGAAAUGCCAGGGUGCGCUGAAAUCUGAUUAAAGGCAUACUUUUCUGCGUUCCAGAGUCGGUUUUUCUUUUAAAAUGUACAUUCACUCUGCGUGUACAUCUGAUGUUAAUUCUUUUCUGGCCUUCUAUGAUAGCGAAUAUUUUUCUUUUUAUGUAGUGCCUGUAAUCGGCAAAGAUUCCCCAAAUGCUUUGACAGUUGUAUAAUCGUGUUGUCGUGCUGUUGUGGGCAGCUAGCCCUGUACGCGAGGGGAAAGAUAUCUUAGUUUGGAAAGCUCUAAGCUCUCCACCAGAGAGAAUCCUAAGUUGUUAAGAGGGAGGUGAGCCAUUGACCAUGGCUUUAAACUACAGCUGCCUCUGCCAUCUUUGGGCGUAGAUGUCUUAAUCCAGGAGGGUUGGAUUCCAGGUGCUUUUGUGUGCAGAUGUGUUUCAUACUUUCAGUUCCUUGCACAAAGGAUCCUGGUCACUGCAGGUGGGGCUACCAUAGCACCGUGAAUCUUUUGAUUGCCAUUUGGGAUAAAAUCCUAGUUGGUGUGCUUGUUUUUAUGCUCAGUUCAGCGCAGGGGGACCAGGUCACAACCAAGUGGAAAGAGCAGGUCAGAGAGUAAAUGAAUUGAGCUGGGGAAAGUAGCUCCAAUGAAGUGAGGCAGGUGGGACUUACUGCUGCUGGCAACCCAGGCAGCUUCUGGGAGUGGUAAACUCCUGGAGCUUCCCUCUGACCCACCCCUCAUUUGUGCUAAUGCAGCACAACUAACGCAGGAGCAUCACAGGCUGAGGCCCAUCUCAUGUGCCUCUUAGCUGGGGAUGCAGCGGCCUGGACUCUCCCCAUCUUUGCAUGCAAACAGACCCUGUUUUGUGCAUGUAGUCUCUUUGGCGAUCACUUGUAGCUGAGUAAGAUUGUCUUCCAUAAACACAGUUUUGAGUCCAUAAGUGACAGUGGAGCCAAUUCUGGGGACAUAGGUUUCUGGGUGAGAGUUGCUCACGGUGAGGGUUUUCCAAGCAUGCCUUCCUCUUAGCACGUUUCUCCCUUUCAUCCUGAGUUUGAACUCUGAACUUAAACUGCAUGUAAUAAGGUCCAGGUAUCCAGUCCAGGUAUCCUUGCAGGCAGCCUGCAAGCCAGCUCUUAAUUCAAACUUUCUGACGGUAAGAGCUACUCAGCAGUGGAGGUGGUGGACUUUUCUUCCUUAGAGGUUUUUAAGCAGAGGAUGGAUGCUGUGGUUGCUUUCGUUGAGAUCCCUGCAUUGCAGGGGGUUGGACUAGAUGACCCUCGGGGUCCCUUUCAACUCUGUGAUUCUAUGAAAUGACAAGAAAAGAGAUUCCAACUGAAACAUUGGGAGGAACUUUUUGAGGGUAAGAGCUGUUUGACAGACUCCCACUGGAAGGUGGUGAGCUCUCCUUCACUGGAGGUUUUAAAACAGAGAUUGGGGGCCCAUUUGCCAGGGUUUCUUUUGUUGAGAUUCCUGCCUUGCAGAGAGUUGGACCAGAGGACCAACUCUACAGUUCUGUGAUUCUUUUUGUUGUUGUUAAAUAAUUUUUAUUCAUUUUCAGUUACAAAAGUCCAAUAUAAGCCAUAUUAUAUCAAUACCAAAUUACAAUGCCAAUUCAAAUACAGAUCAAUCACAUAGCCAAAUAUAAAAUUUAAGUGGCCCUACAGUUCUAUGAUUCUUAUUGGGGUGGGGCUGGAAAGGUAGACUUUUCACAGAGCAAAUAAUCACUGCCUGGGUGUUGCUGCCCUGCUGAUCUGCUUGCUUUCCUGGGGGCCUGGGUCUCUCUCCUCCUCCUGCCCCUUAGCAAGGCAACCUCUUCUCUUAACAGGGGCUGUGGCAAGACCAUGGCCCGUUCCUUUGCACCUGCACUGUCUUGUCAUGCCCUCCUUGGAUUUUGCCCUCCUUCCAUUGCUUUCAUUCUAAGCUAAAGAUCAGAGCCACACAGGAUAUUUUUAGUUUCAUUACUCUAUUUAUAGGCUGCCUUUCAUCCACAGCCACACCCAAGAUAGUUUGCAAUGAAAACAAAAGCCUAGUUCUUGCUUUGUGUGGGCAGACACGCCUCCUGGCCGUCCUCAUUCAAAAUGUCCCUCUUCCCAUUCCUCAAAGUUCAAGGUGAUCACCUCACGGCUUCUUCAUAAUUCAGCCGUCUUCCAGCUCAGGGUUUGGAGGUUGGCAUAUCGCACUUAUUUUACAGAUGUGUAUGGAAAUUUUAUUGGUCUUCAGACCCUUGCCCCAAGGCACCUUGAAUGGUGAAGUCUGGCAGGAGUUUCACCCGCAGAGUUUAUUAGUGGCUUUCAGCAAAAGUGUGUCUUGUUUAAAUAGCAUCCAGUUGGCUUCCGCGGUUCGUCUUUGCCUCUCUUCACGUUAAAGGCAUGGGCUAUGUGCCAUAUGCUAAGGCCAUCCGAAGAAACUGCAAAAUGUGGUGCAUCUCAAAAGGUGCUGGCAAACUAGAAAACUGGCUGCACCCAGUGCACAUUGAUUCCAACAUCUGCCAACCUAGCAUUUCGAAAGCAUACCAGUUCAAGUAGGAAGGUACCACUGUGGUGGGAAGGUAGGCAGCAUUUCCGUGCGCUCUGGCUUCUGUCACAGUGUCCUGUUGCGCCAGAAGCGGUUUAGUCAUGCCGACCACAUGACCUGGAAAGCUGUCUGUGGACAAACGCCGGCUCCCUUGGCCUGAAAGCGAGAGGAGCGCCGCAACCCCAUAGUCCUCUUUGUCUAAACUGCCCAGGGGUCCUUUUCAUUUACCUUACCUAUAUUGAUUGCUGCAAUACUCUCUUCUUGAGAGACAAUUACUUUCUUCUAUGAUUCCCAGGCUGUGCCAUUCAAGCAGCUGACUUAGUAAGAGCUGGAAGUUGUGGGGCUUGAGGAGCUGACCCCCUGGCAAGUCAAAGGGGGCCACAAGCCCUCUUUGAUGGAUUUCACUGCCUCAUGAGUUCAUCUAGCAAGAGAGGGACUACACAGAAAGUGGUGCCUUUCCUCCUGAGGAAAUUUACAUCUGAAGAAAGGUUGCAGCGUUCGGGACCUUAUUAGAGAAAAGACGAGUAAAGAGGUGGAAUAAUAAAAGUUUAUAAAAAUGAGAGGCAGGACUGAGAUUUGGAUACGUUUCGAGGUUCAGACUGUGGGAAGCUGUAAAAUCAAAAUUACAAUUCAGAAGACAAUUUGAUCUUUUUUUUAUUUUAGUUUGUUAUUUUCAUUGGAUAAUUAUUUGAUAUGUUAAUUGGAUGUUUUUUAUUGGAAAAUUAAUAAAUGCUCUAACAAAAAAUAAUAAUAAAAGUUUAUAAAAUUAUGUGUUGCAUGGCAGAAGCAGGUAGAGAAAAGUUUUAGUUCUCUUAUAACACUAGAGCUUGUGGACAUCCUAUGAAGCUGAAUGUUGGAAGAUUCAGGAAAAAUAAAAGGAAGUCCUUCUUCAUGCAGCACGUAGAUAAACUAUGGAACUCACUCCCACAGGAGGCAGUGACAGCUACUUGGGUGGCUUUAAAAGAGGAUUACAUGAAUGCAUGGAGGAGGAGAGGGCUAUUGAUCACUACUAGCCAUGGCACCAAGCUCUGCCUCCAGAGUUGGAGACAGCAAUGCCUCUGAAUCCUGGUUGCCAGAAACCACAGGAGGCGAGAUCCUACUUGGAUCCUGCUUGCGGAUUUCCCUUUGGGGCAGCUGGGCAGCCUUUGUGAGAACAGGAUACUGGACUAGAUGGGCCAUUGGCCUGAUCCGGCAAGCCCUUCUUAUGUUCUUAUUGUGCUGCUUGGCAAGAAGGGUUUGUACCGUUGAGAAAUACUUGGUGACCAGCCCAUUGGGCACAGUCAUGACUGCUCACAGGGGGUUUUUUGGCCUCUAUUUUGUUCAGAUCCACCAGGCCCAAUGGAUGACCCAACAAGGCACCCCACCAUCCAUGAACUGUGACCUGAGCCCUCCUAUUUUGCAGCCCCCAGACAAGCAGCGACAGCACCAGGUCUGCGAAGCUGCAGGGGGUUCCACCAUGUACGAUGCUAGCUGUAUUUCUCUUGGCGUGUUGCAAGUUGCACAGUCUGGUUUUGUGGGUUGUGGUGCUUUGUUUGAGACCUCUAGAAGGAACAAGGCAAGCACCCAAAAGACAUGCAGAGGAGGGGGAAUAGGAGAGGGCUGUCUGAUGCCCUCAGCUGGGGAGUCCUCAGAUGUUAUAUUUUUAUAUGCUUGCAAAGAGAGAGAGAGAGAGAGAGAGAGAGACUUUCUGCCUCUGCUGAACCAGAGCAGGAGGGACUGCAUAGUUUUUGUGUUGGGCUAUGAAUAGAUCUAUAUAAAUCUUGCCAUAAAUGUAGAACUAUAAAUACUAUAAAAAGAGAGUUUCCGGCCAGUCCGCCUGUGAGGAAAUGGCUCUGUUGGUGUGGCCAGAAAGUGUUUGGCCAACAAUACUCAUCUCCAGGAAUGUGUGCUUGGCCACCCUCCUUUCGUAGCUGGGCUCUGCCGGGCAGGCUAGCGUGCUCUUUCGAGGUGGGACGUCCAAAGGGUUCGAGCCUUGGGUGCGAUUCCUAAGAAGAGCAAAGGAACGACGGCUGCCACAAGCAAGAAUGGAUUCAUACCUGUCGUUCUGUUUCUCGGUUGAAAGUGAUCCCUUACAGCCCUUGCGUUUGUUCUGUUUUGAGAAAGCUGAAACCCUUUGUCCACCUCUAAACGCUUUUGAGCCCCGGCUCCUGCUGUUUUUAGCUAGAUUAUAUUAACUGGAGCAUGAGAACCAGGAAGCGAAACGGGUAGCACAAAGUGGGCAAAAUUGAGAUAAGUUGCCUGACUCAAUUAGAUUAAUUUGUCAAUUAGAUUCCCGCCCCCUCCAAGGUCCAAUGAGUUAGGCUCAGAGUACACAGCCAAGCAAGACAAUUCUUUUAAUAAAUGCAAAUUGUAUUCUGACAAACCAAGGUGAGAUACCCCGAAAUGCAUGAACAAGAUUAGGAACACUCCCCAGCCCAGCGCUCUAGUAAUCAGUUCGCAAACAAAACUGUUUAUUAGCAAGGUGAAAUUGUGGCCCCCACAUGUACUUAAAUGAACCAGUUUUGCAUUGCUCUUUGCACUAUUCUUGCUGAUUUGCUACCGGUCCAGGUUCAAGGUGUUGCUAGUAGCAUGCAAAGCCCUUAACAACUUGGGAUAGGUUUAGCUGCAAGAUCCCCUUACCCUCAUGUAUGCCCACUUGACCGCUUUAGUCUUUGGAACUGGCACUGUUGUUACAAGUGCCACAUAAUACUCAUUCCACAUUUGUAAGAAUUCAAUGUUUUAGUGUGGCAGCUCCUGCACUUUGGAACUCCCUGCCUGUUGAUGUCAGGCAGGCGCUAUCACUGUACUCUCUUCAGUGCCUGCUAAAAGCAUUCUUGUUUAGGCAAGGCUACUAGAUAUUUAGAAAGUUGAUGCAAGUUCAGUCUGUUUUUAGGCUAUUGCUGUCUUAACUUUUUGAAAGUCAUAAAUUAUUGUUUAUUGUUAUUAAUGAUAAUUUUAUUUUACUUUUUUGCACAUUGCAUUAUUAUUUUUUUUUACAAUCAAGCAGAGUAUAAAUUUCAUGAAAAUAAUAAUUGCAAGGGGUUGGGCUAGGUUACUGCUUGGGUCCCUUCCAACUCUGCUAUUCUAUUAAUCUAUUAAAUAAAUAAAUCUAUUAAUUAAAUAAAUUAAUACUUGCCAGGGAGCUGUAGGUGGGGCACAAGUCCCCCCCUCCUCUUUUAAUCCCCAUAGCAGCCCUGUGUUGUGGCUGAGAGACAGUGACUUGCUCAAGGUUUAUGUGGGGGGGGGGAUUUGGGGGGGACGUGUGUUGGGAUCCACAGUGUGAAAGAAAUGCCCUUCUUCCAGGGGCCUGACACUUUCUCACCCUUGCAUUGGCAGCUGCUCUUUAGCAAGUUUGGCAACUGGUUCAUUCAGCUCAGUAUUGUCAACUCUGACUGGCAGGGCUCUUUCCCAGCCCUAUGUGAGAUGCCAGCAGGGAGACUUUCCGCAUGCAGCUGAGCCGCAGCCCCCCCUCCCCCCCGCUAACACUUUUCUAAGCAGCUACCAUUGUUUUGGCCGGUGGGCAGAUUACCCUGCAGAAAAGGUGAAAAUAUUUUGAACACUCCAAGGAAUGUAUAUGGGCAAGCCUGUGGGCUGGGCUUUGUUGACCUUAGGGCUCCGCUCCUCUCGCUGCUCUUGCCAAAGCACAAAGCAGACGCUGGCCUGUUUUUCCUAGGUUAAGUCUGCAUUGCGCUCAGCAGCCAUUGCUGAGAAGCACUCUUCAGGUGGAACUCUGCAUGUGCCCCAUAACUGUUUGUCGGUUUCGGCUUUGCUCUGAUCAGUGGUGCCAUUGCAGACAAUUAGAGAAUGCCUCACUAGUCAGCGCAAGGUAUUUUCACACACUGGCAGCUGUGCAUAGAAUUGAAUGUUCAUAUGGAAUCCUAUGAAGCAGUUCAAGGGGUCCACAGAAAACAAUUUAGUAAUGGCAGACAAGUGUCCAGAAUGUGUGGUUUCCUUGGGGCUGAAGCCUUGGGAUGUGCAUGCACUGCUCUGGCCAUUGUCCUAGAAGCCCCCCUCCCCUUCUUUCCACCCCUCACAGUGCUUUCCACAUGCCUGGCAUGGAGAACGUGGAUGGAGAGAGGUUUAUCUCCCUAUCUCAUGACACUAGAAGCUGAAUGUUGGAAGAUUCAGGGGAAAAGAAAGAACUUCUUCAUGCAGCACAUUGUUAAAAUUAGGAAACUCUCUCCCACAGGACGCAGUGAUUGCCACCAACCUGGAUGGCUUUAAAAGAGGAUUAGACAAAUUCAUGGAGGAGUUGAGGGCUACUGAUGGCUCCUAGCCCUGAUGCCUAUGCUCUUCCUCCCUGGUCAGAAACUGCAACGCUCCUGAAUGUCACUUGCUGGAAACCAUAGGAGGGAAGAGGGCUCUUGUGCUCAGAUCCUGCUUGUUGGUUUCUCACAGGCCUCUGGCUGGCCACCGUGAGAAUAGGAUGCUGGAUGUAGAAGGCAUUGACACAAAUUUCGAGAAUCCUUUUGGUCCACAGUUGCACAGUUUUGGCAUACAGUCGUACCUCGUUUUGCAGCUGGGAUCCGUUCCGGAGCCCCGGCUGCUAGCCGAAAAGGAUGCAGGGCAAAGAGCUGUGUCUGCGUACGCGCGGGGGAGCGGUUUGCGCUUCUGCGCAUGUGCGAGUGGCAAACCCGGAAGUAACCCAUUCUGGUACUUCCAGGUUUGCUGCGGAUGUUCGCCGGAAUGGAUGCUAGACGAGGCGGACGUAUUACUGUACUGUGGAAGCUAAGAUUAAUCUUUAUUUUGCAUUGAAGCUUGUUUUUAAGACCUAGUGACACUCACACAAACAUCCCAGAAAGGUCCUCUAAUUCUGGGGUUCAUGCUAGACUUUCUGGGUUGAUCAAAAUUUUAAAAAGCAGAAAUUUGAAGUGGAUGCUACACUCAAGUUCUUGUAGUGCCUUCUGUCUGAGAUCGCAAGACAGGAGGGUGACAGAUAUUGCACCCCUUCAGAAAGGCAGAAUAUAUGAACUGUGUUACUUCCCUCUGAGGAAUGAAAUGUGCUGGCCUUGUGUGAUAUAUAUGGGUGGAAUGAGUUUCCUUUUAAGUUCUUCUAAAUCCUCUUCAGACAUUAGGUAAAGCUGCAAGGAGCUUGCUUUAAUGGAGUCAGGUCAGUGGUCAGUCUAGCGGCAUAAGACUUCACCAGGUCUAAGCCUCCGCUGCUUUCAUGGGAGGUUUGGCUGCUUACAGCUGAAACUGUGCAGAUUAAAACCUUGCGCUCUCACACUUUUGCCUUGACCCAAGGCCCUAAAACCCCCUGCAGUUCCGCAGGAGGGCAAGUUUGAGCUUCAGCCAAGAUCCAGAGGCAAAACCGCAUUUGCUUUUGCAAGUUUCUCCUGAGUGAUUCAUCAGAUGCUGUUAUGUGGUUCCUUGGCUUUCUUCACUUUUCCUUCUUCUCGUUACCUUUUCAAAUGAUUAUUAGCUCCUCAUGGCUUUGGCUUUUUACGUGGGCUGUGGCUGACAGGAGCUGCUGACUCACUAAAGGCUGCUGAAGUCUCUCCCCCUGCCACCGGUUUCCACCCACCUCUGGCUUUCCAUCUCUGACAUUCAGGUGUAAAAGUGUUUAUACAACAUUUCCCUGCAGAUUGAGCAAGAACCGGUCCAUUUGCCCCAGUCCUUGUUUCUGGGUUCUGGCUAUGGGAUAUGUCAGGAGGUCCCAGCUUCUUUCCACUGUGUGGUCUUGGGCAACCCAGUCAGAUGGGCGGCAUUUAAAUGAUAAAAUAAUAAUAACAAUAAACAAUGCCACUUAUUGAUAGCUUUUCCAGUAGUGCAAAGUCACCAACAACAAAUCAUGCAGGAGGUUGGACUUGAUUAUUACCCUUGGAAUCUCCUCCAGCUUUGGGAUUGUAUGAAAAACACUAGACAACAGUUUCUCCAUUCCAUGCAUAAUUUUACAAACUUCUAUCAUGUCACUUCUCACUUGCCUUUUCUCUAAACUAAAAAGCGCUAAACGCUACAACCUUUGGGGAGAGGGGAGUGUCGCUCCAGCCCCUUGACCAUUUGGGUGGCCCUUUCUUGAACCCUUUCCAGCGCUGAAUCGUGCCCCUGCUGGCCUGCUCCCUGCUUCCCUGUUUGCAGGGGAACUCACAAGACUCCAUUUAACAUGGAGCAGCUCAGGCCGAAAAUAUUUUAGAAAUGAAAUCGGAUCCCUGGAUGACAGGAGGAAAGGCUUGGUGCAGAAGCCUGCGGGGCACAUUCCUGGUUCUGUGACCAGGCCCUGUCUUCCCAGGCUUGCGUUGUGGUGGAAUUGCAGGAGUCGGAGCUUGCCAGGUGAUUGAAACAGAAAGGUUAUGUGAGUCAGAAGAAAGCAGCCAGAGGAGGGGCUGCAAGAGACGUGGGUUUAUAAUGGCACUCUGAGACAUGGUCUGGUAUGGGGAGGUUUCAGGCGUGGCUGUUCUUGUUUGGACAGGAGACGGCAUUAGAAGUUGCCUCUGGGCAGCAAAACUGGGGCUCUGUCAUUCUAGAGAAGAUGGCCUGGUUUAAGGCUGCCAAGAGACCCAAAUUAUUCCCUCCACUAUAACGCCGCUGAAUACAUCCCACCUUUGACAGGGAAGUGCAGAUCUUUGUGACACCUCUUUGCCGGUUGUUCUUCUGUUUUUUAUAUAUUUUAAGUGGCUCUUGUUACCUAACAUCUCCCUUCAGAGAGCUCAGGGUGGCUUAAGUAUAGUGCUUGGGUGGUCUUUUAUCUUUAGCUAGACUUUCAGCAAUAAGAACAUAAGAAUUUGUCCUAUCCUCUUAUAAAGUCAUCUUGGGCACUGGUCAUCAUUACUUCCUGUGGGAGCAAGUUCCACAGUUUAACUAUGUGGUGUGGAACGAUGCGUAGAAAUUCGUCAUGUGUCCACAAGUCAUCCUGAAAGGCCAUCUCCUCGCCUAACAGUUCUAGUGGCCGAAACAAACAUUCCUGGACGUUCCUGGGUUGCAACUCUUUGAAAGAGCUGGAGGAAGGUGUUUGGUGAGAGAUGGGGAGGAAAUCUGGCGGGGUGCCGGGCUUUGUAUAUACAUAGCAUUCUGCUUUUGUGUGGCUGUGUACUUAAAAACCACAUGCGCAAACAAAGCCCUUCUCCAGUCCAGCGUACAGGAGGUCCUGCGCAUGAAGUUCUGCCGCUUGGGGGGUGGAGAUCCUAGCGUGUUUGUUCUUUCUGGCUAUACAAAUUGUACCGCUGGGGGCGGGAGAAGAAGGGGAGGAAAUGGCUGGGUGAUUCAAGGAAAGCAUAACUCUGCUCUUAAACCUGCCUGCACGGCUUCCCUUCCAUCCCUUUUCUUUCUUGGCUUUUGCACCAGAGAAAGGCUCCCCUGCAGCGCCGAUCUGCUUUGCCAGGCUCAGAGCUCAGGGAGCUUUUGACGGAAGUGGAUUGUGCUUGAGCUGGAGCAAAGUGGCACUUGCCGAUAACGCGGCGAAAACCCUUGGACGGGCUCCAGUUGUUCCUGUGUCAGCACAGCGUGCUCUGGGCGAGGCUGGCAUUUUCUGUUUCCUCUGCAGAAGAUGACGGCGAGGCGGUUUGUUCCUGCUUUCCCUGCCCAGUUGUCACAUGGGGGGGGUGUUCUUUGGAGCUUCGUGGGUGGGAACCAAAAGGCACACAGCCGUUAAAACAGUGAGGAUGCAUGCAGAAGGACCCAGGGUUUAGUCCCUGGCAACUCCAAGUGAUGAGGUCUGAGACUUUGGGCAGCUGCUGAUGCCAGUCAGCAUAGACCGUUCUGGGAGAGAUGGGAUGGUGGUCAAGCGCAGUGUGUGUCAGCAUUGUAGGUUUUGGGGUACAUGAUUCGAUUCUGUAGCUUAGAAUAAUAGAAUCGCAGAAUUGUAGAGCUGGAAGGGUACCCAAGGGGCAUCUAGUCGCAGCUCCCUGAAAGGCAGACAUCACAGCUCAAGAAUCCGUGACUGGUGGCCACCCCAACCUCUGCUUAAAAGCCUGCAAGCAGGGAGAGUCCACCACCUUCUGAGGAUGUUAAGCAGCUCUUGUCUUUGGGGUCACGAAGAGUUAGACACGACUAAUCGACUAAACAGCAACAACCACCAGAAAGUUCCUCCUAAUGUUUAGUCAGGACCUCCUUUCUUGUAAGUUGAAUCCAUUGGUUUGGGUCCUCCCUCCUGGAGCAGCAGAAAACCAGCUUGCAUCCUUUAAAUUGGUGACCCUCAGUUGUUUCUGUGUUUACCCUCUGGAGGCUGUACACCCACGUCAGUGUUAGAAAUUCAGAUAUGAAAGCUAGGAGCUAAAUGGCACCUUCAACCUAGGUUAUGGGCGCAGCAACGGAAUGUCUAGGCGCAUCUUUUUACAACAAGAACACAAAGCUGAAAAUAAAUGAACUGCAGCUAAAAUAUUAUGUUCAUUUCCCCUGCCCACCCCCCUAAUAUUCUUAAGAGGGUCUCUUCUCCAGUCUUCAGAGAGUAACUGGAAGUGGGGAGGCAGAAAAAGGUCCUCUUUUCCUUCCACUCUGCAGUUUUACUCUGAAAUCUUAGGCGCUGUAUUGCACCCAGAGCUCAGAAACUGCUCGCACUGAUGAAAUUCCCUGUCACAAAAUGCGCCUAGAGCAAUGAGAGUUUCGAACUCUGGCCUAUGUGGAAUAUGUGACUGCACUGAGUGAGACAGUGACCCUGGUUGCUCAGUCCCUAAAGAGUCCCAAACAUAGGUGGGACCUAGAAACUCUUGGGUGUUGCCUGCAAAGGAGCAUUGCUCUUGUGCUUGCCUUGGCCUUUCCCCUGCUUUGCUGCCAAGGAGCCUUCGUGUCUCCAAUCACUCUCUGUGCAGCCUGGUGCUCUCUGGCUCUUACCUGCUUAAUUUAGAAUGGCUUCCAGCCAGUUCCUUGGGCCCUUUUGCAGCAGAAAUAGCCAAAUGGACUACUUUGUCAUGAAAUAUGCCCAACCUUCAUGCUUCCAGAUGUAUCAAGGAUUUCUUCCCCUGCGUGUAAAUGAGUGGCACUUGUGCAAGAGCAGAUGGAGGCCGUGUGGGACUUGAGCCGGAAAUCCCUAGUUGGGGAAGGGGCUGUAGCUCCUGGGAGAGCAAUUGCUUUGCAUGCAGGAGGUCCCUUGUUCAAUUCUUGACAUCUUCAGGUAGAAUCGUAGAGUUGGAAGGGACCCCAGAGGCAUCUAGUUCAACCUUGUGCAAUGCAGGAAUCUCAACCAUUAUUAUUAUUAUUUAUUGAAUUUGUAUAUUGCCCUAUACCCAGAGGUCUCUAAACUAAAGCAUCAAUAACAGAUGACCAUUCCAACCUCUGCUUAAAAACCUCCAAGCAAGGAGAGCCCACCACCUUCCGAGGGAGUCCAUUCCUCUGUCAAAUAGCUCUUACUGUCAGAAAGUUCUUUCUAAUGGUUAUUCAGAAUCUCCUUUCUUGUCAUUUGAAUCAACUAGUUUGGGUCUUGCCAUCUGGACCAGCGGAAAACAAGCUUGCUCCCUCUUGCAUGUGACAGCCCCCUUGAUAUGUGAAGAUGGCUAUCAUAUCUCCUCUCAGUCUCGGUCUCGGUCUCUUUUCCAGGCUAAACAUACCCAGCUCCUUCAACAGUUUCUCUUAAGGCUCGGUUUCCAGACCCUUAGUCAUUUUGGUCGCCCUCCUCUGCACACCUUCCAGCUUGUCAACACCCUUCUUCAAUUUUGGUGCCCAGAACUGGACACAGUAUUCCAGGUGUGAUCUGACCAAGGCAGAAGUGAGUGGUACUAUGACUUCCCUUGAUCUGGACCCUAUACUUCUGUUGACGCAGCCUAGAAUAGCAUUAGCCUCUUUUGCGGCUGCAUCACAUUGUCAGCUUGUGUUCAGCUUGUGGUCUUCUAAGACCCCUGGAUUUUUUCCGCAAGUCAGGUGUCCCUCAUCUUAUAUUUGUGCAUCUGGUUCUUCCUGCCUGAGUGCAGAACCUUACAUUUGUCCCUAUUGAAAUUCACUUCAGAUAUUCAGCAGGUGCCUUUUGUGCCAACUUCUAAAUGCCUACUGAAAACUUUGCUAUUCUACCAGACCUAUGCAGGCAAUUAAGAACACACAAUGCUAAAGUGAUGUCUGUUUUUAACUCUCUUUAUGGCUUUUAGCGUAUGGUUUUAUUGCUGUAAACUGCUUUGGUGUAUUUUUUUAUGGCACAGUGGUAUGCAGAUUUUUAAAAAUAUAUAAAUAAGGAGUGGGUGGCACAUGCCUUGAGAGCUGCUUGGGGUUGCAACAGCUCUCAAGUCACGCCUAGAGAAUUUGGGGUGCAGAUUUUUAAUUCCCAUGAAUCCACAGCUGUGUUUGCACGGGUGCUCUUAGCUGUGGUUCUAUGAUUUAGUUCUGUGAUUCUACCUCCAGGAGAUUCUGCCUUAAUACACAGAUGCACAUUAGAGCUCAGAUAAAUUGAAGACUCCAUCCCCCAAAAAAAGCUUAGCAUUUUUGUGUGCCCUUCUUGGAAUUUUUUUUUUUUUAAUGUUUGGUUUUGCUCUCUCCCCACCCCCUUCUACCUCACUUUGUUUUUCUGGGAUUCUAUAACAAGUUUUAACUUUUUGAGAUAAGUUUCCCUCUUGGCCGCCUUUCCAGAAUGAAUAAACCAAGACACCAAGGGUGGUGCUUCAGCCCAAGCUUCGCUGCUUCCUCCCGGCCUCCUUUUAUUAUUCUGAAGUACCUCUUGGGGUAGCUGGCUGUGAAGGAUUUAAGGCAGCCCUUUUCGAGUGCUGAUAAAGAUAAUAUCAAAGGGAAUUAAGACUGCCUGCAAUCUGAGACACUGAGGACAAAAUCCAUCUGAAACCAGUAAGCCAGAAAGGAAACGCUAGGCGUUGUGCAACCGUGGAUUGUGCCCCAGCUAAGGAGAAGAAAUUUGAAUAAUGGGCACAUAAUGUUUUGAUGGCAUUGAUAGUUGCCAUGUGAGCUGUGCGACAACAGUAUGGUGCCUGGCUGCCCUGGGGUGCUACGGAAUGGGUGGGGGCCCCCCAGAGACUUGGUCCACUUCCAUGGGGGGUCACUUAACCGUUGCUCAGCCCUUUCUUAAAACCGUUGCUCAUUCUGCCUCUUUGCUGACAGUCAGGAUGGUUAAAAAGCCAUUGAAAGAUGGAUUGGUUUCAGCCUUUCACGGCAUGCACUCGUGUCUGUUGGAUUUCUAGUCUGCCUGAGCGGUGUGUCUCAAGCUCCUGGUUUUGUAACUGUACAGAUGUGACCGCAAUAGCAAGGCAGCACGCCCCCAGAUAGAAGGAUCCCACGCUGCUUUUGAAUAAUUCCUGCGCGGAGGUUCCUCAAGUGCAAGGCAGCCACUGGAAAUGAUCUCUGCUCUCAGCUGGUCUUCCCCUCUUAUUUAUUUGUUUUAAACCACAGUGGCCCACCACACAGCCAAACCAUAAAUUAAAUUUUUUAACAACACAGUUUACAAAAAAAACAAUCAAUCACCAAAACAGCAGUAGGAAAAGCAGCAGCAAUUCUCCAGCUGCAACUCCGGUCAAAGGGAGAGAGUAAGAAAGAGAGACAAUGAAAGCAGCCAGCACAAUAAAACUCCCACCUGCACACAAUAAGCCACACUGAAAAGAAAAGGCUUUACAGCAUGGAAGGUGGGGCAAGCUUGUUUUCUGCUGCUCCAGAGCGGAGGACCUGAACCAGUGGAUCCAAAUGACAAGAAAGGGGAUUUCAGCUAAACACGAGAAAGAACUUGACCGAGGAACGGACUCCCUCAGAAGGUGGUAGAGGAUUUCAAACAGGGUUAGAUGCCCAACUGUCGAGGAUUAUUGAGCUGUGAUUCCUGCAUUGCAGGAAGUUGGACUAGAUGACCCUUGGGAUCCCUUCCAGCGCUACAGUUCUGUGAUUCUAUGAACAGUAACAUUACAACCAUACAAACAGAAGGUAAAAAACCAAAGAAAUGGGUCCCCAAAUGCUUUUACUGUAUGAUUUUGGUUUUAUUGCUGUAAACCGAUUUGAUAUAUUUUUAUCAUACAGUGCUGUGCAUUUUUUAAAACAAAUAAAAUAAUGGAUACCCGCCAGCUUUGCCCCCCACCCAUUUCUUUCCCAUUGCACCUGCUUCCUCUAUGGUUGCCACCCCCUUCCCCACCUACCAAAUAAUUACCGCCCAGUCAGUCUGACAUCAAUACCAGGGAAGAUUCUGGAGCAGAUCAUUAAGCAAACAGUCUGUGAGCACCUAGAAAGGAAUGCUGUGAUCACCAAUAGUCAGCAUGGAUUUCUGAAAAAUAAGUCAUGUCAGACUAACCUGAUCUCGUUUUUGACAGAAUUACAAGCCUGGUAGAUGAAGGGAACGCAGUGGAUGUAGCCUACCUUGACUUCAGCAAGGCAUUUGACAAGGUGCCCCAUGAUAUUCUUGUAAAGAAGCUGGUAAAAUGUGGUCUUGACUAUGCUACCACUCAGUGGAUUUGUAACUGGCUGACUGACCGAACCCAAAGGGUGCUCAUCAAUGGUUCCUCUUCAUCCUGGAGAAGAGUGACUAGUGGGGUGCCACAGGGUUCUGUCUUGGGCCCGGUCUUAUUCAACAUCUUUAUCAACGACUUGGAUGAUGGACUCAAGGGCAUCCUGAUCAAUUUUGCAGAUGACACCAAACUGGGAGGGGUGGCUAACACCCCAGAGGACAGGGAGAAAUGUAAAGUAUUGCACUUGGGCAAAAAAAAUGAGAGGCACAAAUACAAGAUGGGUGACACCUGGCUUGAGAGCAGUACAUGUGAAAAGGAUCUAGGAGUCUUGGUUGACCACAAACUUGACAUGAGCCAACAGUGUGACGCGGCAGCUAAAAAGCCAAUGCAAUUCUGGGCUGCAUCAAUAGGAGUAUAGCAUCUAGAUCAAGGGAAGUAAUAGUGCCACUGUAUUCUGCUCUGGUCAGACCUCACCUGGAGUACUGUGUCCAGUUCUGGGCACCACAGUUCAAGAAGGACACUGACAAACUGGAACGUGUCCAGAGGAGGGCAACCAAAAUGGUCAAAGGCCUGGAAACGAUGCCUUAUGAGGAACGGCUAAGGGAGCUGGGCAUGUUUAGCCUGGAGAAGAGGAGGUUAAGGGGUGAUAUGAUAGCCAUGUUCAAAUAUAUAAAAGGAUGUCACAUAGAGGAGGGAGAAAGGUUGUUUUCUGCUGCUCCAGAGAAGCGGACACGGAGCAAUGGAUCCAAACUACAAGAAAGAAGAUUCCACCUAAACAUUAGGAAGAACUUCCUGACAGUAAGAGCUGUUUGACAGUGGAAUUUGCUGCCAAGGAGUGUGGUGGAGUCUCCUUCUUUGGAGGUCUUUAAGCAGAGGCUUGACAACCAUAUGUCAGGAGUGCUCUGAUGGUGUUUCCUGCUUGGCAGGGGGUUGGACUCGAUGGCCCUUGUGGUCUCUUCCAACUCUAUGAUUCUAUGAUUCUACUUGGGAUUCUCGUGCCUUUGAUAAUGGCGUGACAGAUAGGGCUGGGCAAUAUCUGGUUUCCAGCAUUGGGAUGUAUCACCAGCUAAACAUCACAAUAUACCAAUAUAUCACAAUGUCUGAAAUGAGGAUGGAGCUACAGGUAUGUAGAGGCAUUGGCUGGCUGCACAGUUUUCCCCGCACCGUGAUUUUUGCAGGGCCGGCUCUUGUGAUUUUCUGCCCGCUGCAUGAAGCAGGAGAGAGCUGGGCCUGCAGAGUUAGCAGGGGCUGCGGGACUCAAAAGAAGCAUUGGCUGGCUUCAUGGUUCCCCCCACAUUGUGGUUUUUGCAUAGCACACAAACACAUUCAUGAUUUGUGAUAUAUUGCCAGGUCAAAAAUUACGAAACUGAUAUCACGAUAGGGACUUCAAACUGGUUUUGGACAAUAUAUCACCUAGCCCUCGCGACAGGCAGACCUGCUGCCUUGCUCACUCCUGGCAGCCAUGGUAGGGAAAGGGAGGAACAGAUGAGUUUCCUGGCUAAGGAUGCUCCAAAUUCCUCGUGCCUGAUGGGACUUGCAGGGGUGUUGCACUUGGGUACAAGUACAGAAAGCAGAACGACUUGCCCAUAGGGUGCUACAGUUGGGCUUGUCUCGCCGUUUUUAAAGGCACGAGAAUCUAGGUUAACAAGAUAAACAAGAUGCCUUCAUCACAUAACUCCCCUAUGAGGGCAGACUGCCAUGAUGGGUAGCGGUGAAGAGAAUGCCGGGCUAUAGGGUAGGUCUGUCCUAGACUGCAUUCGAAGCGUGAAACUGGAGCAACAAGCACAACUCUCAGUCCAAACUCAUGACUCUGGGCUCAUGUGUCUUGAAAGUCAUCCGAGUGUCUCUGGUCCCACUUGGGGGGGGGGGGUUGGAGCUGGCCUAAUUCUCCUUGCGGGAAGCCGGCUGAAUGAAUUGGGGGGGGGGGGAGCGUCUCAGGAGUUGCAGGGAACUGGGAUUGCAUCUUGCUCCCUUGGGGACAGCAGGGAAUAGAACUCUAGCAGUGGCUGGAGGGCUGGGAGAGUCAUCGAAUCAUAGGAGUGUAGAGUUAAAAACCUCCAGCAAAGGAAAGCCCACCACUUUCCAUGGUCGAUCAGCUUUUACAAUCAGAAAGUUUUUAAAUGUUUAGUUGGACUCUCCUUUCUUGUCCUUUGAAUCCAUUGGUUUGGGCCCUCUCCUCUGGAGCAGCAGAAACCAAGCUUGCUCUGCUGUUUUCUCGACAGUGCACCCAACUCCCCCCCUCCCCCUUCCUGGCUCCCCACCCACCCACUGCUUUUAUAUAGACACCUGCAAUUCCAGGCAAAGCAUGAGCAAAUCCUCCAGGGCUGUGCUGUGUGUGUGUCAGCCGGCUGAGCCUGUCCUCAGCAGACACCUGCGCUUGCAGAAAGUUGCCGCUCUCUGCAGUCCUCUGACUCAUCAGGCCUCCUUUAGCUUUUGAAACUUGCUCCAUAUCGCAGCCUGCCGGUUUCCCCUUCUUCGUGUUUCCUUUGCUCCUGGCUUGCCACCCAACAGCACAUAUUCAGCGGCACAUAUUUAAGCGAUGCACGGAGGGAGCAGGGCAGGAGAAGUCCAUGUCUGAAACCUGAGAAGAGCUCCCUUGUUUAGAUCUGCAGUGAUUAGACACCUUGAUAUUGGAUUUGGGGGUGGGGGGGAGGUCUGGGAAUUCCAGAAAUACACAGUCCUCUGUUGUUGGUGCUGUCAAGAGGCUUAGCGUCAUUGUUCACCUUUCGCUUAAGGGCUCUUCCCUUUGCCUUGAUCCCAUUUUUGAGCUCUUGACAGGUCCUUUACAUUCUUGUCUGUCUGCACAAGGUGUGUGAUGUCCCUAUAAUGAGGGCAAGGCUUUUCCGGCCCAGCUUUUCCGGCCUUCGAGCAGGCAGUCCGAAGGUUUCUGUGGCUGCCGUCUGGUGCAAAACUGGGCACCGAAAUGUGUUCUCUUGCUUGCAUUACAGCCACUGGAGGUUUUCCCUAAUCUGUGUACUGUUUGACUUGCUUCAAACUCAAUGGCGCUGAAAUCACUGGAUCAAGCUCAUCAGCUUUGUUGAAUUAAUUAAACUAAAUAGUUUUAAUUGGAUUCUGGAUAACUGUGCAAUUAAUGGUCAUUGCUUUGAAUUUUAUUGUGCUGUUAUCUUCCCUAGUGGGUUGUGCAAACCACCCUUCUGAACAAUGCUUUUUAUAGGGGAGGGGCAGUGGGGAUGAGUUUGUGGAACCAAGCUGGGGGAGACCCCAAAAUGUCUGGGAACCACUGCUCUGGUGCAUCCCAGCAGCCCCUAUGCCUUCCCCUCCUAGGUGUAAGGGGCACCAACAUUUAUGAAUUUUUGAUGCCACCUAAAAAUGUGGUUAUUCAUCCAAGGAUUUUAGCAAAGUGCUGUCUUUUCUUGUUUGGUUUUAAGUUGUAUUUAAACGAAAUAUUGUUUUAUUGCGUUUUAAUGUUGUUCCCUGUUCUGGGAUUGUGAGGACAAUGAAGAGCAGCUUGUACAAAAUCAUUUGAAUGAACCAAUGAAAAGAUCUGUAUUUAAAGCAAUAUCCUUCCUACCUUCUGGAGUCAAAAAGGAUUCCCUCAACCCCUCCAUUCCCAGCCUCUUUGGUUAGGAACACUUGUCUUUUGCAGGAAUGCAGGAAACUGCUGCUCCAAAGUGAGAUCAUGUAGCAUUUCAGGAGCCAGGCGCAGUCUUGAAAGUUGCAUAGUAGCACCUCUGAGCAUGUGUGGAGUGCCUUCCACCCCAAGCCGUGAGGCUUUAUUGAUUGAUUUAUAGAACAAGGGCUCCCAGAGCGGCUUAUAUAUAGCAAGACCGUCCCUAUCCCUAUCCCCAUCCCUAUCCGCAGACUUACAGCCUGAAAAAACAACGAAACACAAGGGAAAGGGGACAGGGAGGGAAGAGGAAAAUCAGAACUCGGGCACCAAUUUCUGUUGUUCCAAUAAUGACCAUCUGGCCCUGUUUGGGGGCUGGAGGUGUCUGGUGAAGAGGGGCCUCCAACACAGCUUGAUGGAGGAAGCUUUCUUCUUCCUGUUUCUCCCACCGAUGGAAUGGCUGUGUCCCAAGUGACUGUCAAGUGGAGAUUAGGCCUCAUGCACUGGAUUAGAGGUUAGCUCUUGGGGUGUCGCAUGUCCCGGCUAGAUUGACUCACCACUCUUCCUCCAAAAACGAAGCCCAAUUGUUCUCAGUUGUCUCCAGAGGCCAAUAUCGUUUCCCCUCCCACCUGUCUGGAGAAGCGGCAAGGCAAAAUGCCACAUGUUGGGGCGUGACUUAACCCUUUUUGCUUUUAUCUUCCCUCCCCACAGAAUUCUGCCGUAUCGACCAGGCCUUGUGCCACAACGAAGACGAGCAGCUCAGCUUUGAGGCUGUCCUCAACAUCCACAAGCAGAUGGACGACGAUGCCAAUGGCGAUGUUGACGUGGAGGAGAGCGAUGAGGUGAGGGCACAGCAGAGGGCACCCCACUCUCUCGGUCUCCAGUCCCUCUCCUGACCUUCCCACUCCACUUAGUGUACAUAUGUUUCGGGGGACCCGGCACCCUCUCCCCACAGCACAGAGAUUCUAAAAUCUUACGUUGUAAACAGCCCUGUGGUCUCUGGAUGAAGGGCUGUAUGCAAAUUUAAUAAAUCAAGAAAGAGGUGACACAGUCAGCUUGGGUAGGAGGUGUCUUGGACUACAACUCCCAUCAGCCCCAGCUAGCCUGGCCAUCUGGAGGGCACCAGGUUGGGGAAGCUAAAGUUAGGCUGAAGCUCUUGGCCACCUCCACCUGCACCACAGGAAGCAGUGCUGGCCAGCAACCUAGGUGGCUUUAAAAGAGGACUAGGCAAAUUAAGGGAGGAGGAGAGGGCUAUAAAUGGGUACCUCCCAGGGUGGCUGUGCUCUGUCUCCAUAGCUUGAGGCAGCCAUGCUUCUGAAUCCCAGUUGAAAUCGCAGGAGGGAAAAGGGCUCUGGUGCUCAGGUCCUGCUUGUGGAUUUCUCUUUGGAGCAUCAGGUUGGCUGCAAGAGAACAGGAUGCUGGACUAGAUGAGCCAUUGGCCUGAUCCAGCAGGCUGCACUUAUGAACCAUACAAAGAUUAUGUUCAGCAAAACCUCCGUCAGUCCAGGACCCAAUGCAUUGUAGGGGGUUGGACUAGAUGAACCUGAGGGGUCCUUCCCAACUCCAUCAUUUUAUGAGUUCUCUGAGUCUCCCCAGAGGACAUCUGCCACCACCCAGCCUCCCCCAUCUGGCUGCUAUACUCUCCCCCCGCCAAGAAGUUAGCCAAGAAGUUCCUAGCAAAAAAGGGGGAGAUGAUUGCUUGGUUUAAAACCAGCACAGGGCAACAACCUCCUCUCCCUUCCUGCCACUCUCAUAACAAUUUCAUACGCUUAGAGAUGAAUGAGACACAGAAAUAGGGGAGGUUUUCCGUUGUGCCGCUCUCUGCUUGUCUUUUGGAGCAAAAAGAAGAUGGGAAAUGCCAGACCGCCCUUCAGCUCUUGAACUUUCUUAUUGAAUCCUUCCACCUGCUCCCUCCAGCUUUAGGGCAGUCGUAGUCCAGCUACUCUUGAGAGGCGGCAUUUGUCCUCCUGUACUUCUGCUGCACAUCUUGAAAAUGGAGAGCAUGAGGAGGCCCUAUGUGUGUGUAGAAGCUGAGCCCGAGAGCCACUGCACACUCCUGCCUCCUGCGGCACUGGGACUUCUGGGACUUCCCUUAACCUUCCUUCUCUUAAGCUUUCUUCUGAAACUAUGCUGCUUUCCUUCAACAUUGUCAAAGCAGGCGUGGGAAAGGAGCUGCAAAAUGGCUGCAGGUGGUCUUCCAUUUAAUGUGCAAUAAAUAGGAUGAAAAGCUUAGAGGAGCAAAGGAGGCCUUUGCACGGUGUUGAGAAAAUAGAUGGAGGGCUAAAAAGAUUUUCUCAAUACUCCAAGGUUAGUAACCCUGGUGUCCCAGGUCCUAGUUCAAUACUCUAUUUUUUUAAAAAAAUGAUAUUUAUUGAAAUUUCAGAAAGAGGAAUUACAUAAAAAAGGAGGAAAAAAAACAAAAACAAUAAACAGAAGUAAAAAUACAGGAAAAAUACAAAAUACAGAAUAAAAGAAUGAAAAACACUUAAAAGAAAAAAUACAUCAAUCUUUCCAUACCUUACAUUCAUAUCCUUGUUUCCCUGACCUCCUCAUACCUCCCUUUUUUGUAUUCCAGUUCAGUUAGUUAAUUCAGCAAUUUCUUUCCCUCUUUAUUUUCUCUUAAUCCUUUAACUUAAAUAUACUAUAGCUUUGAAUUUUCACCUGUUAUCAAUCCAUUUUUUCAUACACCUUUAUAGCAUUACUGCUUAAACCACCUAACUUCAUUCUAACAUCAUUCUAACAUUCAUUAAUUUUGCAAUAUUUCUGUAAAUAGUCUUUAAAUUUCUUCCAAUCUUCUUCCACCGACUCUUCUCCCUGGUCUCGGAUUCUGCCAGUCAUUUCCGCCAAUUCCAUGUAGUCCAUCACCUUCAUCUGCCAUUCUUCCAAAGUGGGUAGGUGUUGUGUCUUCCAAUACUUUGCAAUAAGUAUUCUUGCUGCUGUUGUGGCAUACAUAAAGAAAGUUCUAUCCUUCUUUAACACCAAUUGGCCAACUAUGCCCAGGAGAAAGGCCUCUGGUUUCUUCAGAAAGGUAUAUUUAAAUACCUUUUUCAUUUCAUUAUAUUCUGUAUCUAUUUUUAAGCACACCACCAGGUUCACCAAAAUUGUUAUGAGCUGGUAAGGCCCUAGCCAAGUUAACAGAAUGAAAAGCGACUAUCUAAAGGGUGUCUUUUUCUUUUCCAAACUAUGUUUGGAGGAUUUCUCAUGAGCAGAGCUGCUUAGAAAGGAAUCCUCCCUAGAGCUCUUAAAGAAAACAAGCUACAUCUCUGAAGUUCAGAUUAAGAACCUUCCUUCCCCCUGUUUUCCCUUAAGGCCUGAACUACUGCAGUUGCUUUCUGAUGCUCUUUUAACAGAUAUAGACAGGGCUCUUUUUCAGCCGGAACUUGCUGGAACUCAGUUCCGGCACCUGCCAGAUGGGUGCCAUUGCCAUUCUAAGAGGUGUUCAUGGUGAGUUCCGGCACCUCUUUUUCAGAAAUAGGUAUUUGUGUGUGGGGGGGACCCAUUAAUUUUAAUCUCGAGCUGCAGAAAGGGCCAAGGACUCUGCUUUCAAGGCACGCAGUGAAAGCUGAGUCCUUUUCUUUGUAGCUGAGCAAGAGCUGGGGAUCUCAACUGUUGUCUUUGGAAGCAAGGCAUUUCCCGCAUCUGAGCAACCUGCCCUGCCCACAGCCUACAUCUAGGUGUAGCAUCUUCUCAAGGGAGAUGCACCUUUUGAGUCUUCUUCUCCCCCUCCCAGUGCAUUUAGGACUUUCUCAUCCCUCCUUUCGCUGCCUGAAGGGCAGUUUCCCAGGGGAAACGUCUUGGCUUGGACAUGCUUAAACAUGUAAGCCUGAUUGCUCUUGGCUCUGACAUCUGAUUCCGCUAAGCUGAAGUGCUUUCUUUCAUUAGGCAAAAGUGAUGCUGUCAGGUUGCGUUCUGUGCAGAACGGGAAAGCUGUGUUUUUCCAGUAAUCUCUUUCCUGUGGAGCUGAGGCUGUGUGAGUCAAGGCUGAAUCAGAGCAUGUUCACAUACACACAAGCAGGUCCUGCUAGCCAAACGCUAUGUGUUCUCAGAAAACGUUCCUUCGGCGAGCCUUCGCAUAGCAAGUCAACGAUCUUCAUUGAGUCCUAUGGGGAAGUUUCUAAUGCGUUCCCAACCAUGGAAUUUUGACCUCAAAGUGACAAAAAACCCAGGAAAACCCACUGAAAUCUUGCAAAAGGAGAACAAGGAGGGGGAAAAUGCUCUCUUCUCUGUCCUAUCUCACCCCCUCCCUCCUUCCCACCAUGGUUUCUGGCAAAGCAGCUGCCACAGACCAGCAAAACACAAAAUAGCUUGCAUAUCUGAAUCUGCGACGUGUAUAGCGAGAUUUGGGUACGAAUUACUCAUAUUUGGAUAAUUGAUUUUCAUAUAACAAGCAUUUGGAUAGCGGGACCUGCAUAUAUAUAUAUAUAUGAUCUCUUCCGCUUAUCAUUUGUGCAGCAUUUGUCAUUUGCAAGGUACCUGCCUGAUACUUGGAUUGCCAAAGAUUGUUGCAGUUCUGUCACUAUCCUUCUCACAUCCCGGGGUGACAUCUUAAUAUUUGGAUUUCAAGAAUAAAGGAAACCAGCUUUUGAUCACAGCUAAGUGGUGGAGAGGGAGAUGGAUUCCCAGCUGAAACUCUGGUCAAUGGCUGCCAGUAAUUGUUGACAAUAUUGAGGUUGAUGGACUAGUGGUCUGGUGGUGUAGUGGUUAGAGUGUUGAGCUAGGACCUGGGAGAGGCCAGGCCUCGAAUCUCCACUUCAGCCAUGAAACACACUGGUGACCUUGGGCCAGUUACUCGCUCUCAGCCUAACCUACUCACAGGGUUGUUGUGAGGAUAAAAUGGGAAGGAGAAGUAUGUACGGCUUCUUGAGCUUCUUGGAGGAAAGAGGGGAUAUAAAUGCAGUAAUAAAUGAACAGACCUUCCUAACCAGUCCUUAAUUCUGGGGUAUUUGGUGCCCCCAGCCCUCAGUUUCUUGUUUUAAAGGGAGUCUAGAGAUACAGGCAAAACCUGGGAUUACACUCAUGGAAUCUGCUAUAACUUGUCGGUACCAUUCCUCUGUUCCUGCUUAAGCUCUUUCAGAGCACAAAUCCCAACACCAGUUUAGAGUUUUGAAGAGGCAUUAGGCAAAACCUAAGCAAACACGCAGCUUAAAACAUCAGAUACUCUAAACUCGGUUUAUAUUUAUUGAGGAAUUGACUGUCGGACAUAGAAUUAGGCAUAAGAGCAAAAGGAAGUUGAAUGAAGUUUUACUUGGCCUUUGACAUGAAAUGCAAAGCCUGUGAGCACGGGACGUAGCUGUAUUUAUCACUGUCAUUAUUAUAUUUAUAAUAUAAUAAUGAAGACUGAACGCGGCUUACACAAAUUAAGACAAGACAGAUAAAAUACAAAAAGCCAAAUAUAUAAGUAACCACUAAUAAAUUCAAGCAACAUAGAAACAAAUCUGUAAACAUACAGAUAAUAAAAUUGGCACACCUUUGUUAAAAUUCCUUAAAAAAACAGUUAGUCCCUUAAGGCCUGUUGGAAUAAACCUGCCAGGGGAAGGACAGGAAGGAGGGAGCCAGCCUAGCUCUUUUUCGGAAGGGAGUCUUUAUUCUCUGUUUUCUGCAAGUCCCUAUUCAAGCCAGGGGCAGGAAUCUUAGAAGUGCACCUUCCUUCCUGACUCCAGUCUUGAGAGCACUAGAUACUUGGCGGUGGAGGAGAGACAGAACCCGGCUUCAGACGUCUGCCUUCCUUACCAUUUAUAUCACACUCAUCUUUUUGCUCAUUAGCUCUCUGCAUAUUUGCUCCCGUUAUUAUUUUUUUGCUCAGCAGCUCUCUUGUUUUGCUAAGCUGCGCUGCUCAAAACCUUUGCCCAUCCGCAGCCUGGGAGUGCUUCUCUUCACAUUUCUUGACGCUCCCCUCUGGGGAGAGGAGUUUGCUGUGUGUUCGGAGGUGGCUGCAGGGACCGCAAUUAAAAGGAGCGCCCCUGAACCCCAAGGGGAAUCCCUUCCGAUUGGCGGCCUAUUUCUGGUCUUCGCACAGAGGCAGGCGUAGCUCUCGAGGUGCCCGGUGACUUAAUUGAACCGAUUUCUCUCUCCUCCAGCAUUUUUGCCAAGGGAAUUGGCAGCUCUGGGUUUGCAACUGAGGAAAGAUGCCUGCCUGCAGACUGUAACAUUAGCAGCAGCUUUGUCCUCUGAAUCACGGGGUGAGCACCCCAGAAUUCAUUUCUGAAACUGCAGGUGCUUAGGGUCCACUGAAAGCCCUGUACCUCCCUAGCCCAAGGCUACCUUGGAAGUUGCUAGCAGCACCCUUUGCCAAACCUGUUUGUCGGCCAAGAUGCAGCAAAGAAUGAUGACACAUUCCAAAUCAGCCGUUUUAUGACUUAUUUCCCCAGCGGGGCAACAAGACAUCACACGUAUUUGAUUUAUUUUGAAAGAUUUAUAUAUCCUGCUUUUCCAUCUUGCACCCAGGAUACCCAGUGCACCUAGCGUCGGCAGAUAUUUUAUUUAAUAAAACUCAGUUACAAUAGGUAGAAACUGGCCCAAGGCUUCCCAGCGAGAUUCAUGGCUGAGGCGGGAUUCGAACUUGGGUCUCCACAGUUCUGCCCGAUUAUGCCACAGCGGCUCCAAGUAAUCAGGGGAGAAUUAUGAUUAUGAUUAUUAAUUAUGAUUACCUUUAUUUGUAAUCACUUUAUUUUUUUAUCUUUGCCCUGCUCCCCAAAUGACCACCAAACAGUAAAAACAAUAAUAGUCUUCCUUCCAUCAAAUAACCAAAAUGUUUUAAUUAAUUAAAGGUUGCUAAUUAAGUGUUUAUUUGUUAGGACCUACCAAAAUUGCAAAGUGUGUGCUGCUGCUUGAAAGCUUGCUUUCCUCUUCGCUCCCCAUUGCACUUUCCUUUUGUAUUGCUUCUGUUGGGCCCUGCCUGCCUUACCUCUUGAUGUGUGUGCAGUGCUGUCCCUGAAUUUUUUUUUUUUAAGUAUAUAAAUUAGUUUACUCACAUUCUGUUCACAGAAGGAUCCCAGAAGGCAGACUUAGGUUACAAAAUAUAUACACGUGGAAUCUAUCCCAUAAGGAGAUACCGUAGUUUCUUUGUCCUUUCUUGGCUGAGCAUCUCAGGCUAAGGAGAUGUUGCUAUUUCAAGGAAUGGAGUCAGAGAGAGAGAUGGCUGCCUCCCCUGUGCUAUUUUGUUACCUGCACAGGUGAGGUCACACCCACCUCUGGUCCUGUCCCUGAAUUUUGAGAAGAGGCCGCGCACUGUGCUUCUCAGCCCAUUCUCCAGAAAGAGCCAGUUACCUCACCAUUGAAACAUGGCCAGCUGCCUGCUUUUUCUGCUGCUGGGAUUACUCGGCCGCACGUGCCGUGGGCCUUUGUAUCUGCUUGUGGAGGUGUGCCUUCACCUCCACAGCCUGGGGAGGGAGACAGAAUCCCAGGUGCCUGGCUUCCUCAGGGCUUAAAACUUGUGGCUAAAAGGAGUUAUUUUCCAGCCCUGCUGGGCAUGUAGAUAGGCAGGCCUACAUGAACGUUCUGUCCUUUAGUGUUGCCAUACUCCAGUGAUCUCAGCCGUUAAUUGUAAUUCCUGAGUUGCAGAGGGUUGGGCUGGAUGACCCUUGAGGGUCCCUUCCAACUCUACAAUUCUAAUUCUAAUUCUAAUUCUAAUAAUUUAUUUGUACCCCGCCCAUCUGGCUGGGUUUCCCCAGCUACUCUGGGCGGCUUCCAACAAAGAUUAUAAUACAUAAAAUGUCACACAUUAAAAACUUCCCUGAACAGGGCUGCCUUCAGAUGUCUUCUAAAUGUCAGGUAGUUGUUUUCCUCUUUGACAUCUGGUGGGAGGGUGUUCCGCAGGGUGGGCGCCACUACCGAGAAGGCCCUCUGCCUGGUUCCCUGUAACUCGGCUUCUCACAGCGAGGCCCUCGGCACUGGACCUCAGUGUCCGGGCUGAACGAUUGGGGUGGAGACGCUGCUUCAGGUCUACUGGGCCAAGGCCAUUUAGGGCUUUCAAGGUCAGCACCAACACUUUGAAUUGUGCUUGGAAACGUACUGGGAGCCAGUGUAGGUCUUUCAAGACCAGUGUUAUGUGGUCUCGGCGACCGCUCCCAGUCCCCAGUCUAACUGCCGCAUUCUGGAUUAGUUGCAGUUUCCGGGUCACCUUCAAAGGUAGCCCCACGUAGAGCGCAUUGCAGUAGUCCAAGUGGGAGAUAACCAGAACAUGCAUCACUCUGGCGAGACAGUCCACGGGCAGGUGGGGUCUCAGCCCUAUGAAUGCAUUUUGGCUUAGCUCAUGCUCCGUAUCUCCUGGCAAUGUAGAGGACCCACCACCUCCUGCGCUUGAGUUACAGGACACCGGCUCCUUCCUGGAGAACUGCUCCAGCCUCACCUGAUAGGUGACCUGAUAGCCGCCUCCAAAUAUCUCAAGGGCUGCCCCAUGGAAGAUGCAGCAAGCUUGUUUUCGGCUGCUCCAGAGGGUGCGACCUGAACCAGUGGAUCCAAAUGGCAAGAAAGGAGAUUCCGACUAAACGUUCGGAAGACAGGAAGAGCUGUUUGGCAGUGGAACAGACUCCCACCAGAGGUGCUGGGCUCUCCUUCUUUGGAGGUUUUUAAGCAGAGGUUAUAUGUCCCUCUGCCAGGGAUUCUUUAGCUGUGGUUCUUGGCUUGUAGGGGAUUGGACUAGAUGACCCCUGGGGUCUCUUCCAUCACUACAGUUCUACGAUUCUAUGACCGUGUCCUCUUCCAAGAGACCUUGGAAGCCUGUUUUCACCGGGGCUGUGCUGAAGGAGGGCCGACCGGGAGAUCACUUUUCCUUCCUGAGCUAAAUAUACUGAGCAACAGCUGGUUCCCCUGCCUACAUCCCUAGGGGAGAUCACGGCUGCUCUGAGCUGUGCACAUUGGCCACUCUAGAUGACAUUGCCAUGUUCCCCGUGGAGGUCACAGGCUGUGGGGCGGGGGCGGGGGCAGGAGGGGAUAUCUCUAUCUUUGCAUUCCUGCCUGGUUUGGCUGCACCCAGUGGCUUAUAAUCUCCAGAGAUCUUGGAACAUCCUGGGAAGGUUCACCCUGCCCUCCUCACCACCACCCUCCUUUAUUUCAUUUCGUUUUCAAAUCAUGAGCUUGGCUCACUGAGAAUGUCACAGGACUGCACAGAUUUUCUUAAUCCCUCUUUUCAGGCGGUGCAGCUUCAAAACUCUGCUCAGUCAGGGGCCUCUUGGCCAGCCUGCCAGAGAGAGAGAGGCAUUCCAGAAAAAGGAUCCACUGGGCACUUCUAGAGUCCUGCAGUUGCAGCUUCAGCGCUUUCUGGCUCCAGGAAGGCUUUCCUUCCUCUCCUUUGCAAUUAGCUGCUCUUCCGUCUUCUUCGGCCGGCCUUUUCCACUGUCUUCCUUGCUCCCUCUGUUACUCAUCUUGCGGCAUCUGCACCAUGCAUGGGUUUGUGGCUCAGCUGGGAAAGGGAUUGGCCCCCAUUAGAUGUUUUACUAAGCCUCUUGAUCACCGGAAUUUGCUUAAUGCGGUGUAGUGGAGAGUCACACCGAUACUGAGCUGGAUUCUGAAUUCAUUUGUGUUCUGCUUUCUGCCGUGCCACAUCUCUCUAUAAAAUGGUGCUUUGCUUUGCUUUGCUUUGCUUGCCCUUUGGUAUUUGAUAUUUCACACACACACACACACACAGAGAGAGAGAGAGAGAGAGAGAGAGAGAGAGAGUUGUGUUAGCAGUACGAAAGUGACUUCCCGAGGGUGCAAGCCUGGGCUGUGUGUAUGGAGGUCCUGAGCUACCAGAUGACAAGACCCCCCUCUCAGGUGUGGUGAUAUGGUCCAAAGGAAAGGAAAGCAAGACGUUUGGCACCAUCUUGGCCGCAGGAGUUGAUGGUAGGAGGCGUGCAAGAUGUCAUCCAAUUGCCUUAGGAACCCAACUCUGGAGUUGCAGAGGGUUUACUCCUGUGGCUUUUUUCCUCCCAAAGAUGUCCUGCAAGGCAGCAGAGGUUUAGGAGUUUUCCUUCUCCUAUAUGGGCUCCCUUCCCAGGUGAAUAAGCCCUAUCUGAAUAUAUCCUCUCUGUAGUCAUAAAAUCAUAGAGCUCUGUAGGGUCAUCUCAUCCAUGUGUCCAACGUAGGGAUCACGUCUCAAGAAUCCCUGACCAGAUGGCCGGCCAACCUCCGCUUAAAAACCUCCACAAAAGGAGAGCUCACCACCUUCCAAGGGAGUCCACUCCACUGACCCUAAGGCAGGGUUUGUUUAUUUAUAUACCUCCUCAGUUAGGUAGCUCCUUCAUGCAUCUGAUGAAUAGAAUGGUGGCCCACAAAAGCUUCUGCCACCUUAGUUGGCAUUGACUUGGAACGCCUUCAGACCAUCAGGGCCCAGGAGACUCCCAAGGACUGUGUCUCCCCAUACAGCUGACUCUCUUUCAAAAGAUACUCUUUCCAGGUGUUGCUCUGGGUGCCCUCACUGUUUUGAGGAAUACUUCGUAAGAGGCUCUCUCAAAAGUGACACUGAGCCUUUGGACACUCCCUCUAAUCACCCCCCUCAAGCUCAUCCCAUGCCAUUGCUAGGUGAAAGCUGUUUGUCCCCCACCAGAGGGCAUUUUUUAAGGGGGACUUGCAGUUGGAAGGGGGGUGUUUGGCUGGGCUCAUUGUCAACACCCCCUUUUGUUUUCUGAAUAUCUUGUAAAUAUGGAAGUGACUGAGGCCUUUUGCUGAAAGUGUGAAGUGUGCUUAAAAGCUUAUGCUCUGCUAUAUAUUUAUAGCUGAAAUCCAGGGUUAGGGUUAAGCCCUUUGCAUAUUAAAAGAGAUAUAUUUAUGGAUGCUUGUAACAAGGAACAGUGAUUUCACUGAUGGAAAACGCUAGCAACGAAAACUGAUCAGGAGUGGAAAGGUUUCCAUCCUUUGGAACCUUUCAGGUUAAUUAUCUUGAAUUAUUUAAUGAAUUAUGGUGUGGUCUGGGUGAGGGUAGAAAUAGAUUUUAUAGAAUUGGCGACUAUUAACAACUCGGAAGUCAGUGGUUGUAAAAUGUAUGUAGCUUUCCAAAAACAGUUGUGGUUUUCAUUCAAAACAACAGCAUGAUGUGACGGGGGAUUAAUGUAAUGCCUUUAGAAUUGGUCUAAAAAUAUAUCAUCUGUGUAAACUGAAGAGGAAGUUUCUUUGAAUUUUAGAUACUACAGGUAUCUGACUUUGCAGACAGAGAGGGAAAAGAUAUAAAUCAUGACAAGGAUGAGUGAAUGGAAGCAGGGUGUGUGUGUGUGUGUGUGUGUGUGUGUGUGUGUGUUCCACUUUUUGCCAAUAUCCCUCCUGAAUCCAAAGUCCCUGGGCGUCAGUUGAUUCAGGAAGUGAAGGGUAUGACUAGCCAGGAAGACAUUCCAUCUGCUGACCUUUCUGGACCUCUAAGCAGAGAAAUGCAAAUGCCGCUCUUCUGUCGACUGCCUGUUGAAGGGGGUCUGUGGUGAUUAACCUUGAGAGGGCUCAGGUGUGGCUUUGCAAAGAGACACUUGAGAGCCCUGAUCUCGCGGCUGAGUUUCGGAAGCCACCUUUGCUUGCCCUUGCACACGUCUCCGAAGCUGUGAGUUUCAGAAUAGCCUUUUAAUAGGCAGGUGCUAAGAACUUUGGAGGAAAAAAGAGAUGCAGCCUAUUCAGCUUGUCCUGGACGCGGCUUAGGAACGUGAUGCUGCAGUUUAUUCUUAGCCUCCCGGCAGCAAAGAUGAAUUUGCAGUUUGCGCACGGCGAAUGGAUUUCCUCUUCUUGGCAGACUUACCUUUGCUUUUCUUCAGAGGGUCAGAGUCGCCUGCCUUGCUCGCUUGUUGAGCAGAUCCGCUAGGUGUGCUUUUGCACGCUUGUGCCUCCACGUGGACAGCUGCUUUUCAUCUCCCAUGGGAGCAGCUGGAAAGGCCACCUCUCCUUUUUCUAGCUUCUCUGCAAAGCACUGUAGCAGAGUAAGGCGUUUGUGAUGGGGGGACAGGACAGGACUAGUGAGCAAAGCUGCAUUUCUGCCAGUGGCCUCAUUAAGGAACUGCAAAUGGGGACAACCCAUUCAGGUGAACAGCUGUGCUUCAGUAAAGGUUUGCAUAGCAACAGUGAGAGCAGAGACAGCAGUAAAAGCAUGCAAAAAGAGGCCAUUGGUUCAGUGUGCGCGUGUCGGUGUGUUUUAAAAAACCCUUCUUAAAGGCUUCCAGGAAAGGUUAGCAGCCCGGGAUGAGGAACUGGUGGUCUUGCGGACUGAUGGGAAGCCAAAAGGAGAAACAAGCUGCUGAUUUUUUUUUUUACAAGGAGCGGGGUGAAUAGGACACAUCAGGACAGACAAAAGGAAGUCCUUCAUCACUCAGCGUGCAGUCAGACUGUGGAACUCUCUCCCACAGUAGAGCCACCAACCCAGAUGGCUUUGAAAAAGGGUUAGACAGAUUUAUGGAGGCGAGGGCUAACAAUGGCGACUAGCCAGGACGGCUAGGCUCUGCCUCCAUAAUUGGGAGACAGCAAUGCAGUGGCUGGAAGGCACAAGAGGUGUAAGUGCUGCUCUUGUGCUCAGAUCCGCUUGCAGGUUUCCCACAGGCCUCUGGUCGACCACUGUGAGAACAGGAUGCUGGACUAGUUGGACCAUUGGUCUGAUCCAGGCAGACUCUUACUGUGUUCCAAGUGAUGCUUCCCCCGUUCCUUGGGGACUUGCAGUUUAAUAUCUUACACAAAACCAUGCUCUUGCGUGUUAAUUCUUUCUGCAGCCCUGUGAAGUAGCUCAGCCCCCAGACCAGUUCCUUUGUUGUUUCUGAACCUAGGUCUGCCCUGUCCACACCCAACAAACUUUUAGUAGCCCUUACAGUCACUGUUAAAAUGAAAACAUCCCUAAUAAUAAUUAUGAUGAUGAUGAUGAGGAGGAUGAUAAUUUAUUUAUACCCCGCCCAUCUGGCUGGGUUUCCCCAGCCACUCUGGGCAGCUUCCAACAGAACACUAAAAUACAAUAACCUAUUAAACAUUAAAAGCUUCCCUAAACAGGGCUGCCUUCAGAUGUCUUCUAAAAGUCUGGUAGUUGUUUAUCUCUUUGACAUCUUAAGGGAGGGCAUUCCACAGGCGGGUGCCACUACCGAGAAGGCCCUCUGCCUGGUUCCCUGUAACUUGGCUUCUUGCAACGAGGGACCUGCCAGAAGGCCCUCAGCACUGGACCUCAGCGUCCGGACAGAACGAUGGGGGUCAAGACGCUCCUUCAGUUAUACUGGACCGAGGCUGUUUAGGGCUUUAAAGGUCAGCACCAACACUUUGAAUUGUGCUCGGAAACAUACUGGGAGCCAGUGUAGUUCUUUCAAGACUGGUGUUAUAUGGUCUUGGCGGCUGCUCCCAGUCCCCAGUCUAGCUGCCACAUUCUGGAUUAGUUGUAGUUCCCAGGUCACCAUCAAAGGUAGCCCCACAUAGAGCGCAUUGCAGUAGUCCAAGAGGGAGCUAACCAGAGCAUUCACCACUGGCGAGGCAGUCUGUGGGCAGGGAGGGUCUCAGCCUGCGUACCAGAUGGAGCUGAUAAACACGGGACUUUGUGCAACUGGUUGACUUGGGGCUGUGUUUUUCCCCCUCCAGUUCCUGAGGGAAGACUUGAAUUACCAUGACCCAACGGUCAAACACAGCACCUUCCACGGGGAGGAUAAGCACAUCAGCGUGGAAGAUCUUUGGAAGGCCUGGAAGUCGUCCGAAGGUAAGGCUGGCGUCCAGCUCUGGCUGCCUCACCUCAAAAAAGGAGACUGCAGAGUUGGGAAAGGUUCAGAAAAGGGAAGCCCAAAUGAUCAUGGGGGUGGAGCAACUCCCCUUCGAAGAAAGACUGCAGCGUUGGGGGCUUUUGAGUUUAGAGAAAAGGCGAGUAAGAGGCUGCAUGAUAAAUUUUUAUACAAUUAUCCGUGGCACGGAGAAAGUAGAUAGAGGGAAAAGCCUGCCUCCCUCCCUCAUAGCAUUCAAACUCGUGGGCGUCCAAUGGAGCUGAAUGUUGGAAGAUUCAGGGCAGAGGGAAGAAAGUCCUUCUCACAGUGCAGAGUUAAACUGUGGAACUCCAGCAGGCUCUUAAGUCCUCAAUAUUCAAAAUCUGCCUCUCUGCUCCUCCCUCCCUCUCCUGCUCUCUCUAGCAACCUCUUGCGCCUUAGCCAAGCCACUUCCUUCUCCUUCAGCAAAGCCCCUCUUGCCGCUGGCCUGUGGCUUCCUCCAGUGCAGCCCUUGACCGGUUUCGACUUUUGCAUUUUUUAAAACCGAGUUUGCAUUUGCAACUCCUCCGCUACAGUAGAACAGGAAGCAGGGUGAAAAUAAUAUGCAAAUAAAAAAAAUAUAAUAAAUGGGGGAAUUAUCUCUUUGCCUCUCUCCCCUCCCCACACUGCCCUCCUUUCCUGUGGCGAUAAAGAAUGAGCAAGGUUCAGUAGUGAGUCACAGGAGGCACUGGGCGUGAGUGGGAAGGGCUGCGGCGCGUCUGAGACUAUUUUGGAAUAUUAGGAGCCUGCAUUAAAUACUAGUGUGUUUAAUCCUGUAUGUUUAAUCUUGUUUUCCACAAUUUUUUUUUAAUUUUUACCAACAACCAAAGCACAAACUGUGAAACUCCCAGGCAGCUGGUACAUUGGGUAUACAUAAUCAAUAAUAACAUAUUCAAAUCAACCAUAUGUACAAUUCUAUAUACAUUAACACUCCUCCCUCCACAAGGUUUAACUUUUAACGUUUUAAUUGCCCCAAAUUGGUCAAACCUACCCAAAUAAUUCAAUAUCUUCUAAUCCUCCUCCUUCUCACUGACCUUAAACCCUUUCAUUUUAUGUAUCUUCACAGUUAGAUAUUCUAAAAUUAUAAUAUUUUUCAGUUUUUUCCUCCAUUGGUUCACCCCUAGCUCUUUCCAAUUACUCGCUAUAACCUGUCUGGCCGCAAUUACCAUCAAUUUUACCCAUUUAUAUUCCUCUUUGGUUUCUAACUCGGUGCUACUCAGGCUAAUAAGAACCAUUAAUUUAGAUAUUUCCACCUUCCUACCCACAAUUCCCGAUAUUUCUAUACCAAUCUGUUUCCAGAAUUCAUUAACUAACGGACAGCCCCACCACAGAUGUUCAGUUGCAAGGCAUGGGGAAUGUAAAUGGUUAAGGCAUUUCAGGAGACACGCAGGGGUCACACUCCUGUUCCACUGCCCUGCUGAGAGGCGCAGGAUGCUUCAAGGAAGCUGAGUGUUGGAAGACCCAUGGCAGAUAAAAUAAAGUCCUCCUUCACACAGCAACUGGUCAGACUGUGGAACUCCCUCCCACAUGAGGCAGGGAUGGCCACUGACUUGGAUGGUCAUAAAAGAGGAUCGGGCAAAUUCUGUCAGGAGUUCAGCCUUCACUCGAGUAGGACCUUGGCAGAGACACAUGCCCGACUGGCAUGUUCCCUCCCUUCUGGUCGAGAUCGUUCAGGAGCUUCAUAAGCUUUCUUCAGCCCGAACAUCGCAGCGACCGAUGCCAACAGACACCGGCACACUUAGGGAUCCGCAGAGUCUUCGCAGCUUGCGCGACAGACCUCAGCAACUCAGCAUUUUGGCUAAUCUACUUUAUUUACAUAUAAAGACACACGGAGUACUUCAACAUGGCUCCCUCUCUCUCUAGCAUCAGCUAGCAAAGAGAAAAAGAGCAAAGGACAAUAGUCCCACUUCACGGAACCCAGUAACACAAACAUCCGACUCUGUGGAGUCAAAACAUACACCAUCGUGUGAUAACUGCAAUCACGGAGCAGGAAUUCUCACAAAUUCAUGGGGGAGCAGAGGGCCUUUGAUGGCUGCUAGCCAGGUUGGCUAUGCUCUGCCUCCACAAUCAGAGGCAGAAAUACUUCUGAAUACCAGUUGCCAGAAACUGCAGGAGGAGAGAGGGCUCUUGUGCUCAAAUCCUGCUUGUGGGUUUCGCACAGGCAUCUGGUUGGCCGCUGUGAGAGCAGGAUGCUGGCCUAGAUGGGCUACUGGGCUGAUCCUGCAGGUGCCUCUUGCGUUCUUCAGAGUCCUAUCCGCUCUCCAGCACCAAAGCAUCCUAGGCAAGGCGGCAGUGAGAGCAGAAGACUUGCAGUGCUCUUUGCUCUCCCGAAGUGCCGCAGUCGUGCAGAGGGUGUUGAGUGCCUCCAGAUAAGGCCGCAGCUCCUUUGCCUGCCACACUCAGCAAACACUUCCCCGAUGCUGAUACUUCUUGCUGCCUUUAUGGCCUUGUUAAUCUCCCCUGGCUGCUACCCAUUCUAAUCUUCAUGUACUUGUCAGGUUUUUCCCCCAGCAGAAAAGUUCGGCUUGCAGUCGGAGAGCUUUGCUGCCAGAUCCUGUGUCCUCGUUGUGAAGCUGGCUAGAUCCUCCGCUGCAAGUCAGAGCGGAGGCAUUAUUUUAUUAUUAUUAUUAUUUGUUCAACUUAUUCACCGCCCUAUACCCGGAGGUCUCAGGGCGGUCCACAACAAAACCACAACAUAUAAAAUCAAACCAAAAGCAAUUACCAAUACCCCCCCUCCAAAAGCCAUAUUUUAAAAGGGUGUUGGAUGUCAAUAAGAUCAGCCAAAGGCCUGGUUAAAAAGGAACGUUUUUGCCUGGCGCCUAAAGGUAUAUAAUGAAGGCGCCAGGUGAACUUCCCAGGGGAGAGCAUUCCACAGAAGGGGAGCCAUUGCAAAGAAGGCCCAUCCUCAUGUUGCCACCCUCUGAACCUCUUGAGGAGGAGGCACACGAAGGAGGGCCUCAGAAGAUGAUCUCGGGGACUGGGUAGGUUCAUAUGGGAAAAGGCGGUCCUUGAGGUAUUGCGGUCCUGAGCCGUUUAAGGCAUCUUCUCGGAAGGGAGGCAGAGUCCAACAGCACAGUCGCUGGAGCUGCUGUGCUGUGCUGUCUGAGGGCAGGGUAUGCUCUUAUCUCCUCACCUGUAACCAUUGGUAGUAAAGGUAAAGGUACCCCUGACCGUUAGGUCCAGUCACGGACGACUCUGGGGUUGCGCGCUCAUCUCACUUUAGUAGCGGAGGGAGCGAGUGUUUGUCUGCAGACAGUUUUUCCAGGUCAUGUGGCCAGCGUGACUAAGCCGCUUCUGGCAAACCAGAGCAGCGCAUGGAAAUGCCGUUUACCUUCCCGCUGGAGUGGUGCCUAUUUAUCUACAGUGGUACCUCGGGUUAAAUACUUAAUUCGUUCCGGAGGUCCACUCUUAACCUGAAACUUUUCUUAACCUGAAGCACCACUUUAGCUAACGGGGCCUCCUGCUGCUGCCGCGCCUCCGGAGCAUGAUUUCUGUUCUCAUCGAAGCAAAGUUCUUAACCCGAGGUACUAUUUCUGGGUUAGCGGAGUGUGUAACCUGAAGCAUCUGUAACCUGAAGCGUAUGUAACCCGAGGUACCACUGUACUUGCACUUUGACGUGCUUUCGAACUGCUAGGUUGGCAGGAGUUGGGACCGAGCAACGGGAGCUCACCCCGUCAUGGGGAUUCGAACCGCUGACCUUCCGAUUGGCAAGCCCUAGGCUCAGUGCUUUAGACCACAGCGCCACCCACGUCCCUAAAACCAUUGGUAGAAAAGCAGUCAAUAUUUAUCAGCACGAAGCAAGCUAGUUUUCUGCUGCUUCAGAGGGUAGGACCCAAACCUAUAGAUUCAAAUUGCAAGGAAGGAGAUGAGGAAGAACUUCCUGAGAGUAAGAGCUGUUUGGCAGUGGAGCGGACUCCCUUGGGAGAUGGUGGACUCUCCUUCCUUGGAGAUUUUUAAGCAGAGGUUAGAUGGCCAUCUGUCACGGAUGCUUUAGCUGUGAUUCCUGCCUUGUAGGGGGUUGGACUUUGUUAGUGCCUGAAGGGGCAAUGGCCUGGGAGGUGUCUCUAUUGCCACUCGUUUCCAAAGCGCACUCCAGGAAAUCCUAGUCAUGGUGUCAACCUGCAGAGAUGGCCCCUUUGCUCCUUCUCAGGAUCCCCAGUGGGGGGUCCUGCCCCUCUCAGCAUCCCAGGCAAGUUGACUAGACUCCUCCCAGGGUUGGACAACUCUAGACUAGGCCUACUCAGAAGUUGUUUAGGGCGUUCCAACAUCAUGGGGUGCUCAGCAUUUAAGCAAGCAAAGGUCCACUGUGUUUGAGAAAGAGCAGUUGUCCACCGCUUGGUCCUGCAUUUCAAAAAGGUCCAGCCCACCGUUAGUUUUAUCUGAACAAAGAUUCAUUGGGUGAAAAGUCCCUGCACUUGGUGGGGGGUGUGGACCAGACGACCCUCGUGGUCCCGUCCAAAUCUACAAUUCUAUGAUUCUAUGAAAGUAAGGAAAGAAAGAAAAGGAAAAAGGACACAAUAAAACGUUUUUGAAAGCAGAGGAAUACAACAAUAACAAAAUAACAAUAAAAUACAAUUACGCUUACGGAAGUAUGUAGAUGCACAGGGACAAGCUUGUCUCUCGCACGGAUAGGUCAUCUUCCUCCUUGAAGGAAAGUUCAUCCACCCCUUCUCAGCAUUUUAAACCGCCUCUUCUGGCCAGAGGAGACUGGCGUUCACAUGCUCCCUGCUACGCCCUGUCUCUCUGCAUGUACUCUGAGGUGCAAGCCUUAUUCAGCUGAGGGCAGUUUCCCCAUAGCAGUUAUUUUGCCUUAUUAAAGCCGCUCCUAUCAUGUUGCACAACACGCCCACCCCCGGCUGGAUUUAAAUUUCUGUGGCAGCCCCCUCCCCAGGCUAAGCUAGCAAGCAAGAAGCGACCAGCCAUCCCCAGCCACCCAGCCAAGCCCUUCCACCCCAUGCUGCUGCCAGGCUCUGGCUGUUUGCCAGGCUCUUCCUUGCCCGCCCACCUGCGUCUGCCUCCAAAAUUGUCUGAACAAACAAAGGGGAGGCUUGGCUGCAGUGCCUCUGCCCACAUGCCGGCUGCAGGCUUCUUCUCUCCUCCGAGGAGCUUGGUGGAGUGAGCGCUCUGGAGUCCUGUAGGGCUGAAUGGAGCAGAGGAACAGAAGGAGGAGAGCCUUUGGAGCAAGCCGAUGGUCCAUCUAGUCCAGCAUCCUUUUCAAAAAUAAAAAUAAAUUUUCAUUUUUCAUUUUCGUUCAUUACAUACAUCUUAAAUUCUUAACGUUUACUAUACAUUCCUCCCUCCCUCCUCUCCACGACUUCCCCCAACUUGCGUUUCUGGUUUGUUUCUAUUUUCACCCGCUUUGCUAUCUCUCAACAGGAAAAGUUAUUAAUAACAUAACAUCAAACCUUAAAAACAUAAAAAUAAAUUUAAAUACAUCAUCUUAUUUCACUAUCUUCCAAACAUUUUCUGAUGCUAAUAAUGUGGAUGUUUAUUUAAAUCCUGCCAUCAAGUCUAUUGCCUAGCCCAGCAUCUAGUCCAGCAUCGUCUUCUCACAGGGGCCAACCAGAUGCCUGUGGAACCUGCAAGCAGGACUGGAGCGCAAGAGCACUUCCUCCCCUCCUGUGGUUUCCAGCAACUGGUAUUCAGAAGUAUUUUUUCUUCCAGCUGUGGAGGCAGAGCAGAGCCAGCCUGGCUAGGAGCCACCGAUAGCCCUCUCCUCCACGAAUCUGUCCCAUUAAGCCAUCCAAGUUGGUGGCCAUCGCUGCUUCCUGUGGGAGGGAGUUCCACAGUCUAACUCUGCUGCAUGAGGAAGGGCUUCUUCCCAGCAUUCAGCUUCAUUGGAUGCCCACAAGUUCUAUGAGAGAGAGAGAGAAAGGCUUUUCUCUAUGUACUUUCUGUGCAUAAUGGUGCAAACUUCAAGCAUGUCGCCUCUUCCUUGCCUUUUCUGCAGAGUCCCAGACCUUUCCUCAGAGGGGAAUUGCUCCACUGCCAGCAUAUAGAACUGAGCAUUUGUGAAAGGGCAGUGAAUGAUGUUGCACUGAAAGGGAGGCUCUGCGUGUGCCAGUAGCAGUUUGCACAACCCUCUGCGGAAGAUAAUAUCAGAAUCAGAUUCAGAACAGUACAAUGAAUUGCAAAUGCAUUCAAACCCAAUUAAAACUGUUUAGUUCAAUUCAUUCAACAACUGUUGAUGAGCUUGAUCCCAGGAUCCCAGCAUGUUUCAAAGUCAUUUUCCAGUUCCCCACACUUAGGGAACCACUUUUUUUACACUGAAAUGCCACACAUCUGUCGGAUUCAGGCUCUUAAGGGUUUUUCUGCACUUCGGACUUCCUAAUGAACCUCCUCCAAAGAAGUGAGAACCACUGUGGCAGCCUUGCUUUUGACUUGAGGCAAUAUUUUUUUAAAAUAAGCCGUUCUCUACAAAUACACGGUACAGUUAUGGGCGCCUGCAUGGCUCUGUCUUGCACACGCGCACCCCAAUUUAUAUGUGGACAGACUUGAACAAGCCAUCCGUCAAGAGUGCCCCCUGCCACCCACUUACCAGGUUUCAUUUUGUUGACGAUUGAGACCUUAAUAUAGCUGUAUUUUAUCUUUCCAUGCUGUACCUGUGACCCCUCAGUGGUUGUUUUUGGAUGAAGUUCUCAAGAGAGCCAGCGUGGCUGUGUUAGAGAGUGUUGGACUAGGAAGACCUGGGAGAGACCAGGGUUCAAAUGGUGGCUUAGCCAUGAAGCUCCCUGGAUGACCUUAGGCCAACCACCCCCUCUCAGCCUGGCCUACCUCACAGGGUUGUCCUGAGGAUAAAACGGAAAGGACAACUGUGUACACCACCUUAAGCUCUUUUGGGGGAAGGAGGAAUAUAAAACAUGAUGGUGAUAGUAGUUCUGUAGUCCUGACCUGUAGCUCACAUUUGUAAGAGCUUGAUCGUUUAGUGUGGCAGCCCUUACACUUUGGAACUCCCUGCCUAUUGAUAUCACUGUUUUUAUUUAAACAAGCCCAGCCAGAUGCUCAGAAAGUUGAGGCGGAUUUUUAAUCUAUUUUCAUAUUUUAACUUCCAUACUGUCAGGGAACUGCCAUAAGUGCCGGAGGGAGAGAGCAAAAGCCAGAGGGAUUCCAGAGAGCGUCCAGGGAUCGGGAGGAGCAGCCCAUCUUCUGGGGAAGAGAAUCAGCGUAGCACCAGUGGAGAAGGGGGGCAGAUGGGGGAAGCGGCGAGGCGGUCCCAUGACUCCUUGCCUGGGACCAGCGGGGAGAGUAGGGGUCCUCCGCUGCCCACGCCCUCCUUGCGCAGAAGGCUUUCGCGCAGAGAGAGUAGGAGGAGACUAGGCGUCAAAGAGCUUCUUUGCUGGAAGAAGUUUAAGAAACGCCCACUGACAGAUUCUGCCAGCGAUUGAGUCAGCCACGGGUGAGUGGCUGUCCGGACAGAAAAGGUUCACUUAGGCAAGCCAGCCAGGUGUUUGCACCCAGCCGGGGAGAUAAGCACCGGCUUACGCACGAGCAACCCCUAGAACCAUUACACAUACGUUGCAAAUGUUUAUUGAUUUUAUUGCUUUAUCUUCUUGUAAACCGCUUUGAGGCUUACUACAACCAAGCAGCGUGUAAAUUUUCCAGAUAUGAGUAAAUAAAAGCACAGUUUGCACAGAGGUCCUGACGCCUUCUCUACUGUUGGUGAGAGCAGGUCCCAGAGUCCCAUGGCUUCAGGCAGAGAUCCCAUAUUCCCUUUCGGGGGGGGGGGGGGCGUUGUCAGAUGCUUAGCUGCUGCAUCCUAAGUUUCUUUAUCCGCCCACACUGCCUUUCUCUCUGUCUCUCUCUGCCACCACCCUCCUGCUCCUUCCCAGUUCACAGCAGCUUUUUAAGAACUGAUUUCCACAUCUGCUUCUCUUGGGUGUCUUGACACUCCUGAGCUGUCAGGGGCAGGAGGAGAGGAGCAGUCUGUUUUUUGUCAUGUUGAGUCUUUCCUCCUCCUUGUCUCCUCCUUGAAGGAGGAAUAAGGGCUUCUUCUAAUUUUGCCCAAAUAAGUGGACCAAUGACAUUGCCAUACUAAAAAACAAAAUGGGAAAAGCCUGUUUAUUGGUUCAGCUGUUCUCUGCAGACAUACAGAUGACUGCAUGGUUUGGUGUGAGACUGAACUUUAUCGUCAAGUUAGCCAAUUGCCCGCGAUUAUGGCUGAGCAGGGAUUUGAGCCCUGGUCUCUCAGGCCCGGAUCCAACACUCUUCCCACUCUGCUACAUUGCCCUGCCUUGGUCUGACAUCCUUCUGUACAUUCUCUGACCUUUCCCCCCCUGUCCCCGUCCCUUUAGCCCCUUCUAUUAGGAUUUACUGUAGAGCCUGCAAUUGGCCCAGCCUUUGCCAGCAUUUUCUGAAAUUAUGUUCCUCUCUGCAUCUUCCUGUUGGUUCAGAGUGGUUUGGGGGCAUCCCGUGGCACCAGAAACACAAUAAAGCUAGAUGGAUGAGCCAGACAGUGACAGGAGAGAGGUGGGAGGCCUGGAGACGUGAGCUGAGAUGGUGGGGCCUGAAGACCGGCUGCUGGUUCGUUCAGCCACUGACUUGCCCUCUCCCACCUUUCUUUCAGUGUACAACUGGACCGUCGAUGAGGUGGUGCAGUGGCUUAUCACCUACGUGGAGCUGCCACAGUACGAAGAGACCUUCAGGAAGCUGCAGCUCUCUGGGCAUGCCAUGCCAAGGUCAGUUCCGGGGGUGCAAAAAAGGAAGCUGGGUUUUGGCCUGUGGCUUCCCAGGGUUUUGUGAGAGCGCUGCUUGGAGAUCCCCAGUAGCUUGGCAAAGUCAGUUUCAAACCUGCUUUCGGCGUAUAGUGUCGGUGGGCCAGCGGUGGAGUAGUUGUUGGAAUGUUGGACUAUGACCUGGGAGACCAGUGUUCAAAUCCCUGCUGAGCCAUGAAAUUCACUGGGGUGACCUGGGGGGCGGGACAUCCACUGCCUCUCAGACUAACCUCUACCCCACAGGUGGGAUAUAAAUGCCACAUAAAAAGGUAAAGGUAAAGGGACCCCUGACCAUUAGGUCCAGUCAUGGCCGACUCUGGGGUUGCGGCGGUAAUCUUGCUUUAUUGGCCGAGGGAGCCGGCAUCCAGCUUCCGGGUCAUGUGGCCAGCAUGACUAAGCCACUUCUGGAGAAAUCAGAGCAGUGCACGGAAACGCUGUUUACCUUCCCGCCAGAGCGGUAACUAUUUAUCUACUUGCACUUUGACGUGCUUUCGAACUGCUAGGUUGGCAGGAGCAGGGACCGAGCAAUGGGAGCUCACCCCGUCACAGGGAUUUGAACCGCCGACCUUCUGAUCGGCAAGUCCUAGGCUCUGUGGUUUAACCCACAAUGCCACCCGCAUCCCAAAAAUGCCACAUUAUUUAUUAUUAUUUAUUAUCAGAGAUUCACAGGGUGCUUUACAAUAUCAAAACACAAAAAGGCAUAACAUAAUAAGGGAAGUAUUGCAAUAAAUGCAAUAAAUAAAAUUAUAAAAAAAUAAAACUUAUCUAUCUGGCCACUUUCUCCUUCUCACACAUUUGUGGGGGCUAACAACCAGCUCCCUGGGUUUAGCGAGAGGUGUUCUCUGCAAAGCAGAGACGAUAUCCCAGCAAAGGAAGCUUUCCUGCUUUAUGAAAUGAGAAUAGCUGGUGCAAAAUAUCCUUGUGAACGACCAGGAAGCUGCCUGUUAAUCUCCUACCUGCCUGCCGGUCCUCGCAGAGCUUGCCUGAGGGGCUACCUGGCCAAGCUGUGUUUUUUGCUCCAAAUGCCCUUCAGAUGUGACCACCUCCUCUGCCUCCCUCUUCCCUGCAGGUUGGCAAUCACCAACGCCACCAUGACAGGAACUGUCCUGAAGAUGACCGACAGGAGCCACAGGCAGAAGCUGCAGCUCAAGGCCCUGGACACGGUGCUCUUUGGGCCGCCUCUCUGUGAGUGACGUUCUUGUGGUCACGUGACUGUAUGUGGGUGUAGUGUGUCAGCUGACAUGUGUAGAUGGGGAACACCUCUGGGGUACUUCCGCUAGGCACUCAGGAAGCUGCAAGGACUCCUUGUCUUCUUCGGUGAUCCCUUGUAGCAAGAUUGUCUUCCAUAAACAUGGUUUUAACAGUGAGUCCAUAAGGCCAAUUCUGGAUCCACACGUCCUUCCACAGUGGGGACAUAGGUUUCUGGGUGGGAGUUGAUCACGGUGAGGGUUGCCAAGUGUGCCUUCCUCUUAGCACAUUUCUCCCUUUUGUCCUGAGUUUGAGCAUCUCCAAAGCCACACCCUUGGUAAAGGCUGUUCUCCAACUGGAGCGCUCGCAGGCCAGUGUUUCCCAGUUGUUGGUGUUUAUAGUACUUUUUUUAGAUUUGCCUUGAGGGAGACUUUAAACUUCUUUUGUUGACCACCAGCAUUACGCUUUCAAUUUUUAAGUUUGGAAUAGAGUAGUUACUUUGGAAGACGAUCAUCAGGCAUCCGCACAACAUGACCAGUCCAACGAAGUUGAUGUUGAAGAAUCAUUACUUUGACACGGGUGAUCUUUGCUUCUUCCAAUACACUGGCAUAAGUUUUUGCUAUGAGCCAUUCAACAGGGGAAGGGACUUCCUUGGAAGGUGGUGGACUCAUCUUCAUUGGGGUUUUUUAAAGCAGAGUUUGGAUGGCUGUCUGUCAGGGAUGCUUUAGCUGAGAUUCCUGCAGUGCAGGGGGUUGGAAUAGACUCUACAAUUCUAUACACUAGUUCUAGUUUUCUUCUUUUUCGGACUUGAUGCCUGGAUGGAAUGGAGGAGAGAGUUUGCAGGCUGCCUGUAGUUGAGAAGAAAUCCCCCUUUCCUGAAAAUUUGCCAGAGUGAUUUGGAAGUUGGGUUUUGACACUUGGACUGCCUUUAGGUAAUUUGUGGCAUAGAAUUUACUUUGUCGGUUUGGCAUUUAAGUGGUUGUGGCCCAGCCUUGCCUCUGUGUGGUGUAGUGGUUAAGAGUGGUGGACUUGUAAGCUGGUGAACCGGGUUCGCUUCCCCGCUCCUCCACAUGCAGCUGCUGGGUGACCUUGGGCCAGUCACACUCAGCCCCACUCACCUCACAGAGUGUUUGUUGUGGGGAAGGAAGGGAAAGGAGAAUGUUAGCCGCUUUGAGACUCCUUCGGGUAGUGAUAAAGUGGGAUAUCAAAUCCAAACUCUUCUUCUCUUCUUCUUGGAACAAGGAAGGGGGAAAUCCAAAGAAAUGUGGCUUCAGCAUCCAAGACAAAACAGAAAUCUGUAACCAGAAUAUUCGGAAUCUCUUAGACAGACAGGUAGAUUAAUUUGCAUGCCUGCAUUUCCUGGACCUUUUUCCUUUUUGGCUGCCUGAAACCACCCACGCACCCACCUCGGGCCCCCAUGCUUGGAUUGGCAAGAUGAGGAGCUGGGGGACAGUAUUGUUAGGCAGCAGCAGAGCAACUUAGGGUUGAGUCGGGACGUUCGUACAGAGAAGUGUUUGUGUUGCUGGUUCUGGACUGCUUCAACUUCUGGUUGAAAAGGGAAUAAAUCUAAACUGGCCAUAUAAAUGGUGUGGAAACCCUCAGGGCCUGCAAGUACUCUAGGAGAGAGGUGGUUGAAGAGCAAAGUGGAUGAUUUAUUUAUCAUUCUUAAGUGCUGUUUUUCCCAUGUGGGAUUCCAAGUGGCUGCAAUCGAUCUAACCCAGGAGCACGAAGCUGGCGUCUCCUCCUGCUUGGCUCACAGGCUCUGGUGAGUGAGUGGCUCACAGGUUGAACGUCAGGUGUGCCACCAAUGCUUCUCUGGGACACCUGAUGCUUUGCAGGUUUCUCCCAGGCAUCUAUCUAUUUGGCCUCUGUGAGAAAGGACGCUAGACUAGAUGGCCUGAUCUUGUUAGGUUCUUUCAAAGGGAGGCCAUGCCUCCACAAGCUCUCCAUACUGCUGAUACCGGCAGCAUUUUGGGGAAAGGUGUGACAAGGUGAUUUGGUGGUGGGAGGCCAUAGUGGUGACUAAAGGCAGAGAGGCAUCAAAGCUUCACCAUCUUCCUGCUCAGCUUGGGAGCAAAAGGAGAGCUCAACCUAUGAAACCGAUUCCGGGAUAAAAUUUUCUGUUUGCAAAUAAAUGGUUGAUUUAUUGGGCCAAGGUGGAGGGUGGGAGUUUCCAUCACUACCUUUAUCUAGCAGCAAUGACCGGAGACCUGGAUCUUUGCUCUCUGGCCGCUUUAGCUGCGAUUCCUGCAUUGCAGGGGGUUGGACUUGAGUUCCCGCCAACUCUAAGCUUCUGUGAUUCUGUGGCCCUUUCUUCGAUCCUUAUGUCAGACGGGUCCUUUUGGGAAGAAUCUGAAUUUAGGCCUUUUAUUCUCCCAAGGAACAGAAAGCUUGCUUGAAAGGCACUUUGGCUGUGAAGAAACCCAUUUGCUUUGAUCAGGAAGAGGCGAUUAAUCAAAGUAUUGCAAUUAUGGGGCUCAGAUAUCCUGGCCACUCUAAAUAUUUACAGUCCAAUGCAUUGUGUUUAGGUUGCCUUUGCCUGGUAAUGAGCUGAGCGGCAGCAUCAGCCGAGUCCCAUUAGUUAGCAGUUCUUGGAAAGGCCAUUUGCCGCCUGCGGGAGACCCACGGCCUUCGUGCAGCUCUGCCGAUGCUCCCGAUCCCUGCUGCCAUGCGCAAGGGCCUUCCUUGUGCAUCAGGGCAGCCUCAGUCUGGGGCAGUAACUGAAAUAGGGGAGGACAGGUUGCAGGAGGCAAGUGGGGAUUCUUCCCAGUGGGGGCUGGGACUUUUAGAAGACAUCUGAAGACAGCCCUUUAUAGGGAAGUUUUUAAUGUUUGAUGUCUCGUUGUGUUUUUUUAUAUUGUGUUGGAAGCCUCCCAGGGUGGCUAGAGCAACCCAGUCAGAUAGAUGGGGUACAAAUAAUAAAAUUACUACAGUCAUACCUCGGGUUACAGACGCUUCAGUUUACGUUUUUUCGGGUUGUGGACCGCCGAAACCCGGAAGUACUGGAACGGGUUACUUCCGAGUUUCGGUGGUUGUGCAUGUGCAGCAGACCAAAUUGCAACCCGCGCGUACGCAGACACGCCGCUGCGGGUUGCGAACGUGCAUCCCACACGGAUCACGUUCAUAACACAAGCAUCCACUGUAUUCUUAUUGAGGGGCCUGGCAGCCAGGGGCCACACAAGAACAUAAGAAGUGCCUGCUAAAUCAGGCCGAAGGCCUGUCUAGUCCAACAUCUUGUUCCUACACUGACCAGGCAGAUGCCUCUCACAGGAACCUUCGAUCAGGAUUCGAACGCAACACUCCUGUGGUUUCCAGCAACUGGUAUUCAGAAGCAUUUCUCCCUCUGACUGUGGAGACAGAGGACAGCCAGCAUGGCUAGUAGCUAUCGAUAGCCCUUUCCUCCUCCUGAAUGGGAGGGACUUCCACAGUUUAACUGUGCCCUUCGCACAUUAGUAUUUAACUUCUUGCCUUGCUGUGCUGCAUGUACAGAAACUGGCCAAGGCUGUGGAGUGAGCCAGGAACUGAGGAGGGUGCAGCAGCGUCCUUUGGGCCUCCUCCUCCUGGCAUCGUGUGAUUCCUGAGCCCUGUGACAGGAGCUAGGAAGUGAAAGUGCCUCAUUGGCCUGGCGGCAGAAGGGAAGCUGGAGCAGGAGGAUCAGUCUCCCUCUUCCGACGACCCACCCCACGGGAGGGUCACCUCAGGUGCACCGUCGGUCUGUGUGAGCGCUAGGAUAAGCACAGGCCUUGGCUGGAGAUCUGUGGGAAGGGGCCAGAUCCGCCGAGAGGCGCUGAGGUCACUGUAUCCCAGCACGCUUUGGAAAGCGCAGGGAAAAUGCAGAAAAACCUCACGUUGAAGGGCAGGAAGUCGAAGUGGGGAGCCCAGGGCAGCCCGCGAGCAGGCCGAGCCCCCCUGCUCUGUGCCUGCUUGCUCCGAAAUUCCUUCUGUGCGGCGCUCAGUCUCCAAGGGCACCCCAGUGUUUGUUUACUGCUGGAGUUUGUGUGUGACCCUGUCACCAUAGCGCUGGAGCUUUGGUUUCUCCCGGCAAGCACAGCUCCGUGGUGCAAAAGGCAGGUGGCGGGAGGAGGGGGGGCGGAGGCAAUUUAUUUAACCACGGAGGAGGCUAGCAAAAAAGGGGGCUGCGGCUGCCUCCUCAUCACACCUGCCCCUUAGAGGGCAGAGCAGAGCCAUCAAUAGUCUCCCCCUUCAUGAUUUUUACAAUCCUCUAUUUGGGAAUCGCUGCUCUAAUCCAGCACUGGGGGGGGGGGGGGGAGUUUUACAUUCGAAGAAUCAGCGCUGAUGGUGCCUGCAAAUGCAGGAGACCGUCUGUCGAGAAUAUCUGGUGAGCGUUGCUGCUUCACAGGGGGUCUGUGUGUGGAGGAAGCCACAGGAGGAUUCCUUUGCAGCAGCAGCAGCCCCACAGAGAUCAGUCUUGCCCUCCUUUGAGGUGAAGGUGAGCAAAUGCAAACAUUUUAGGAAGGGAGAAUUCUUUGUUGUUCCCCAGCACUUAGGAGCAGCACGGUUGCUUCUUGGAGCGUUUGGCUUGCCCCGGCCACCCAGAGAUUUGAGGAGAGCAUGGACUCGAUUCCACGUUUCCUGUGUUCAAACCUGCACCCCUAGAGUGCACACCAGGGGGGUGCAAUGAUGUAGAAAGGACUUAUGCAUGCAGGGCAGAGGUAAACUAUGGCACUUGCUUCCACAAGAGGCAGUGAUGGCCACCAACCUAGAUGGAUUUAAAAGAGGAGUAGGCAAUUUAUGGAGAUGUCUUCUGGCAGCAAUGGCUCUGAUCUGCCUCCACAGUCAGAGACUGCAAUGCUCCUGAAUACCAGUUGCUGGAAACCACAGGAGGGAAGAGGGGUCUUGUGUUCGAAUCCUGCUUGUAGUUCUCCCUUUGGGGCAUCUGAUUUUCCACUGUGAGAACAGGAUUCUGGGCUAGAUGAGCCAUUGGCCUGAUCCAGCAGCAGGCUCUCCUUAUAAGAGGUUAUUACAGUCUAUCGGCGGUAGUUGUGCAUGAGCUUGAUUCACUGCUAAUAAAAACAUUUGAGAGGUCUAGAAAGCAAAACUCCAUCUUCCGAGGCACCGUGAUAAGGAGUGACUCUCUUUCUGGUUCCUUUGCCUGUAGCAUAAGAUGCUGAUGACGUCUCUCUCAGUGCAAAACACUUGCAAAAUCUUGGCAUUGUGAAGCCCUGAGCUGGACACAUCCUCCUGGCACCGCGCACAGGAAUGUCAGAGCUGAAACUCUGGUGCGCCCAGCUUUUCCCAGGGUCACCGUCCUGCAAUUUUGACGAUGUCUCUAUAAGAACGCGAAGGGGCAGCUAUCAGCCCCCUGCAUCUCCUAAACACCUCCCGAAUUCAAUUUGAAGCAGGGUGGCUUUUUCAGACUUCUCAGUAGAAGUGGAGGGGGCGGGGUGUUUCUCCCAGACCUGUUCCUGUGCGGCUGCAUUUCUCAAGGAGGACAUUUCCAUUAUGCCUUUGCGAAAUUGGAUCCAGUCCCCAGGGACUGUAUUGCAAUACCUUCUGAGGAAAGUGCAGAAGAAGAGGAGGAAUUGUUCCUUCUGUGAAUGCUCCUUGCUCUCCCCUGGACUGAAAGCUUCCUUAUGGAUACCCAGGGAGACUCAUUAGGGUUUGAGGGAUGCUGAGAAGGACAAACAGGGCAUCAAGUCAAGGCAGAAGCAAGCCAAGGCCGCUCACUUGCCCCACCGCAGGCUCACUUUCAAUAGCUGUGAUGGCAUUUUUCUCCUGCUGCAGAACUUCUGCCGUUCUGGGCACCCCAGUUGAAGGAGGAUAUUGACAAGCUGAAGGAUUUGUGUAGAGCAGGGUGACUGAGAUGAUCCAAGGUCUGACAACCAAGCCUUAGGAGGAAUGGUUAGAGUAGCUGGGUAUGUUUAGCCUAGAGACUGAGAGGAUACAAGAUAGUCAUCUUCAAAUAUCCAAAGCCCUGCCCCAUGGAAGUUGUAGCAAGCUUGGUCUCUCCCACUCUGGAGAAGAAGACCCAUGGCUUCAAGUUACAUGAAAGGGGAUUCUGACUAAACACAAAGAACUUUCUGACUGCCAGAGCUGUUCAACCAUGGAGUGGACUCCUUCCGAAGGUGGGGAACUCUCCUUCCUUGGAGGCUUUAAAGCAGAGUUUGGGUAACCAUCUAUCAGGGAUUCUUUACCUGAGAUUCCUGCCUCGUAGGGGGUUGGGCUAGAUGACCCUCGGGGUCCCUUCCAGCCCGACAGUUCUAUGAUUCUAUGCACUAGUUCUCAUUUUUAGGCAGGCCAUGGUGUCUGGAUUCUUGCGCUACUGCCAGCAAGCAACAUCCAUCCCCACAAUCAGCAGUGCCAGAAUAAAUACAUAGUAGGUGCCAGAGACACCACCAAGAUGCAAAGCAGACAUCACCACUGUGUCCGGAAAGCAGCAUUCAGUGCAAAGCAGUUAAAGGGUUUUUUGGUGCAAUCAAGAGGGCUCUGGGAAGGCCAUGAGGCUCCAGGGACCUCAUCCGUGAGAAAACUGACCCAAUACAAAUAGAAGUGCUCCAUUUCCCUUCAAGGACUGAGCCCUACGCCUUCUUGUUUUCGCUGGACUCAGAGGGAACUCUCUUGAGCAAUUAUUGGGUGAUUACAGAGAGUGAAAUAAGAUGGGGAUAGGAGGGAGGGAGCAGGGAGGUGGCACACAGUCCAUUUGGGACCCAGGGCAGAGUCUGUGGGGCUCUUCUAUUUUGCCACCCAUUCAUCUGCCCAGUCCAGAUCACUGUGUGGCACAAGAAGAAAUGGGGCAUUGUGCCAGAGAUCUGAUGGCUCAGACAAGCCUCCCAGCCAAAUACUCCAGGAAGCAACACUGGAGGGUCAGAACCAGCAACCCAGAAGAGCCUUGAAGUUCUUCUGCGCUGAGUUCUCAGUGAUCCAGCCCUGCCCAGAGCCAUCCAAAUAAGGACCGGCCUCCCUAAGAGCAUGUUGGUUGAAAGGUCCCUCGGAUCUCACAUAAAAACACCAUUCUGAGAGUAAACAAACAGCACUGGUCAGCAAGCCAGCCAAGAGUGUUUCCAUUCAGCAUGUGAGCAGACAGCAGGCCUCUUCCUUCCCUAACCAGCCUCAAAGUAUAAAUCUCUUACGGACCGUUACAGCACAUAAACCCAUUCUUGUUCUUCUGCUGUUACACCCCACACGGUACCCAUACAAUCUCCAUGGUUCCCAUCGCUGAAGCAACCGCCAUCCAUUAGAAAGGAAGCCUGCUUUGCCACCACCAGCAAUUUCGCUUGAAAUGCAAAUAUCAGUUUUGGGGGAAAUGGUUUUUGUCAGGAUUGUGGCAAGGAAAGAGUUAAACUCCCCUUCCCCACCCAAGAGGGACAUGUGGCUGCAUAGGCUUCCCAUCGACUGCUAUUUGCCUCACAAAAAAACGACACUUUUUAAGUUAGCAAAUGGUAAAAGGAGGGAUGGCAGAGAUUUACAGCAAAAGGAAGCCAUGAGUUUUCCAGGUGCUCUUCCAAGUUUAGCUUGCUUGGAGUACGUGAGCCUGGCCUUCUGUAACAAAGUGGACAGAUUCCGGACAGAUGAAAGGAAGGACUCUUUAACGCAGCUCAUAACUGCCACUCGCAGGAGGCCGUGGUGGCCACCAACCUAGAUGGCUUUAAAAGAGGAUUAGGCAAAUGAAUGGAUGACUCUUGAUGGCUACUAGCUAUGGAGGCAGCCGUGCUUCUGAACACCCGUUGCUGGAAACCACAGGAAGGGAGAGCAUUGCUCUUGUGCUUGAAUCCUGCUUGUGGGUUUCCCAGAAGAGGCACCUGGUUGGCCACUGUGAGAACAGGAUGCUGGACUAGAUGAACCAUUGGCCUGAUCCAGUAGGCUCUUCUUAGGUUCUUACGAGUCUCUCUUGAGGCCUCUCCAAGUCUCAGAAGCUCCCUUCCGAGGUGCAGGCUAUCAUAGCGAAAGCUGGCCAUUCUUAGGGAUGCUUUGUAACGCGUUUGCUGCCGAGUGAAGUGAACCCAAGGGCUUGAGGAUUGCAGCUCCAGUUGUCCAGUCCAACCCAGAGAAAGUGGGAGGCUUCCCCAUACACCAUAAGGAAACAAAACCCUGGGGUCAUUUUUCUAAGGAUGGAUCUUUCCUUGUUUGCAGUGCCUUCCUGAAACUUUGGCUCCCUGCCACUCUAAUCCCCAAAUCCAGCCAUGGUUUGAUUGCUCUGAGCUCUUUGAAGAGUCCUUGUGUUCUCAGGGUGAUCUCCUCUUUCUCUCGAGCAGAGGAGUUACAUAACUGCCUCCUAGGAAUCUUACCAUUUUAGGUGAAGUGAGGAGUGCUUUCCAAUUACCCGUUCCUGCGAUAGGAAUUUCCAAUUUACUUUGCUGGCUGAUUGGAGGCCAAAGGAGACCCCAGGACUUGACCCUGCAGCCCUGUCUCACACCAGGCUCCGCCCCCUGUGAUAAAGGCCCACCAUGCUAGACUUGGUGUGACUGACAGUAGCCAUUAUCAGGUGGCCGUGCAACCAGGGUCCGUUUGCGCAGGGUGUAGCUUAAUCAGGAAAGGUUGUGUAGACCCUGGAUCAGGGCUUCUAAUCAGUGGUGGGCUGGACGAGGGCCAAAUUCUGAAUCCUGGCAGGUUGGUGAGCAGUUUCUGAGUGGAUUAUUGGCCAGUUUCCUGCUUUGGAUGGGGUCUCACUCCCCUGAAGGAGCAUGUUUGUAGCUUGGCUGCAUCUCUAUUGCUAGAGGCUAAGGAGUGCUGGGAAGACAGUUUCUGGACUAGGAUGGCUUGGCCACUGUGGUUCCUGCAUUGGUAACCUUGAUGAUUGUAAUGCUCUCCGCAUGGGGCUGCCCUUGAGGGAGAAUGCAGAAGCUCAGCUGCUCACUGAGGCAGGAUAGAAGCAUAGAAUUGUAGAGUUGGAAGGGACCCGGAGAGUCAUCGAUUCCAACCCUCUGCAAAGCAGGAAUGUGCAGCUGUCCCAUACGGGGAUCAAACCUGCAACCUUGGCGUUCUCAGCGCCAUGCUCUAACCAGGAAUAUUGCUGUCCUGUUGCUCCACUGUUCACAGAACUGCACUGGCCACCAAAUAGCUACUAGAUAAAGUUAAAGGUGCCGGUACUGGUGUACAAAGGCCUAUGCAGCUUGGAGCCGGGGUACCUGGAAGAUUGGCCGGCCCCUUCUAUACCCAGCUGAUCACUGUACUCUUCAGGACAGGGCAUCCCGCACACACCGUCUUCUCAGGAGAUCUGUCCCAUAGGAAGUCUGAAUUGAGCCUUCAAUGCCCUUCUGCUAGAUAUCACGCAGGCACCUUCUCCAAUGAAGACUAGUGGAGUUAUUUUAUCCUGCUCUGUUUCUGCACUAGAUUUGAAACUCUUUCGACUUGCAGUUGUUUUAGAUGCGUUUUAAUUUGUGCUGUGGAAUCGCUUCAAGACGCGUCGUAGGAAGUGAUUCAUAAAUAAAGUAAAUAAUGCAUUGGUGACGGAGCUCAUGCUUCAGGCAGGGAUGUGUAUAUUUAGUGCUUUUGCAGGAAUGCUCUGUAAGCACAUGAUCUAAGAAUAGCUGGGGAAGAAUAUGACUUUCUGAGGCUUGGCUGCUGCUGGGCCAGUGGGGAGUCCAAGAAGGCAGGAUGAUCUGUUGGGCUGGAGCUGUGGGAGGGCCAGCCUUGGGGCAGAGUUGAUGGCCAGCCAGUGUCCCCACUGAGAAGUCCAUCCAGGGGGUGAGAGUGGGGGAACUGGAACAAGGAUGCUGGCAGGCUGGUGGGCAGAAGCAAGGCAACAUACCAUGGCAGGGGCAACCGCUGCAAAGUCAGGAAGAAUCCCCAGGAGUAGUAUAUUGCUGUUGAAGGAUGGGAGAAGGAGAGGUCCCUCCAAGAGGAGCCUCAAGAGCAGGCUUCCUCAAACUCAGCCCUCCAGAUGUUUUUGGCCUACAAUUCCCAUGAUCCCUAGCUAGCAGGACCAGUGGUCAGGGAUGAUGGGAAUUGUAGUCCCAAAACAUCUGGAGGGCCGAGUUUGAGGAAGCCUGCUCAAGAGAGAGGAUGUCUGCAUCCCUGUAACUGGUUAAUAAUAAUUGUGCAUGCACACUAUUUAAUUUAUCUGCAGCUUCUCUGUACUGCUCAGACACACACACACACACACACACACACACACACACACACACACAAAUCUGAGUGGCUCACAAAUAAAACUAAAAAUGUGAAAUAUAAAUAUUUUUAUUUAACUGAGUUUCGGGGGAUGGAAUUGCAGAGAUUGCAAAUUGUAUUAUAAACUAAUUCACACACAACACGUAAAGGCAGUUUGAAACGCCACAAAUAAAUAUUGCAGAGUGCAACAAGGCAAGCGAAUAAAAAUCCAAAGAAACAAAACAGGGCCAAUGAAACUGUUUGUAAUCUAGAACGCCUGGUCCUAUCUUUAUCUGGCGCCGAAAAGCUUGCUGUGCUGGUGUGAAGUGUGCCUCUCUGGGGAGGACACUUCAGAAUCAGGGCACAGACUAACAUCACUGUUUUUCUGAAACUAAGGGUGACGCUGUCCUCUACUAGACCGACUUGUGCUGGCGAAAACCCAGGGCCCACUUUUAAGCCAAAUCCCUGUCCACCAGUUGAUGUCCAGUGUGCUAGUGUACAGGGUUCUGCCUUAGACAAAGAAUUAUGUGUGGUUCCGAAGUUUGUAUGGAAAGUUGGCUACUAUGGGCUCUUCCUGCCCCUUGGAGCUUUCCUUGCCAGACCUAAGCGCAGCCACAGGUGUUAUAUCAAAUGCAAAAGAGCAAAGGGAAGGAAGGAAGGAGAGGAGAGGAGGUGGGCUUGUUUCCUUGUCUAAAUAGGCCAUUGUGUGACUUCUGUUUCCCCAGUGACCCGUCAUAACCACUUGAAGGACUUCAUGCUGGUGGUGUCCAUUGUGAUCGGGGUGGGCGGCUGCUGGUUUGCUUACAUCCAGAACCGCUACUCGAAAGAGCACAUGAAGAAGAUGAUGAAGGACCUCGAAGGUCUCCACAGAGCUGAGCAGAGUCUGCACGAUCUCCAGGAAAGGUGAGUCUUGGAGGCUGCAGGGUGCCAUGGGUGGUGCCAGCUGCAGUCCUGGCUCUCUCCCUUCUUCGCUAGCACCUGGCAUGCUGAUGACGUUUGCUCAGAUCUUCCCAAAUACUUUGCUAUGAGACCUGCUCGCGCUUCUGGUUUGGCACUUAUGAACCACAAAGCACUGGAUGAAGCCCCCUUGCAAAGCAAGCAUGCUGGGCCUGUCCUGACCUCGCUCCUGCCCACCAUGUGCCAGUAUCACCCUUCCCAACCCAGCAAGGAUCAAGGGUGGGCAUCUAGUGCUUUGUGUGGACCAGAAGACUGCUGGCUUGAAACACCCAGAAGUUCAUGCAGGUUAGUGUUACCUGUCAGAUCUUGAAACCUCCCAAGGAUGGAGACAGCAGAACCUCAGUGGAGAGUCCAGGUUUCUAGGCAGCUUAUUCCAACUGGUCUUACAGCGAGGGGGUUUCUUCUAGCACUUAGUUUAAACCAGGGGUUCCCAAACAUUUUGGGGGCUCUGCUCCCCUGGUUCUAUGAACUCAUCCCCAGCGCUCCUUACCCUGUGAAAACCAUCAUUCAAAAGGAAGAUAAUAACACAAUAAAACAGUAAAACAGUGAAUUGCACAAUUAUUCAAAAUCUGGUUUAAACUAUUGAAUUAAUUCAGCAAAACUGAGGAACUUGAUCCAGUGAUACCAGCUUCUCAAAAUCUGAUAGUUGUUUAUGCCUCCAUCACACACCCCUGCCACCCCCUUACCUCUUAGCACCUUCCAAGGGAACCCCUCCCCACCCCCAGGGAUGGUUCAGCUCAUUUCAGAACCACUGAUUUAACCCUUACUUCCCUGUAUUCUGAAUUUGUUUCUUCUUGGUCUGCCUUUGGUGGAUGGAUGGGCUAAACAAUGGAGAUAAUCUCUGUGACCGGAAUAAUCCCUGCAGAUUAACCGAUCAAACUGACAUCUAUUUCCUUAUAGCGUAAUUGUGAGCAGUUAUUGGCAUGCGGCGUCCACACGGCUCUGUUAGUCUGUCCUAUUUGCAGCAAGCAAAGAACAGUGAGGCUUUUUAGCUUGCAACCCAUGACUGUAGUUGGUGAGGCCUGGGAUAGAGGGUGAUUUGCCCCAAAUAUUCAGGGUUUGAACCCAGAACCUGCCACAGGCAGGCCUCAAGGCACCUUCUUUCCUCUUUCUCCCUGCCAGCACAAACUGGGGUUCCUGUUUUGUUUCACUAGAGAGAGGCUUCUAAAAGGGGCAUGAAAUCAGCCUUUUCCUCCCUCUCUCCCUCCUCACAUCCUCCAGUUAUCUGGCCUGAUUCCGGCCAACUGAGAAGAGGCUGAGUCACUUAAAUAAUGGAAGCCACCCAGGACCCACUGUGGCUUGGAAGCGCCCCCCCCCCCCCCAACUCUGCCUUUGCAGGAGGAGCUGCUUCUGCUGCGGCAAGGCUCGGCUCAUCACAGUCUGUUGUUUUGUCUCUGCAGCUCUGUGCAUGCAUGCAGAUCCCUGAGAACCUCCCUGUCCCCGCCACCCUUUUAAAAAAUGCCUGAACAUGUGCAGGCAAGCAGUGCUCAGGGUGUGGAGCCUUUUGUCUCCCUCCCUCUCGUGUGUUCCUUGGCCUUUAGCACUUCGUGUUCCCCCUCUGGCCAUCACUCCCUCCCAGCCACCAACCAGGCGGCAAAAGCUCAGUUACAGGAUUCAGAACCCAGCCAGCUCAUUUAGCAUGUUUUGGCAACACAAAGCAAUUACAUCGCUCCACAUAGUUGCUCUCCGACACAGGCCUGCUGAUAAGCAGUUCGGGGGAGGCAAGGCCCUUUUGGGUCUGGACCCUGGAAGAGUCGCUUCCUGGACAGAAAAUAAUCUUGCAGUCGCCCCCAGAAGGAGUGGAGGGGCCUGUCCUGGGCUAAGGGGCCAUGAAGACAGUUCUGUGCAAGGCCGGGGCUUCUGAGGUCCUUCCAAAUGAUUUUUUUAAUCCAUAAACAGGGUUAUACACACCCCGUUCCCAGUGAAGUACUCCCACAUCUGAAGGUUUUAGUGAACUGAAGUAAUGGGAAAUUAGACAGAACAGUUUUCCUCCCUCUCUAACAAACGCGGACAUCCAGUGAACCCGAACAUUGGAAGAUUCUGAGCCGAUAAAAAGAAGGACUUUUUCAUGCAGCACAUGGUUAAACUGUGGAACUCCCUGCCACAGGAGGCAGUGAUGGCCACCAGCCUAGAUGAUUUUAAGAGAGGAUGGGGCAAAUUUGUGGAGAGGGAUAGCAGCAGCUAUUAGCAACGAUAGAGGCUGCGGUCUGCCUCCUUGUAAGAGGCAGCAAUGCUUCUGAAUACCACCAACCGUUGGAGAAGAGAGGCCUCCUGUGCUCAGGUUUUGUUUGUGUGGGAAUGUUGUAGAUACCAGGAGAGGAUAUGUUGAUUUAAUAGUAUCUUUCCUCACUCAGCAGCAGCACGACAUUCCCCAAUAUAUAGCAGGAAGCUAGUUGGUGGAUUUGUUUGAAUCUCUUUACUUAAGCAAUCCAAUCUGGCUUGUCUAGAUUGGGUUUGUUCCUGGUAAAUCUCCUUUGUUCCAUUUUAAAAAGAAUAAAGACACAGCAGUCUUCUCUUAAAAUGAUGAUGUUUACUCACAUUCAGUUCACAGUUGGUUCCCGGAAGGCAGGCUUUAGCUUAGAGUUACAGAAGAGGGUUUGAGCUCAUCCCAUAUGGGGAUAAGCCCAUGUGCUGCUGGCUGAGGUCCAGCAGAUAGCAAAAUACAUCGUUAUCAAGAGGAAAAAGAGGGAGGUGGCUCCAUGACCAGCCCCUUUUAUGGGGUCUCCCAGGGUCAUGCCCACCUACCUGGUCACACGCAGGGGGAGGAAACUCCAGACCAGGUGUGACAGGAAGUCCUCCUGGCUGUGGAGUAACACCCCCCUGUGUGUCCACUCCGGGCAAACAGGAAGUGCUGUACUUGACUGCUUAUGUUACAUCCCACAGAUUUCCCUUUGGGGCAUCUGGUUGGCUGCUGUGAGAAGAAGAUGUUGGACUAGACGGGCCUAUCUCGUCCUGCAUCCUGUUCUCAUAGUGGCCAACCAAAUGCCCAUAAUGGGAAACCCGCAAGCAGGAUCUGAGCACCAGAGGAACUCUCUGCUACUGAGGUUUCCUGGCAUUCAGAAGCAUUGCUGCCUCUGAAUGUGGAGGUGCAGAGCAGAGCCAUUGUGGCUAGUAGCCAUCAAUAGCCCUCUUCUCCCCCAUGAAUUUGUCCAAUCCUCUUUUGAAGCCACCUGGGUCAGCGGCCAUCACUAUGUCUGGUGGGAGCAAACUCCACAGUUCAGCUCUGCGCUGCUGCCCGAAGAAGGACUUUUCUUUUGUCUGGUUUCACUUCAGCUCACAGGCUCCUUUCUGCCGGGAGACAGAAAUUCCUCGUUAAGCCGCAGCUCCAAACAGGCCCCUGGAGCGCCAGGACCCUGCCGAGAGCACGGGGUUAUCUCUGAAACUAGGAACGUCACAAAUAUUCCUUGUUAAUUGGGGAGGGAAACGUUUUUUUCUCUGAGGCAGAAAUGUGAGCCGAAAACAAGUUUUGCCUUGCAGAGGAGCCAGCGAAGAGGGUGGCUGAGACGGCUUGUGUGUGGCGGUGGCUUUGAAAUUGCCCUGCCUGUGUUCUAGCGGUCCCCAAAUUGGGUGGUAGCACCCCGGGGGUAAGUGGGAGAACUGGAGGUAUAAAUAUCAGGCUUUGAAAAGCUGCUGUCCCCAGAUAAAGUUCAUCAAGCAAAUAGUUUUCAUUGGAUUUUGAAUAGUAAAGGUAAAGGGACCCCUGACCAUUAGGUCCAGUCGUGGCCGACUCUGGUGUUGCGGCGCUCAUCUCGCUUUAUUGGCCAAGGGAGCCGAUGUACAGCUCCCGGGUCAUGUGGCCAGCAUGACUAAGCCACUUCUGGCGAACCAGAGCAGCGCACGGAAACGCCAUUUACCUUCCCGCCAGAGCGGUACCUAUUUAUCUACUUUCACUUUGACGUGCUUUCGAACUGCUAGGUUAGCAGGAGCAGGGACUGAGCAACGGGAGCUCAUCCCGUCACGGGGAUUCAAACCGCUGACCUUCUGAUUGGCAAGUCCUAGGCUCUGUGGUUUAACCCACAGCGUCACCUGCGUCCCUGGAUUUUGAAUAAGUAGGCAAUUAAUCAUUACUGUUUUGACCUUUAUUGACUUAUCGCCUUCCUUAGUGGGUUGUGCAAACUGCUGUUCUGAAUGAUGCUUUUCGUAGGGUAGAGUAGGGGGCACUGGGAGGAAACCAAGAGGGCGGUCGCCCCAAAAAGUUUGGGAACCACUGCUGUGUUCUGAGGGGCUGCCUUGUGUUUUUGGUGGGCUUCGCAAGUUGCGAGGCUGCUUCAGUGACACAGCGGUGGCCUGUUCUGCUCUUCCCAGGCAAUGUGUUUAUUUGAGAAACUCGCCUGCCAGAGUGCACAUUUUUCGCAUUCCCCGCAGCGUCCCAUGCUGCCGUUGCAUAGCGAGGCCUGUGCCGGAUGCUUCUGGAAAGGCCUGAAGGCAGCUGCUGCGACGACAUCCAUCUCCCUCGCCCUGACACCUCAUCAAAGUGACCCCCAAGGGGUCACCUAGCCAAACCCUCUGCAAUGCUCAAGGACGCCUGAUAGACGGCCAUCCAGCCUCAGCUUAAAAACCUCCAAGGAGAGUCCACCACCUUCUGAGAGAGUCUCCUCCGCUGUCAAACAGCUCUUGCCCUAAGAAAGUUCUUCCUUGUGUUUCUUUGGAAUCUCCUUUCUUGCUGUUUGGAUCCCUGUGGAGCAGCAGAAAGCAAGCUUGCUCCAUCUCCCUGUGAGAGCCCUGCAGAGAUUUGAAAACUGCCUUUGCCUUUGGAGAAAGGAGCAAUGGGGCAGAGCGAUGCCCAGGAGCCAAGGCUUGGCCUUGGGAGGACAUUCCUCUGCUCUCCCUCCUCGGAGUCUGUGGAUCUCAGCCCUCCUGGGGACUGGCUUCCUCCUCAGAAUACUUGCUUGGUGUUGUGUUGCGCUCCGGGGAGGCUCCUGACACUUCCUUCCAUGCCAGCAUCCACCCAGCCUUGCUGAGUUUGAUGCUCUUAGAAAGCCUGCUUUCCUUUCUCUUAUCAGUGUGAACUGGAGGAAACCUGCAUUCUCCAGCCUCUCCUUCCCACGCAGCUUGGGGCAUUCCAUCUGCUGCUGAAUUUCAGAGCCCCUGACUGACUGGCUUUGCAGUUUCGUCUUACAAACAUAAGACAAACAUCAGGCCAUUGGUCCAUCAAGUCCAGCAUCCUGUUCUCACGGUGACCGAGUGGAUGCCUCUUUUGGGGAAACCUGCAAGCAGGAUUUGAACGCCACAUCCCUCUCCCCUUCUGGGAUUCAGAAGCAUUGCUGCUUCUGACUGUGGAGGCAGAGCAGAGCCGUCAUGGCUAGUAGCCUUCAACAGCCCUUUCCUCCUCCAUGAAUUUGUCUAAUCCUCUUUUAAAACCUUCCAAGUUGGUGGCCAUUGCUGCUUCCAGUGGCAGCGAGUUCCAUUGAAGGGGGAAGGAAUGGGUUUCUGUGCAGUCAGUCUGAAACGGGACCCAAAAUCCUCAUUUUUCCGGUGUCAUUUCACUUUCUUUCUCCCUCCCGGGAGCAACGCAGACCCCACCAAUCGGUAUAGUCUAAUAAGGCUACACCAUAGUUUAACUAUGUUCUGCAUGAAGAACUUUCUUUUAUCCUUCCCGAACCUUUCAUCGCCCACUUUGGAGCAUUCCAUCUGUCAGUGAGCAGCGGAAAACAAGCUUCCUUCAGGUAUUGGAAGGUGGCAAUCAUCUUAGCUCUCAGUCUUCGCUUCUCCUGUCUAAACAUCCCCAACUCCCUCAACCAUUCCUCAUAAGGCUUCGUUUCCAAACCUUUGAUCAUUUUGUUUGCCCUCCUCUGCACGCCUUCCAGCUUGUCAGUAUCCUCCUUAAAGUGGGGUGCCCAGAACUGAACACAGCACACUCCAGGUAGUGAGUGCUGACCAAUGCACGUUUGGGGGCUGAAACCCCUGAAAAUUCAGGGCAGCGUAGGGCAGCCUCUCGCUCUCUGCUUUAUGCGUUGGUUUUGUCACCGGGUGUUGAAUCUCCCAGUAAAAUAGGUUUUCCCCUGUUGCCUUUUAUGCUUGCUUGUCUUCCUCCUCCUUUGAUUCUCUCUUUUUUUUUUAGUCUUUUUAUUAUUAUUAAUUUUUUUAUUAAGAAUUUCAACAUAACAAUUCACCAAAAAAAAAUCAUCCUCAUUUCCCCCCCCCAUUUCCCCCUCCCCCUCCCCAAACAGAAACCCACCCCCCCAGACUUCCCUCAGCUCCUCUCUCUGGUUUCUCAGCACAUAUUAAUCUCUGCAUAUUAUAAAAUUGUAAAGAUCCUUAACCUAUCUCUCUAUAUAUUACCAAUAAUAAAUUUGUGUAUGUUUAUUCUAAACCUGCCAAGGAGUCCAAUUCAGUUUGUUGUUUCUUUAAGUACGUUGUAAAAGGUUCCCAUGCUUCUUUAAAGUCGCAGUUGUCCUUAUCACACAGUUUGUGUGUCAAUUUCGCCAGUUCCACAUAGUCCAUCAGUUUUUCUUGCCACAGUUCUUUGGUCGGGAUUUUUUCGUUCUUCCAUCCUUGUGCUAUUAAGACUCUUGCUGCCGUUGUCGCGUACAUGAAAAUGUUCUUCAAUUUCCUUGGCCUCCUCCAUUGAUUCUCAAAACAAAUUGCUGAACCAAAGUCGACUGAACAUACCCUAAAAGUAAAACAUAGCCUGAAAAGGAAAAUCAUUGGCAGGCUGACAUAAAUGCAAUGUACAGAGGAGGCAACCAGUAGUGUCCCGGAACAGCCCCUCAGCAGGUGACAAGGAGGCUCUCUCUCUCUCUCUCUUUCUCAGGACGUCCUGGCCCUGCAGGCCCAUGGUUUUCUGCUAAGCAAACACCCGGCAGGCAAGCGCAAUACCUGCCUUUGCAUUUCAGGGCAGGGCCUGGGGAGACUCCACACCCUCACCAGAUGCAACCUGCCACAUUAUCACAGCAGAAGUGCCAGCCCAGGAGGAGAGGAUUUAUUCCUCCUCUCUCUUCCCGUGGCAGGGAGUUCCAUAGUUUAACUCUGCUCUGCAUGAAGGGCUCUCUUUUGCCAGUCCUGAAUCUUGCAGCGUAGGAAGUGUGUGUACAUAUACACAUGCAAAUUAAUGUAUCAUAGUUUGUGUCCCUUGAUAUCUAAAUGUGGACAGACUUGGAGCAGAAUCCUGCACCUCGUGGCAGCCUAGGAGGGAAGCAACUUUCGUCUCUCCAACAGGAGCAUGUUUUCAUAACAGUUAGACCAGGUAUCCCUAACCUGUGGCCCUCCAGAUGUUUUGGCCUACCUCCCAUGAUCCCUAGCUAACAGAACCAGCGGUCAGGGACGGUGGGAAUUGUAGUCCAAAACAUCUGGAGGGCCGAAGGCUGGGGAUGCCUGAGUUAGACUGAUUGUUGUCCCCUGGAAUUUGAAAAGCUGACUGCACUUGGUUCAUUGGUUCCUGGUGAGGAAUUACAGCGAAUUACGCUCGUGUCAAUUGCUCUUGUUCUAUAGGCUGCAUAGAUAAAGGCAGACGGAAGAUUUUCACUUUUAAGGUUUGAACGCAUGUCUGCAGGCAGUGGAAUGCGUAGAAGCCUGGAGAUUUCAGCGUCGAGGGAACAGGCAUUGGUGAACUUUGUAGAAUUGGGGCCAGAGGAAGUUUUUUAAGAUCUUGGGAUGUAAAGUACUGAGGGCUGUGGCUUACUUUUGCAACAUCCCAUGGGGUAAUCGUGGGCCGUCCUUAGAUCUGAAUCUUAGAAAAACGUUAUCUUUCCGAGGCAAUGCGCAUGCUUUCGUUGGAGGAGGGCUGGGAGGGGGAGCAGCUUGUGGUCUGGGUCCUAAGAGCCAGGACAAAGAUUUCCGCUGCCUCCUUCCAUCCUCCUGGGAUGCUGUGCAGUGACGUAAACUCGUUUCACACAUACCCCAGGAUGGCUCAAAGCCCACAACUCUCCUUGGAACAGGCUGAUGCAAUUGUCUCCAUUUCCUCUCUUGGCAAAGGUCCUUGUUUUGGACAGUGCAAGAGCUCCAUUAAAGCAUCAGAUCAGAUUGAAGUCCAGCUUCUCAGAGGAUGGCAAAACCCAAUUUGUGCAAACAGGAACCAGCCACUGAAUAGGUGUUGUAGGUCCCCUGCAAAAAGCAUUUCUGGGUGCAUUUCCACCCUAGGCGAAGCCCCUCUCUCAGCCUCGCUUUUCCACUUGCCAUACAGACGCAGUUGUCUCUUUUGCAGCAUCAUUGCAGGGUGGGGUGGGAGACUGAGAUACGCAUGUCCUGCAUUUUGCAGCCUCGGAAGCAAACGGCUCUGACAAAAAGCAGCCCUGUGUGCCUGGGAGAGGUUCCUUUCCCUUCUCGUCAGCCCCAGGGUGUGUCCAGCUACUAGCUGAGAACCCCCUGCCUAAACCAAUCCCUGCCAGGCAUCGGUUCCACUCUGGGUGGGGUGAGAGGGAGGUGUGCUGGGCGGCUCCCCCAGAGUCAGGAAGUCCCCUGCCUUGGAAAACACACCACCAUCAGUCAUGGCUGAGGGCCAAGGUUUGGUGAAGAACUUAAGAAGAGGAGCCUGCUGGAUGAGGCCCAUCUAGUCUGGCAUCCUGUUCUCACAGUGGCCAAUCCGAUGCCCCAGUGGGAAACCAGCAAGCAGGAUUCAAGCACAAGAGCAGCUGUCCUGUGGUUUCCAGCAGACGGGUUGAUGGUUGGUUGGCAGAGGGGUGCUGCAGGUGGGAUUUUAAUCGACUUUUAAGCUUGCAUUUCCUUCCUGCCUUCCUUUUCUUUCUUUUUUUAAUAUAAAUUUUUAUUAGUUUUUUAACAUAGCAUUUUCAACAGUAAUUAAACAUACUUUUACUUCUUAUUCAAUUUUUUUGACUUCCACCAGUCCUGUCUGAAAAUUUUACAAUCUAAACUCUCAGUAUGCAUUUCUUAUUUUCCCUAUUACAUUUCAAACUCAUAACCAUUAUCUCUUAUCUUUUUCUACUUUGUAACACUUUGUAUAUUUCUCCUUACAAAACUUAUUGUAGCCCUACUAGCGUAAUUUGUUGGUUAUAAUUGCUCUUCAAAUAGUUCAUAUAUUUCUUCCAAUCUUCUGUAAAUCUCUGGUCCCACAGGUUUCGAAUCCUUUCUGUCAUUUUGUCCAAUUCUGCAUAGUCCAUUAAUUUUGUCUACCAUUCUUCUUUUGUCAGAAUUUCUUCUUGCUUCCACUUCUGGGCUAACAAUACUCUUGCCGCUGUUGCAUAUUAAAACAGUUUAACAUCUUGCCUAUUAAUGUCCUGGCCUAUAAUACCAAGUAAAAAUGCUUCUGGUUUUUUUAAAGAAUGUAUAUUUCAACCCUGCCUUCCUUUUCUUAAUCUUCUUGGAGCUUUGGGAGGCUAGCCACCAAAGCAAAAUGAAUAGGGGCUGUAGAAUUCCUGUGUUGUAAGUGAAGCCAGGCCUAUAUCAUCACCUUGCUCCUGUUUCUGGGCGACCUGGCCCUUAGUCUUGCUCUCCGCUGUCAGCUUCCCUGUGCCUUCUCCCCCCAACACCCCUCCCUGUGCUCUUUCUAUCCAGCUCCCCUCUGAGCAUCUGAAACAGCUUCCUCCUCCAAGGCAUUUCUCUGAGCUUCAGGAGCUGCUUCCUUGCGCUCCACUCUUGCCAGCCCCCCUGCUCUCCUCCUGGGGGAGGUGACUGCAUCUCUCCAGACUUCCAGCCCUAGCACGCUGUGGGCAGCCAGUCUCAUGGCCCAUUUCUGCUCUCUCUGUCUCUGUUCAGGCUCCAGAAGGCCCAGGAGGAGCACCGCACGGUGGAGGUGGAGAAGGUCUCCCUGGAGAAGCGGCUGCAGGACGAGAUCAGCAUCGCCAAGCAGGAGGCCCACCGGCUCCGGGAGCUGCGGGAAGGGACGGAGAACGAGCUCAGCCGGCAGAAGUAUGCAGAGCAGGAGCUGGAGCAGGUACGCCCUGGCCGGGAGCAGCCCCCAUGCCGGGUAGGUGGACAGCUCCUCCUGGGGGGCUUGAACUCUCUCUGGGCUCUGGAGGUUUCUGCCUGACCUGCUGCCCUUUGGAACUGAGCCCAAAAAAAGGUGGCAGCCAUAUGCCAGAUUCUCUCCUCCCAUCAAUCCCAGUUUUAAAAUGACACACGUGAUUCCUGUCUCCAUAUAAUUGGGCUAAAAACACCAGAAGGCCUCGUCCAACCUCAAGGCAGUCGUAUCUUUGGCCUGUUUCCCAUGACCGCUUAAUCUCGGGCAGCAAGACUGGCACAGACAACCUCUCUAGCCCAAUCUCUGCGGCUCAGGAGGGUUAGAAGUGGCAUACAGGUUUUGAGGUCCAAGUUGGGUUCAGCCUGGUGGGAGGAAAGCUUGUGGGGUUCGGGUCAGCGUCAGGCCUCCUGUUGUCCUCCCCAUUCAUGCGUUCAUUGGAGAAGGAGCAGAAAAGAGAAGCCAAAAUGACCCAGGGGAUAGAGCGACUUCCUAAGGUUGCAGCGUUUGGGGAUUCUUAGUUUAGAGGUGACAUGAUCAAAGUUUGUAAAAUGAUGCAUAGCAGGGAGAAAGCAGAUGCAGAAAAGUUUCCCCUCUCAACACUGGAACUCGUGGACAUCUGAUGAAGCUGAGCGUGGGAAGAUUCAGGACGGACCAGAGAACGUCCUUUGCAGAGUAUGUGGUUCAUCUGUGGAACUCCCUCCCACAGCAGACAGUGAGGACCACCAACUUGGAUUGUUUUAUAAAAAAGGAUUGAACAAAGUCACGGAGCAGGAGGGGGCUGUCAGGAGCUCGGCCUACACUCAAGUAGGACCCUGGCAGAGACACAUGCCCAACUGGCAUGUUCUUUCCCUCCUGGUCGAUUGUCCAGGAGCUUCAUAAGCCUUCUUCAGCCCAAACAUCACAGCGACCGAUGCCAACCGACACCGGCACACUUAGGGAUCCGCAGAGUCUUCGCAGCUUGCGUAACAGACCUCAGCAACUCAGCAUUUUGGCUAAUCUACUUUAUUUACAUAUAAACACACACGGAGCACUGCAACAUGGCUCCCUCUGUCUCUAGCAUCAGACAGCAAAGAGAAAAAGAAGAAAGGACAAUAGUCACACUUAAUUGGAACACAGUAACACAAACAUCCUGUCUCCGUCACUUCCCACUCUGUGGAGUCAAUGUGAUGGACAAAAAUCCCAUGACUACAGUCAUGGAGCAGGAAUUCUAACAGGGGCCACAGAUGACUAUUAGCCAAGAUGCUCUGCCUCCACAGCUAGAGAGAGGAGGCGUCUCAGGCGAGCUUGGGAGGAGCCCUGGCACACCCUCCUAAAGGCCCACUACUGCAGCGGGAGAGCCCGAUGGAGCCUGUUUCAGCCUCAGCAGGCCCUGCCAGGCCUUUUGGAGGGCAUGCCAGGGCUCCUCCCAGCGGCCUUGUGGGACCUGCAACAGGACCUCCUGCUGCUGUGACAGGCUCUGGCGGAGCCGGCUGUUGCAGUGGGAGACCCCACCCGGCUGCAGAAUAUUGAGGGGGCCCAGACCCCUCGCCGAAAAUUUUGUGGGUGCCUGGACACCCGGGGCUCUGCAGAGACGGCGCUCCGGCGUUUCUGAAUGCCUGUUGCUGAACACCACAGGACUCUUGUGAGGGCUCUUGUGCUCAGAUCCUGCUUCCUGGCUUCCCACGGGCGUCGGAUCAGUUGGCGUUUCCACUCUCGAGGGCACACAAAGGGGCACGAGCUGCGGCGUCCCAAUUCCAGGCCCCCUUGGUAGGGUGGGAAGGGAGACCGUUCACCAGGAUGCCCUGAGCCAGUUUGGCAGUAGGCAGAGGAAACCGGAACCCAUGGCCCAGAGAGACUGGAGUGGGUGGGGGGUUGUCGGACAGGGCCGGUGCGCCUUGUUGUUGACCGUGGCUGAUGCCUGCCCCCCCUGAGGAAGUCUCGUGCGCCUGGGGCCCCCUUGCCUGACUGCCGAAGUACUAGAGCGGCUGCUGUUGUUCCCCACUCCCUGCAGGUGCGCAUGGCGCUCAAGAACGCGGAGAAGGAGCUGGAGUCGCACAGCAGCUGGGCCGUCCCAGAGGCCCUGCAGAAGUGGCUUCAGCUGACCCACGAGGUGGAGGUGCAGUACUACAACAUCAAGAAGCAGAACGCCGAGAAGCAGCUGCUCCUGGCCAAGGAAGGGGUGAGUGGGGGGGCAGGGAAGAAGGAGCAAGGAGGCCCAGUCGAGAGGGAGGACUUCUUCACGCAGCGCAUGCCUGAACUAUGGGGUUCUGGUUGCCUUGCCUCAAAGAGGGUAUGUAGAAUUGGAGGAGGUUCAGGAAAGGGCAUCCAGAAUGAUCCUGGGGGUGGAGCAACUCUCCUACAAGGAAAGGCUGCCGCGUCUGGGGCUUUUCAUUUAGAGAAAAGUCAACAAGAUAGGAACUUGUGAAAUUGUGUACCGCAUGGAGAAAGUGGAUAGAGGAAAGUUUCUCUCUCUCAUAGCACUAGAACUUGAGGACAUGCAGUGAUGCUGGAUGAUUCAGGACAGAGAAAAUAAAGUAGUUCUUCACACAGCACAGAAUUAAACCAUGGAACUCCCUGCCACAGGAUGGUCUUGAUGGCUUUAAAAGAGGAUUAGACAAAUUCAUGGAGGGCUUUUGAGGGCUGCUAGCCCUGAUGUCUGUGCUCUGCUUCCACAGUUGGAGGCAGCGAUGCUUCUGAAGGCCGGUUUCUGGAAACCACAGGAGGGGAGAGGGUUCUUGUGUUCGAAUCCUGAUUACAGGCUUCGCUUUAGGCCACCUGGUUGGCCACUGUGAGAACAGGAGGCUGGACUAGAUGGGCCAUUGACCUGAUCCAGCAGCUGAGCUCUUAUGCUUCAGUGAGGCUCAUGGAGGUGGGAGACAGAAUCCACAGACUGCUCAGCACCCUGUGGCAGAAGGAUGUGGGCUGUGUCUUCCCUUCCUAGCCUCGCCCUCUGGGUCCCAUAGGGGCUGGCAGCCGAGACUCAGGAGCAGAAAAGUUUGAAUAGAUGUGACCUUUUCAGUCACGUUCCUCUGCUUACGCCCUUUUCCAGGCCGAAAAGAUAAAGAAGAAGCGCAACACUCUCUUUGGGACAUUCCACGUUGCCCACAGCUCGUCCCUGGAUGACGUGGAUCAUAAAAUCCUGACGGCCAAGUGAGUUUGCUGUGUGCGUGGGCAGCUUCUGUCCGCUCUGCCCCCUCCGCAAGACCCACAUCCUAGGAAGCUGCUGCGCAGGUUUGGAGGCCAGAAGCCGGGAGCCUUCAGCUGUGUGGGAGGCAGAUGACCCCCCAUUCUGUUCUGCGGAAGCAAGAGCGCUUUGCGGAGGAGGAAGGGCCUAGCCGCCCAUCCGCUCCGCAGGCUAAAGAUGUUCUGUGGGGCAGGCGCAUCACCCUCUGCUUCGCCACUUUUUGUCUGGAGAUGCUGCCAGAGAUUGCAUCUGGGGCCUGUUGCAUGCCAAGCAGACACUCGGCCACUCAGCUCUGCUCCUUCCGUGGUUGGGGUUUGUGGAACUGUAGAGUUGGGGGCACCCCAGAGGCCAUCCAGACCAACCCCCUGCAAGGCACCUCAGGCCUUUGUCUCUCCGCUCCCUCCAGCCCUGCUUGUUUCCUUUCCUUUCUCCCCCGCCCCCCGGUAAUAUGUGUUUAUUUCUUUUCACAAGUACACAUUUAUAAGAAAAUUGUUUAAUAACCAUUCUCUGAGAUUCUCUGAAUCUCCAGACUGACUUCCCUCCAUCCCCUACAUGGGUCCUUGUACCAAUAUUUACAACUACAUGUCAGUCCAUUCUCCAUAGUUUUUGUAGUCAUACCUCGGGUUACAGACGCUUCAGGUUGCAUUUUUUCAGGUUACAGACGCGGCGAAACCCGGAAGUACCAGAACAGGUUACUUCUGGGUUUCGGCAGUCGCGCAUGCGCAGAAGCGCUAAAUCAACCUGCGCAGGCGUGGCGCUGUAGGUUGCGAACAUGUCUCCCGCACAGAUCACGUUCACAACUCGAGCGUCCACUGUAUUCCCAAAUUGUCCAUAAUUUUCGUUACAUUACAAGUGGGUCUUAUAGCCCAGCUAAAGUUUUAAUUUGUUUACAAUGGUCUCCUAGGUAAAUUAUACAUUUUUCCCAUUCUUUUUUAAAGUCCUUGUCUUCUUGAUUCCUGAGUCUGCCAGUUAGUUUUGCCUUUUUGGCAAAGUCCAUCAGCUUGGCUUGGCUAAUAACAUCCAUGCAGCUGUUGUCGCAUACAUGAAAAGUCUUUUCUGAUCUAUUGGGAUCUCAGCACCUAGAAUUCCUAAUAGAAACGCUUCUGGUUUUUUAACAAAAGUUAUUUUAAAUGUUUUUUUUUCAACUCAUUAUACACCAUUUCCCAAAAUGAUUCUGUUACCUUACAUGGCCACUGCAUAUGGUAAAAGGUACCUUCCUUUUCUUUACCCUUCCAGCAGGUAUUUGAACUUGUUCUAUACAUUUUAGAUAACUUAGUAGAGGUCAAAUACCACCGGUGCGUCAUUUUCAUAGAAGCUCGUUCCCUUCUCCACCCCGCAGGCAAGCCCUGAGCGAGGUGACGGCGGCCCUGCGGGAGCGGCUCCACCGCUGGCAACAGAUAGAGAUGCUCUGCGGCUUCCAGAUCGUGGUCAACCCGGGCAUCCACACCUUGGUGUCUGUCCUCAACAUUGACCCCUCGUGGAUGGGAAGCUGCACACGGCCAAACACAUCGCACUUCAUCAUGACUGACGACAUGGACGACCUGGAUGAGGAAAUCGUAUCCCCCGUGUCCAUGCAGUGUAGGUCUCCCUGGGGAGCGGGGGGGGGGGGGGCGAGGAGCUUCACAGCCAAGGAAAGCAAGGGAGCCCUCACCUGUUAGAGGACUCUAGGCUAGCAGUGAUUCUCAAACAUGGGUCUCCAGUUGCUUGUUGGACUACAACGCCCAUCAUCCUUUGCUAGCAGGACCUCUGGGUCACGGAUGAUGGGAGUUGUAGUCCAACAGCAGCUGGAGACCCAGGUUUGAGAGACGCCAGCUAGGGGAUGGUUCACUUUCGCACAGUCCUCCCGGUACAGAGGUUCCCAAAACUUUUCUUCUGUUUUUAUUAUUAUUUAUUGAAUUUAUAUACCACCUUAUACCUGGAGGUCUCGGGGAGGUUCACAGAACAAAAUCAAAAUAUAAAACCACAAAAUAUAUAAUCGAAAUAAAAACAGCAACCCAGUAGCCCCUUCCCCCUGUCUCUGUUCCAUCAACUUGUCCCCAGUGCCACCCAUUCCGCCCGGUAUAAAAGCGUUAUUUGGAAUAGCGGUUUGCACAACCCCUAAGGAAGAUAAUCACAUGGUAAAAUUGAAGGUGGUAACCAUGAAUUGCACAAUUAUUUGCAGCCCAGUUAAAACUAUUUCAUUCAACUGAUUCAACAAAAUGGAUGGGCUUGAUCCGGGCAUGCCAGCUUUUCACGAUAGUGAUUUGCACCUCCGUUGUCCCCCUGCCACCCCCUUAGCGCUCCCCUUCCCCGGUGAGCCCACUGCCCCACCCCCACUUUGGGAACCUCUGGACCAGAGCCCCCUCUCCAUAUCGCCUUCCUGACACAGGAAGCAAAUUCUACAUGGAGGGAAGUGGGAAGCGCCUGGUGCGCAUGCGUGCUUUAAGAGCCGGGGUUCCUCCCCUCCCCACCUCUGCAUUAAAGUGGGGCGGUGGUGGGGAGGAGGAGGAGGAGGAGAGCGUAGCCCUGGGGCUACAGAAUGCCACCGGCUCCCAUUGCGUAGCUUCAAGACAGCUGGAAUCAAGCAGGGCUUGGUAAGGCUCAGCUCAAGGGUGCUGUUCCUUUGAACAUGCGCAGAGCGCUUCCCAAGCUCAGCCAGGCACCUUCAGUCUGGGGCUCAGGGGUUUCUGAGCAGAGGUUUGAACACCAGCGUUUUGCUCUUCUGAAGCACCCCUGACUCACGAUGGCCUAAGACAGGAACGCCUGGCUUGCCUCUGCCCUGCAUUUCCCCAAUACUGGGAGGAGUGUGGGGUGGGUGGGAUUUGCUGCUGUGCUUCAAGGGACCCCGAGGGUCAUCCAGCCCACCCCCUGGCAAUUCGGGAAUCCCAUAGAAUAGACUGGAACCUGCUCACCCUGGGCAGGGAAGGUGAGGACAGAGCGGUUGCUGGGGGUGUCAGGUGGGGGCAGGAGUGGGGAAGGCAAGCCUGGGGGUGGUGAGUGGGCACAGAGCCACAGAGUGGGAAUGGGACCCCAAUGGGUCAUCUAGCUGAAACCCGACAAUGGGGUGCAGAGCGGUGGUCUAGGUUUGGCAGGAUUGGGGGGGAGGGCAGGGCAGGGUCCUUUGCUUGCCGAUCAGAAAUGCCGAUGUGAGGUGUGAUGUUUCUCCCCACCAAUGACGCCCCCCCCCCCUUUCUCUCUCCCCCACCGGCCUCCCUGCCCUCCUCCCGGUUGGCUAAUGCCAGACGCAGCCUUGCUCUUGGGGCACAGGUUCAGCGACCGCUCAUCCCUCUCCUCGGAGGACCAGUCCUGGAAAUACCCCGGUUUGAGGAUUAUUAUCUUGGAUUCUCUUUCCACCCUCUGAACUAAACGCAAAGGGCAGGAAGGCGGGACCCUCCUGCUCACACAAUGGCACCAGCAGCCUCUCUGAGCACAGAAGCUAAUUCUCACCUCAUCCUUUCUUCCUUCAUCUCUAGCCAAAAAAGUGCACACACAAAAGCCCCCCAAAGCUGGCAUCUUUACUAACACCUUCCCUGGGGGCAGGGCCUGCUGGGACCCAGAAUCACCCCCAAGCAGAGAGGAAAGCAGGGCAGGAGGGACUCGGGGGUCACCUGGACUCUGUGCCCUGAAUGUUCCUGUCCACAGUCAGAGGCAGCGAUGCUUCUGGAUCCCAGCUGCUGGAAACCACAGGAUGGGGAGGGCUCUGGUGCUCAGAUCCUGCUUGCAGGUUUCCCAUAAUGGGCGUCUGUUUGGUCACUGUGAGAAGAGGAGGCUGGACAAAUGGGCCAUUGGCCUGAUCCAGCAGGUGAUUCUUAGGUUCUUGCGUUUCGAAAGACCUUCCAGGCUGAAACCUGCAGUUACUGGAGGAUGCUUUCUGGCAAGAAACAAGAAGACAGAGCAACCUGCCCCCUCCCCCUGCCUCUGUGGGCAAAGAUUCAUCGCCUGCCCCCCGCCCCCCCCCCGAGCCUCUGAAAUAUUAGAAUUGUAGAGUUUGAAGGAAGCCCAAAGGUCAUCUAGUCCAACCCCCUGCAGUUCAGGAAUCACUUCAACUGCUUCCUGGUUCUUCAGAUCCCAGCAGGGCCCCCCUUGCUCAUCGGCUUCCCGCUCCAUGCGCCUCUUAACCCCUCUGACGUUGCUGCUUUCUUUGCAUGCCCCUCCAGUGCCCAGGCACCCUCCACCCCUGGAACCCAGAAGGCACCUCUGUGCCGACCUCCCAUGGUGCCCCGUCAGGAGUUAUGCGCGGGUGCUGUGAAGCCUUGGAGGUCCGGGGGCCUCGUCCUGGAUUCCCAGGCUUGAGUCCGCCAGGCUCCUUCGCUCGCUUCUCAUCCGUUAGCAGGGCUGCAUUUGAGAGAAGAAUCCGGAGAGGGCAAGAGGAGGGAGAUGCUUAUAAGAAUCCCCAAAAGAAGAUAGCGAAGACCCUCUAUAGGGCAGCAAGCAACCUAGGUGACCCCCAUAGAUGCCUCUCGACUACUUUGAUUGACAAAACUGCUCCUCUUAGGGUGCCACGUCAACCCCAUUCCACAUUGUGCAAAAACAAUAUUUUGGUGCGACGGCACCUAUACACUUAUGAACCUGUUAUUGACAUCCGUCAGAUGCCUUCCCUGCACUCUUUGGCUUAGACAAGCCUGCUGCUGCAAGUUUUACUCUAUUUCCACUUUAACUUUUGUUAAGUCUUAGGUUGCUGCGCUCGGUUUUUUCUUACAGAUGAUUUCAUGGUUUUAUUUUUUCCCCUACGUUGCUUUGAGCUUUCUCCUUCCAGUCGAGCAGUGUGUAACUCUUACAAAACAAGCAAAACAAAAGGCACUGCAAGGAGGAGCUGCCACAGCCAUUUACUGGGGGCUCAGGGCGAGUGUGGAGCUCCUUCACUUCCCCGGGGGAGCAAUUGGCAGUGGGCAGGGACAGGGACAGGGCGCAAAAGCCGACAGCCAGCAACCUCUCCUGUCUCCCUUGAGCCGCUCGCCCUCCUAAUCCUCUGUCUCUCUCCCGGUUUAGCGCCCUCCAUGUCCAGCGGCGUCCGCCAGCGCCUCGUCGACCCGCAGCACUCCUUGGGAUCGCAGAGGUUGGUAGAGAGUCACCAGGCUGCUGGCCAGGGUGAAUCGGGGCCGCUGGUCCACUACCUGCCCGGCAGGGUCACUCUGCGCCGGAUGCCCAGCUUGAGCGGCAGCCAGCCCUUCGCCUCCGACAUCCACGGCGGAAGUGCGGCCGCCUGCUCUCCAUCUUCUUCUUCCUCCUCCUCGCCGCCGUCUCCUCCUUCCUCCUCCUCCACGGGCCACUCGCCCUCCUCCGCUUCCGCCUGCCACGCCCUGCCCAUCCUUUACCACCACACCACCUCCUCCUACAUCCUCCAGGUGGACUCCCUGCCCAACCUGCCCCCUCCCGACGUCACCUCCGGGACGCGCUGCCGCGCCGAGAGCUAUGGGUAUUGUGCGGCUUCCUCCGGGAGUGGUGCUUGCCCUCUUGGCUUCCCCUCCGGGGCCCGGCCUGCCUUCCUAACCCAGCUUCCUACCUCCUUCCCUUGGCAGAAGCAUGGGUGCCCGUGGCUGCCGUCUUGAGGCCUGCACAGCCUGGUUUGGCGUGUCAUUGGUCCUCUCGCCUGGUGGUUCUGGCCAGGAAAGAAAAAGGACGCUAACACAACUAACUGGCCAGCCACCUCCCUGCCUGACUUGGGCCGUCCUGCGAUGCAGAGUGUGCUUUUGUUUGGUUUGCCUCCACUUCUCCCCGCUGCACAGAGUUAAAUUGCUCCAAGAGGGCUCUUGGGUUUGAAUCCUGCUUGCAGGUUCCCCAUAACAGCCAGCCACUGUGAAAACAGGAUGCUAGAUUAGGCGGGCCAUUCGCCUGAUCCAGUGUGCUCUUCUGAUGUUCUUAACCCUGCCUGGGUUUGUGUGUUGGUGUGUGUGUGUGUUUUGGACAUCAGUAAUUAUUACUAUUCUUAUUAACCCCAGCCACUCUGGGCAGCCUCCAACACAUUCAAAAACAUAUUAAGACAUCAAACAUGGAAAGCUUCCCUAAACAGGGCAGCCUUCAGAUGUCUUCUAAAAGUCAGUUUAUCUCCUUGACAUCUGAAGGGAGGAGGGUGUUCCGCAGGGAGGGAGCCACUACCAACAAGGCCCUCUGCCUGGUUCCCUGUAACUUCGCUUCUCGCAGGGAGGGAACCGCCAGAAGGCCCUUGGCACUGGACCUCAGUGUCCUGGCUGGACAAUGGGGGUGGAGAUACUCCUUCAGGUGUACUGGGCUGAAGCCGUUUAGGGCUUGAAAGGUAAACACCAACACUGAAUUGUUCUGGAAGCCAAUGUAGAUCCUUUAGGACGAGUUUUCUAUGGUCCCAGCGGCCGUUCCCAGUCUCCACCAGUUUAGCUGCUGCAUUCUGGAUUAGUUGUAGUUUCUGGGUCACCUUCAAAGGUAGCCCCACGUAGAGCGCAUUGCAGUAGUCCAAGCAGGAGAUAACCAAUCUGGAGAGAGAGUGCGCGGUCACACAUUUUAAAAUCCGGGUUCCUCACGCCCUGCUUUUUUCCCUUGUCUCUCUCUCCCCCACCGCCAGAGAUUUAUCGCACUCUGACUCGGAUUCCUCCAUCCCUCACCUGAGCAACAGCCAGCGCACGUCCAGCUCGGCCCCCCGGCUGCCUGCCCGGCCAGCGCUGCUCAACAAGUCGGAGGAAGCGGCAGUGGCGGCCGCCUGCGGCUACAGCAACCGGCCGGCGGAGGCUUCCUCUCUGCCGGAGCCCUUCCCCGAGAGCCCCAUCCUCAUGAAGAAGGCCGUGAUGCUGAACCACGGCCUGGAGAAGUCGUCCAGCCUGGGGGAGAUCAGCCACGCGGCCGGGGCAGGGCCCCCCUCCCGCCAGGCCCACUCCGACUCCUCCCGCUCCCACAGCCCCAGCUCCACCGAGCCCGACACGCCCUCCCCCACCUCCGACCCCCGGCUCAACAGCCAGGGCAAGGCGGGCAACAGCCGCAUCCCCCACCUGGCCUCCAAGAAGAGCGCGGCCGGCGGGGAGGAAGACAGCGGCUCCACGGGGGAAGAGACCGACUCCUCGGGGCAGGGCAAGAAGAAGUUCCCCCUGAAGAUCUUCAAGAAGCCCAAGAAAUAA